CCACUCUUCUCAUUUUGGGAUAUUCUGAUCACCUUUUCGGAUAGAGAUCACUUCCUGAAGUCAGCCCUUCUCUGGGCAUCCCCCCGGCAUCCUUGUACCAACAAGGUGCCAUCACCAUGGCGACACAAGCGCCCACUUUCACUCAGCCGCUCCAGAGCGUCGUGGCACUAGAGGGUAGUGCCGCGACGUUCGAGGCUCAAGUCAGUGGUUCUCCAGUUCCUGAGGUGAGCUGGUUUCGUGAUGGCCAGGUUCUAUCUGCAGCCGCUCUGCCCGGCAUCCACAUGUCGUUCAGUGGCGGCUGCGCUGUUCUGAGGAUCCCCGCUGUGACAGCCGCACACAGCGGGAGGUUCUCCGUCAGAGCCACCAAUGGAGCUGGACAAGCCACCAGCACCGCCGAGCUCCUCGUCACAGCGGAGACGGCGCCCCCUAACUUCCUUCAGAGACUUCAGAGCUCCACAGUGCGACAGGGCAGCCAGGUGCGCCUGGAUGUCCGUGUCACAGGAAUCCCCAGCCCUGUGGUGAAGUUCUACAGAGAGGGAGCAGAGAUCCAGAGCUCAGCUGACUUCAGGAUCCUCCAGGAGGGAGACCUGUACAGCCUGCUGAUCGCCGAGGCUUUCCCUGAAGAUUCAGGCACAUACUCUGUGUCUGCAACCAACAGCAGUGGACGGGCCACCUGCACCGCUGAACUGCUCGUUCAAGGAGAAGAACCUGUACCAAUCAAGAAAACAAAGAUGAUUAUGUCUUCAGCUCAAAUGGAAACGUCACAGACAUCAAGAGUGGAAAGGAAAAUGGAAGCAAGCUUCCAGGCAACCACAAUGAUGGAGAUGCAAGUAGAAGGAGGAAUGAUGAUGACUCAACAUGUUGCUCACAAAACCCCACCAAGGGUUCCCCCAAAGCCCACCUCCAGGUCCCCCCCAUCUCACAUCCCCAGGACGGGACGGCAGCAGUCGCCUUCACCUGUGAGACACGUGAAGGGCCCUGCCCCUGGACCAGUCAGAUCUGUUUCCCCAUCCACAAGAAUCUCGGGCUCCCCCAUCAGACCGGUCAAGUCUCCACUCAUGACCAGAAAACAGGUGGUGUCCUCCUCUGAGGUGCUGCCCCCAUGGAAGACGGGCGAGUACAUGGCUGAGGCCAGCUACAGCCAGAUGACCAGUAUGACCAGCGUAAGCAGCGCCACACAGAUGCAGAUGCAGAAACACUGGGAACAGCAAGUCACUCCUGCACCUCAGGCUGAGGAGGGGAAAAAGGCAGAGGCUGUGGCCACUGUAGUUGCUGCUGUUGACCUGGCUCGAGUGCGCCUCCCUGCGCCCGAGGAGGGAGGUGCAGCAGAGGAGCAGGAGUCUGUGGAGAUAAGAACACAAGCUGAAAAAAAGAUAGAACUGAUCCAAGUCAAAACUCCUGAACCUCCACCGGCAGUAAAACAAAAAACAGUCCAAGUGACACAGAUCCAGAAAACAAGUGAAAUCUCUUCCCAAGUGGAAACAGGUGCGGGUCCGAGCCCGGUCCCACAUUUCACUGUUUCUAAAGUGACUGUCCCCAAAGCUGAGCAUGGCCCUGAGGUUUCUAUUGCUCGCACAGCUGUAGCCACUCUUCACAAAGAACUGUCAUCCCCAACUGCUCCCAGAAAAGUCAUCAAACCGGUUAAGUCGCCCACCCCAACUCGCAGAGCGUUUCUGGAGGCCCAUGUUCCAGCAGAGCCCUUCCCGCCGCCUUUUAAAGACCCCAGAUAUCGGGUUGAGAUUCAGACAGGAGGGGCGGUCAGUGAGGAGGAAUUUGAGGACUGGGAGCCACAGGAGGUUGUUGCUGUGCCAACAAGAGCCCAGGAACCUGUCGUUCCUCCAACAAUUAUUGCUGGACUGAAAAAUGUGACCGUGACAGAGGGCGAGUCGGUGACCCUGGAGUGUCAGAUCAGUGGUCACCCCACCCCGACAAUCAUGUGGUUCAGAGAGGACUACAAGAUCGAGAGCUCCAUUGAUUUCCAGCUCACCUACCAAAGCGGAUUUGCCCGAAUGGUGAUCCGCGAGGCCUUCGCCGAAGACAGUGGCCGCUUUACUUGCACAGCCACCAGUGAAGCCGGCACUGUCACCACGUCCUGCUACCUGCUUGUUAAAGUUUCUGAAGAAAUUGAGAGCAGGGAAGAAAUUACCGUCACUCAUGCUGGAAUUACACAGGAGAAAACUGUUUCCAUGGAGACAAAGGGACAAACUGUGACAGAGGUGGUCAGCACUGGCGAAACUGCUGCUCCCUACUUUAUUAAGAAACCAAGCGUCCAGAAACUAGUGGAAGGAGGCAGCGUUGUGUUCGACUGCCAGAUCGGAGGUAACCCCAAACCUCACAUCAUCUGGAAGAAGAGUGGCGUGCCCCUUACAACUGGAUACAGAUAUAAAGUUGCUUAUAAGAAAGAGACUGGCGAAUGCCGAUUGGAGAUCUCAAUGACUUUUGCUGAUGAUGCUGGAGAAUAUUCAGUUUAUGCCAAGAACCCACAUGGAGAAGCUUCAGCAGUUGCUAUUCUGAUGGAAGAAGAACAAUAUGAAACCUACAUGAAACAGCAGGAAGUGACAUAUAAAACAGAAGUGACUGCAGCUGUGGUGCAGGAGCCCACAGUGAUCGUGAGUCAACAUGAGAUUGAGCAGAGGAGGAUGACCACUCCCAUGAGCUUCAUCUCUGAAACGGAAUUCAUGGUGUCUUCCUUUGAGGAGAGGAUCAUCCAGGAGAUUGAGCUGCGCAUCAUGAGAAUUUCUUACAUGGAGCUGGUGAUUGAAGAUGGAGAGCAGAUGGUGACAGUCGCUGAACACGAGGCUGCGCAGCCCGCCUUUGACACUCCAGUCAAAAACUACAGGAUUGUGGAUGGAAUGGGAGUCACUUUCCACUGCAAGAUGGCAGGAAAUCCUCUGCCCAAGAUUGUGUGGUUCAAAGAUGGGCAGCGUAUCAGACCUGGAGGACGUCACCAGAUGGAGGUUCUUCAUGAUGGCCGUGCCAGUCUGCGCCUCUCUGUCGUUCUCCCCGAGGAUGAGGGUGUCUACACAGCUUUUGCCAGCAACAUGAAGGGAAAUGCUGUCAGCUCUGGAAAACUCUAUGUGGAGCCCUCUGGGGUUGUGACCCCUCAGAGAUAUACUCCCCAGCCUGCCAUGCAGAGAAUCAGAUCUACAUCUCCUCGCUCACUGAGCCGCUCACCUGGCCGCUCCCCUAGCCGCUCCCCUGGACGUUCUCCUGCCCGUAGACUCGAGGAGACUGACGAAGCUCAGCUAGAGAGACUCUACAAACCUGUCUUUGUGAUGAAGCCCACCUCCAUUAAAUGCUCAGAAGGACAAACUGCAAGGUUUGACCUCAAGGUUGUUGGCAGACCAAUGCCAGAGACAUACUGGUUCCACAAUGGACAACAAGUGGUGAAUGACUACACUCACAAGAUAGUUAUCAAAGAGGAUGGUAUUCAAUCCUUGAUCAUUGUUCCUGCAAUGCCAAAAGACUCUGGAGAAUGGACUGUUGUUGCCCAGAACAGAGCUGGACGCACCACAGUCUCAGUUAAUCUUACAGUAGAAGCUCGUGAAAGCCUUGCCCGACCUCAGUUUGUGGAGAAGCUGAAGAACAUCACAGUCAAACAGGGCACUCUGGUUGAACUGGCUGUCAAAGCCAUUGGAAACCCUCUUCCUGAUAUUGUGUGGCUGAAGAACAGUGACAUCAUCAGCCCACACAAGCAUCCACAGAUCAGGAUUGAGGGCACUAAAGGAGAAGCAAAAUUCCAGAUUCCUACAGCUGCCACCACAGACAGCGCCUGGUAUACCGCCACAGCCAUCAACAAAGCGGGCAGAGACACCACCCGCUGUAGAGUCAAUGUGGAGGUUGAUUUUGCAGCACCUCAGAUGGAGAGGAAGCUCAUUGUCACCAGAGGAACCUACAAAGCAAAAGAGAUCGCUGCGCCAGAGCUGGAGCCUCUUCACCAGCGCUAUGGCCAAGAUCAGUGGGAAGAGGGCGACCUUUAUGACAAAGAAAAGCAACAGAAACCACAAUUCAAGAAGAAACUUACUUCUAUCAGGAUGAAGCGCUUCGGUCCUGCCCACUUCGAGUGCAGGUUGACCCCCAUCGGAGACCCCACCAUGGUCGUAGAGUGGCUCCAUGAUGGCAAGCCUCUCGCUGCCGCAAACAGGCUGAGAAUGGUUAAUGAGUUUGGAUACUGCAGCCUUGACUACGAGGUCGCUUACGCCAGAGACAGUGGUGUCAUCACAUGCAGAGCCACUAACAAAUUUGGAGUUGACCAGACUUCUGCAACACUGAUUGUCAAAGAUGAGAAAGGCCUUGUUGAGGAAUCCCAGCUCCCAGAGGGCAGAAAAGGCACCAGAGUGGAAGACAUCGAACGCUUCGCUCAUGAAGGAGGCCCUGCAGGAGUCAGCGCAGAUGAAGAAUGUGAAAAGACCAAACCUGAAAUCGUCCUUCUCCCUGAACCAGUCCGUGUGGUUGAAGGAGAGAUCGCUCGUUUCCGCUGCAGAGUCACCGGCUACCCUGCACCCAAAGUCAACUGGUACCUCAAUGGCCAGCUCAUCCGCAAAAGCAAGAGGUACAGACUGCGUUAUGAUGGAAUCUACUAUCUGGAGAUUGUUGAUAUCAAGUCAUACGACGCAGGUGAGGUCAGACUUGUCGCUGAUAACCCUCUUGGCACAACCGAGCACACUGUGAAACUGGAAAUAACCCAGAAGGAAGACUUUAGAACCGUGCUACGUCGCGCUCCUGAACCUAAACCCGCAGAGGUUCCACACGAAGUUGGAAAAGUGGCCUUUGAUGUUGUGAAAAUGGACAGGGCAGGCGAAGCCGCACAAGACAGGGAAGUGGUGAAACUGAGGAAAACCCAGAGAAUUGUCCAUGAGAAGACAUCAGAGGAGACUGAAGAGCUCAAGAGCAAGUUUAAGCGUAGAACCGAAGAAGGUUUCUACGAAUCCAUCUCAGCCGUGGAGUCCAAGAGCCGCAAGAGGGAUGAGUCUUAUGAAGAACUGCUGAAGAAGACCAAAGAUGAGCUCCUGCAUCACCUGAAGGAGAAGGAAGAGGAGGAGAGGAGGAGACUAGAGGAGCAAGGCCAGGUCACCAUCCCCACUUUCAAACCUGAGAGAAUCCAGCUGUCCCCGUCCAUGGAAGCUCCCAAGAUCAUUGAACGCAUCAAGAGCCAGACCGUUGGCCCCAUGGAGGAGGUUCGCUUCCGGUUGAGGGUGGUGGGCAGACCCGAUCCGGAGUGUCAGUGGUUCAAGAACGGCAUUCCCCUGGAGAAGUCCGACCGGAUCUACUGGUUCUGGCCCGAAGACCACGUGUGUGAGCUGGUCAUCAGGGACUGCACCGUGGAGGACUCCGCCAGCAUCAUGGUCAAAGCAGCCAACGUCGCAGGGGAGUCGUCCAGCCACGCCUUCCUGUUGGUGCAAGCUAAGGCAGCUAUAAACUUCACCCAACACCUGGAAGAUGCCAGCGCAAACGAGAAGGACACCAUGGUGACCUUUGAGUGUGAGACCAAUGAGCCUUUCGUCAAAGUGAAGUGGUUCAAAAACAACAUGGAGAUCUUUUCUGGAGACAAGUACAGAAUGCACUCGGACAGAAAGGUGCACUUCCUGUCCGUGCUCGUCAUUGAAGUCCAGGAUGACGCUGAGUAUAGCUGUGUGGUUGUGGACGACGAGAACAUUAGAACCACUGCAAGACUUCAUGUUGAGGGUGCUGCACUUGAGAUGGUCAAACCCAUGGAGAACAUUGAAGUGCCUGAGACCUACGCUGGAGAGUUUGAGGUUGAGGUGUCCCGUGAAGACGUUGAGGGGAGAUGGUUCUUUGGAGACAAGGAGCUGUCCCCGAGCAGCAAACACAUCAUGACAUCACGCAGAGGGAGACACACUCUGUCUGUGAAAGACGUGAAGAAGCAGGACCAGGGAAAAUAUACCUUUGUGUGUGGAGAUCUGAGGACCAGCGCCUCCCUCAAGAUGAAAGUUCGCCCCGUGACACUGAUGCAGCCCCUGAGCGACCUGACUGUGUGUGAGGGCGACAUCGCUCAGCUGGAGGUGCGUUUCUCUCAGGAGAACGUGGAGGGCACCUGGAUGAAGAACGGCCAGGCCCUGUCCGCCUCUGACCGUGUGCACAUUGUCAUCGACAAAGUCAUCCACAAGCUGCUGGUGGAGAAUGUCAACAGGGAGGACGCAGCUCAGUACUCCUUUGUGGUCCCUGCCCAGGAGAUCUCCACUUCAUGCAAGCUCUAUGUUCAGACCAUUGACAUUGUGAUUCCACUGAAAGACGUUUCUUCCAUUGAGGGAACUAAAGCUGUUCUGGAAGCUAAGAUUUCUGCUCAGGAUGUCAGUUCUGUAAAAUGGUAUCACAAUGAUAAGCAGAUCACUGCCAGUGAAAGGGUCCAGAUGGUUGCCAAGGGCUCCAAGCAGCGUCUGGUCUUCACCAGGACAUUUGCUUCAGACAAGGGUCGCUACAAACUGGUGGUUGGGAAGGUCGACACCAGCUGCAACCUGUCUGUUGAAGAGGUGCGCAUUGUGAGGAACAUGGAAAAUAAAGUGUGCUCUGAGUCACAGAAUGUGACAUUUGAGGUUGAGGUGUCUCAUGCUGGCAUUGACCCAGCCUGGACCUUCAAGAACCAGCAGCUUAAAGCUGGACCCAAAUACAAGAUGGAAACCAAGGGCAAAGUCCACUUUUUGACUGUCAUGGACACCAUGAAAGAUGAGGAGGGACAGUACACCUUCCACGCUGGAGAGAAGACAUCCACUGCUACACUCACUGUCUCUGGUGGUGCCAUCACCCGUCCCCUGCAGGAUGUGACAGUGGCUGAAUCCCAGACUGCUGUCUUUGAAUGUGAGGUGGCUAAUGCUAACGCUGAGGGCAAGUGGAUGAAGGAGGGCCAUCUCGUGGACUUCAAUGAGAAUGUGAUCAGUGAAGUCGAUGGAGCAGUCAGACGCUUGGUCAUUGUCAUCACCAGACCCCAGGAUGUGGGAGAGUACACUUAUCAGGUGGCAAACUCCAAAACCACCGCUAACCUCAAGGUGGAGGCUGUGAAGAUCAAGAAAACUCUGAGAAACCAAACUGUGACUGAGACCCAGGAUGCACUGUUCAUCCUGGAGCUGACCCACCCUGAUGUGAAGGGAACUCAGUGGAUCAGAAACGGUGUGGAGCUCCAGAAUAAUGACAAAUAUGAGAUCACCACUGAAGGCAUCGUCCACACUCUCCGAGUCAAGCACUGCAACACCCAAGAUGAGUCCGUCUACUCUUUCAAGUUAGGAAAACUGUCUGCCAACGCCAGGCUGAAUGUUGAGACCAUCAAGAUAGUUAAGAAAAUCAAGGAUGUCAAUGCGCUGCUGGACUCCACUGCUUCCUUUGAGCUGAGUCUGUCUCAUGACAACAUCCCGGUCACAUGGCUGUUCAACGGCAAAGAGCUCAAAUCCAGCGAUAGAUGCAAGAUUCAGGCCGAAAGGAAAGCUCACAAACUUAUCCUGCAGAAUGUGGACAACAGCAACGCAGGAGAGUACACGGCUGUGGUGGGACAUCUGCAGUGCAGCGCUUCGCUCACUGUGGAGUCUCUUCGUGUGACUAAGCCUCUGAAGAACGUGGAGGUGGUUGAGACCCAGAGCGCCACGUUCGAGUGUGAGGUGUCCCACUUCAACGUGCCGACCACGUGGCUGAAGAACGGCGUGGAGAUCGAGAUGAGCGAGAAGUUCCGCAUCGUGGUGCAGGGCAAACUGCACCAGCUGAAGAUCCUGAACACCAGCCGGGACGACUCUGCAGAAUACACGUUUGUCUGUGGAAACGACAGAGUCUCUGCCACGCUUACUGUCAGCCCUGUCCUGAUCACGUCUAUGCUGAAAGACCUGAACGCCCAAGAGAGAGACACCAUCACUUUCGAGGUAACCGUUAACUACGAGGGUAUCACAUACAAGUGGCUGAAAAACGGCGUGGAAAUCAAAUCAUCGGACAGGUGUCAAGUUCGCACCAAGGAGCUCACCCACUCGCUGACCAUACGAAAUGUGCACUUCGGAGAUGGAGGAGCUUACCAGUUUGUGUCCGGGUCAGCCGUCUCCUCUGCCAACCUCUUUGUGGAAGCUCGCCUUAUUGAAUUCACCAAGAAAAUCAAGGACAUUAAAAUCACUGAGAAGAAGAAGGCCAUAUUUGAAUGUGAGAUCUCUGAGCCCAACGCCCAGGUCAUGUGGAUGAAAGAUGGACAAGAACUGGACAUGUCUGAGGAGAGGUACACUGUGACAGCUGAGAAGUAUGUCCAUCGCCUGAUGAUCCAAACCGUGCGCAUGUCCGACGCCGGCGAGUACUCAGUCGUGGCCGGAUCCAGCGUGUCGAAGGCCCAUCUUGUCGUGGAGGGUCGUGAUGUUCGCAUUUCUGAACCAGCUCAGAAAGAAAUCACUGUCCUAGAGAAACACAGAGCCACUUUUGAGUUCGAGGUGAAUGAGGAGGACAUUGAGGGCAGAUGGUUGAAAAAUGGCGUGGAGAUCCAGUUCUCCAUGGAACAACGCUUCCACUACGUGUGCAUCAGGAAACUCCACCGCCUCACCAUCUCAGAGACCUUCAGGAGUGACGCUGGAGAAUACACUUUUAUUGCUGGCAAGAACCGAAGCACCAUGCAUCUCAGAGUCAACCUGCCAGAGCCUCCUCAGAUCGUGCGUCACAUGGAGUCCCAGUCAGUGGAGGCCGGUAAGCCCGUUCGCUUCUCUGUGGCGGUGAGUGGCCUGCCCCAGCCACAGGUCUCAUGGUACAAGAACUCCCAGGCUCUUUCCCCCGGAUUCAAAUGCAAAUUCCUCCACGACGCCUACGAGCACACCCUGCUGCUCAUCGAGGUCUUCCCCGAGGACGCAGCAGAGUACAAAUGUGAGGCCAAGAACGACUACGGAGCAGCCAGCAGCGUCGCAACACUUAACGUAGAAGUGUCCGAGGUGGUGUCCCCAGAUUCCGCUGCUCCUGUGGCUCCCCCAGUGGUCAUUUCACCCAUCAGCAACACCUCAGCACGUGAAGGUGAACCAGCUCGCUUCCAGUGCAGAGUCCGUGGAGAUGAUGUGAAGAUCUGCUGGUUCCACAAGGAGAAGGAGAUCAAGCAGUCGGAAUUCUUCAGGAUGUCCCAGUUUGAUGACAGCUGCCAGUUGGAGAUCUCCAGAGUCUACCACGAGGACGAGGGCGAGUACCGCUGCACAGCCACCAACUCUGCUGGAACUGUGUCCUGCUCUGCUACACUCACAAUGGAGGGGAAAAAAGACACUGCAGAGAGCGAGUGGCAUGUUUCCACCAGUCUCACAAGUCUUAAGAAACCUUCUCUAGGCCAAAAGCCGGUCUUCAUUCAGCCUAUCAGCAGCUGCACAGUGGUGCAUGGAGAAGUGGCUCGCUUCCAUGCAUGUGUGUCAGGCAUGCCCAAGCCAGAAGUGACUUGGUUUCACAACAGGCAGCCAGUGAAGGCCACCAAAAACCUGGUGUUUCACUUUGAUGAGAUGACAAACAUAGCCACUCUGAUCAUAGUGGAUGCUUUCCCUGAGCAUGCAGGCCUGUACACGUGCAGAGCGGUCAAUAACGCAGGAGAGGCCGCCUGCUCUGCCACUCUCACCAUAACCAAAGAGCAGCAAGUGGUAGAAGAAGUGACCCGUGUUCAACAGACUGAAACUAAGGUGGAAGAAGUCAAAGAAAUUUCUAGCACCACUGUCUCCACUGUGGAAGAGGAAACCUACAGCACAGCUUUCCAAUUAGCACAGAAAACAAAAACACUUGAACUCAAACCAGACUCUAAACGUUACUCUUCCACUUUAGAGAAGAAAAAAGAAAAGCCAGUUUUCCUUACUCAGCUUUCUCCAGUUGUUUUAACCAGUGGUGAAACAGCCAGAUUCUCAGUACACAUUUCAGGCUUUCCCAAACCUACCGUUCAGUGGUUUCACAAGGGUAGAGUCAUUAAAAGCUCUUCUGUGUACAAGAUUAUUGAAGAAAAGGAGGUACACACUUUAGUUAUUACUAAGGUUACCACUGAAUAUGAAGGGGAGUAUUCCUGCACUGCCACUAACAGAUUUGGUGAGACAACUUGUACCACAUACCUUGAGGUUAGAAAGCCGGAUGUGAGUCAUGCAGAGAAAUGGGUGGAGAAAAUGUUUAAGGUCACAGGUCAGCCUCCUACUUUCACUGUCCAGAUUCUCCCCGUUAGGUGUUCCGAGGGUGGAGAGGUUACGUUUAAUUACAAAUCUACUGGUGACCCUCAGCCUGAAGUGAAAUGGUUCAAAGGUGCUUUCCAAAUCCAACCUAGUCGAAACUGCAUCAUCAUUGCCAACCCUGAUGGAUCUGGCUACAUCAAUCUGAAGAGUGUAAAACAGGAAGACAGUGGUUUGUAUACUUGCAAGGCCACCAACCAGUUUGGGGAAGCUUCUUGCAGUGCUGAACUAGUGGUAUUUAAGGAGACCCGCAAACAGGAGAAGCUUACUGUUGUCCAGAAGAAAGGCUACAAGGUUUCAGUGAUGGAACAAGCCACAGAGUCACGCUUGUAUCAGGUAAGUUUGCCAGGCCAGGACAAAACUAAAACAGAUCAGAUGGUUUACACAAUCGGCACUGAAGAUAGACAGAUAAUUCCUAGUGAGCAGGUUAGUUCAUUGAGGGAGGUCGACAUUUCAGCCGCCACUGUACAUCGUGAAAAGGUAACCCACCAGGCUGCAGUGCUGCAAACCCAUGAGUUAGAGGAAAGGGUUUCUGUUGCUCCUACCCAUCCACCUCAAGUGUCAGCUGUUCCUGCUAAACAGCUUCAUAUGGCGGCUUUCACGUCAUCAGUUGAAGAAAGCCAAGGCCUUAUUGAGCAGCACUGUGAUCGCAUUCAAAGCCCAGAGGUCAUUGAGCUGCAGGCUGCUCAGGAAAAGAAGUCAAAAGUCAUGUCAGCUGUAGCAGAGGAGUUAACCCCACUGUCCACUGUUAGCACAGAGCCUUUAGCUGACCGAAAACCUGCCAAAAUAAAGCCCUCAUCUGAACCUCAAUUUCUUGUUAGCGGACAUGAAGUUGUAUCUCAGCUCGCUAUGACGAAAGAACAGUCACAGGAAAUGCCCGAAUCACAAGAGCAGAAGGGUUAUAAGGUGAAGGAGGGUGUAAAGAUCUUGUAUUCAGCUCAGUCUUCAGAGAAACGUGUGCUCGCUGAAGGACACACAACUGAGAUAGCCAGCACAGAUUCAGCUCUUAAGUCCACAGUUCGUAAAGAAAAGCACAAGCCAAUCUUGGCUUCAGUCAGUGAGUCAAAACAAACACUUCAUAAGGAAAGCAAGCUCUCACUGGAGAGGUCUGCUGAAGAAACAGCAUCUUUGUCUAAGGAUAAAAUUAUGAAUGUAGCCAUAAAUACAGAAGAAAAGCAAAUAUUGCAAUCUGAGCCCACACAACAGCUGCCAAGUUUAGACAGUGCAAAAACUAUUAAGCCACAAAUUGAAGGCGAGCAGCUUUUACACUUACAGGUUGUAACAGAUCAGGACCUUCUUCCAUCAGAGAAAGCUUUUACUUGUGAGAAACCAGCUAGUGAGCAGGCAGAAAGCAGAAAAAGCCCCACUUUGCUCCAUACUGUUAGCCAGGAUGAGCAAACCACUGUUGUUUGUGAGGACUCUGUAGAGUUUGAGGCCAAAGCUAGCACUAUGACCAUUCAACCUCAAAAAGAAGUCCCCACACCACUGCAUCUCCAGUCAACACAGCCUGUAGAAACACUUCAAAAAGAGGGUUUACUAACAACUGAAAAGCCAGAGCAGCAGAUGGCUGCACAAAAACAGGAGCGUGCAAGGAAACACGCAGCUACUUUUGAGGAGAAAAGAGAGCUUACUGCUGAUUAUCAUACAGAACUAGAUGUGUCUGUAACUGGAGUUCAGUCCCAACUCAAAACUGAACCAAAGCCUCUACAAAUUCUUCAGCUUUCCUACCAGCCCAUGCAGUUGCCAAAAGAGGUGCCACUUUCUACUGAUGUCAAACAGCAGCGUGCAUUGGUACAGAAAGAGGACCGCUGGAAUGUCAUGCACGUUACUAGUGUUGCAGAUAGCCACACUAUGGAGGAGGGACAUACUGAGAGCAUUUCAGAUAUAGAUAAAUUUACCUCUCAGAUGGCUGUAGAACCAAGCGUUCCUACUGUUCCUGUUCAAGUUGAAGAGAAGGAGAUCUCUACUGAAACCACGAUUCUACUUGAGGCAGCAGAACAGGACUUUGCAGUACAAAUCCAGGAAGGUCAGUCAGUAAGGCAGUCUAUAAUAAUGGAUGAGAAGAGAGUGCUCACUGGUGAAGUCUCUCAGGAGGUCAUCAAGGCACAAGCAUCCAAAGUAGCUGUUACCACACAACCAAAGCUUUCACUUAUGGCUUCCGAAUCUAAAGACACCACAGCUCUACCUAAAGAAAUGACCUUUGUUAUACAGAUCCCUAAGCCAUCCAGUCUGAACAUAAGACGUCAGCUAAAGGAUGCACUUCAGUCUGCGGUGGCUAGUGACCAGCCUGUGUUAUUGGCUGAUAUUGUUGAAAAGUUACAUGCUGUAGAAGUUCAGGAAGUAAAGGUUCAGAGAGAGCCAAAGCGGGCGAUGUUUACUUACUUAAUCACAACGACAGGCUCACCAAUGGAGAUAACUCUUGCAUUUGAAGGUGAGUAUCCUCAAAUGGCUGACCUCAGGACUGAACUACAGGCAGCCUUUCAUUCAAUCAUUUACCAAGAAGCUAGCGUUCUUACUUCAGCACAGCCUGGAACUAUGCAGCUGGACAAACCCCAACGAGCAGAGGCUGUGACAAGCCAUAGCAAACAAAUGCAAUCAUCAAUGGUAGAAACAGUACAUGUUGCAGAGACUGCUGUUGAUUUCUCUGCUGUUAAAUCACAAGCAGCUGCUCUAAAAACAGAAUCUAAAAAGGGUGUUGAAAGUGUUGCAGCUGAACAACAAAUUAUGGUUCAAGAGUCAAAAGCACAGGUUAAAAUCUCAACUGAGCAGUCUGUGCAGGUUUCCAGGCAAGAAGUGCGGUCUGUAACAAUUGAAAGCAGAGAGAAAGUUGAGGUGUCUGCAGGUGUUACCAUACAGAAAGAGCUCAAGCAAGAGGUCUUUAAAGAGGAAAUUAGCAUAACACGACCAGAACAACGGGAAUACCCUGAAAUAGUAACCUCUCUUGAAGACUUAUCUAUUGAUGAAGAGAGUAAAGUAACCUUUACCACUAUUAUUAAGUAUGUUACAAAGGUAAACUGGUUUUUCAAUGGCCAAUUAGUAAAGUCUGGCAAAGAGUUCAAGUGUUCAAAAGACAAAGACACAUACACAUUAGUUAUCAACAAAGUUGUGAAGGCGAAGCAUCAAGGAGAGUAUGUCUGUGAGGCUGAAAAUGAAGCCGGCAAGAUCACAACAUCUUCAAGACUGACUGUGGUCUCAAGAGUGCCACCAGUUUUUAGGCAGAAAAUCGUCCCACUGGAGAUAAACGUUGGCAGCCACGCCAAGUUUGAAUGUGAAAUUGAAGAUGCUCCUGAUGUGACCUUUAAGUGGUUCAGAUCAGACGUUGAGAUCAAACAAAGUGAGAAGUACAGGAUUCUCAGCCGCCAUACCAGUUCGUCCUUGGAGAUCCUGACUCCUGCCAAGGCUGACAGUGGGGAAUACAGCUGCAAAGCUUCAAAUAAAUUCGGCACUGCCAGCUGCCAAGCCAAGCUUGUUGUGACAGAAAUGUAUCCACCAGUAUUUGUAUCAAAACCAGACCCUAUGACUUUGUUCGUGGGCAAACAAGCACUGUUCCAGUGUUCACUCACUGGGACCCUCCCCAUGGAGGUUAUUUGGCACAAGGAUAACAUAGCCAUUUCUCCAGAAGGGAACUACGUCAUGAAAUGUGAAAAGAACAAGUAUUCCCUCCUUAUUAAAAAUCUACAACUGUCUGACCAAGGAGUGUACCUUUGCAAGGCCUCCAACAGCGUUGGCACUGCUACCUGUACCACAAACCUCACAGUGAUUAACAAGCCAAGCUUUGUUAAAUCCAUCAAAACUGCUUCAUUGGCUGUCAAUGACUUGGUAAGGCUAGAGUGCCAGGUGGACGAGGACACUGGUGUCACAGUCACCUGGACCAGGGAUGGCAAGAAGGUCCAUCAGAGCAUGGAUUGUAAGCUAUCCUUUGAAGACAAGGUGGCUGUUCUUGAGAUACCCAAGUCCAAAAUUAAGGACUCUGGGAAAUAUGUCUGCACAGCCAGCAAUGAGGCUGGCAGCUCGACCUGUGAGGCUGUGGUGACAGUUCAAGAGCCACCUUCUUUUACAAAAAAAAUGGAUCCAAAGUUUGUAUGGAAACAAGGUAUAGCUGGACGCUUACAGUGCACUGUGAAGGGCUCACCUGAGCUUCAUAUCCACUGGUUUUGGAAUGAAAAAGAACUAAGUGAUGGAGAAAAAUACAAAAUCUCCUUAAAGUCUGGAGUGGCAACUUUAGAGUUUAUUAAUCUUGUGGUUAGUGACAGUGGAAGUUACACUUGUGAGGUGUCAAAUAAUGCUGGCACUGACAGUUGCAGCACAGUUAUAUAUGUUAAAGAGCCACCAUCCAUUAAAAAGGAACUGCAAACAGUAGAGACAAUUAAGGGUAGUUCAGCUCAGAUGCAGUGUGAGAUUACAGGAACUGCUCCCUUUGAGAUCAGCUGGUUAAAAAACAAAAAAGUCAUUGCUAGUGAUAAGAAAUAUACAAUCAUUUCUGAAGAUAAUUUGUCUAGGUUAGAGAUUCAGACUUUUGAAAGUGCAGAUGUUGGAGACUACCAAUGUGUUAUUUCUAAUGAUGUUGGAAAAGUCACCACUAAAGCAGCCGCUAAACUUAAAGAACCUCCAACAUUCACAAAGAGAGUUGAAAGUGCUACAGCUGUGCUGGGAAAUCCAGUUAAAUUACAAGGAACAUUAAAGGGCUCAGCCCCCAUUACAGUAAAAUGGAUGAAAGACUCAGAGAUUCUCAGAGAUGAUGAUCCUCAUGUUAAGAUGUUGUUUGAGAACAAUGUUGCAAGCUUGUCAAUAACAACAGUCGCCAUUAGCCAUGGUGGCAAAUAUCUAUGUCAAGCUGAAAAUGAGGCUGGUCAAAGUAAAUGUGAAGCCACACUGACAGUUCAAGAGCCAGCUAGAAUUCUAGAACCUGCCGAGUCCAUCAGUGUGACAGCAGGAGAUUCAGCCACACUGGAGUGCACGAUUUCAGGAAGCCCAGAACUCAAAGUGAAAUGGUUCAAAGAUGGCAAAGAGAUGAUAAGUGGGCGUAAAUAUAAAAUGACCCUAAAGGACAAUGUUGCCACUAUGAAGAUCCUUUCCGCAGAGAGAGGAGACACUUCGGAAUACAAAAUGGAGGUGUCUAAUAAAGUUGGCAAAGAUCAGUGCACAUGCUCAGUCACUGUACUAGAUCGGAUUAUGCCGCCAAGUUUCACUAAGUCUCUUAAAAGAGUUGAUGCAAACAUUGGCAACGAUGUUGCAAUGGAUUGCAGAGUGUCUGGCUCUCAGCCCAUGACCAUAUCUUGGUUCAAAGAUGACAAGGAAAUUAUGCCUGGAUCAAAAUUCCAGUAUGAGUUUGUGGAGAACACAGCAACACUAAGGAUAAUGCACUUGGAAAAGUCUGACUCUGGAGUGUACAAAUGUAAAGCCACAAAUUCGGCUGGCUUCAAGGAAACCAGUGGCACACUCUAUGUCAAAGAACCUCCAAUGUUCACUAUAAAACCAGAAAACCAAGAUGUCAUACCUGGAAGCACUAUUUCACUCAAAGCAGCCUUCACUGGAACAGCUCCACUGACUGUAAAGUGGUUCAAAGAGGAAAAGGAGAUUGUAACUGGCGGUUCUUAUUUUAUAAAGAAAGAUGCCUCCUCCACUUCUCUGGAGAUUUCAUCUGUUAAACCAGAUGACUCAGCCAAGUACACAUGCCAAGUCUCCAAUGAAGCUGGGAAAGUGGACUGCACAGCAGUGCUUUUUGUGAAAGAACCUCCAAUAUUUGUGAGGAAACUGGAGACGACCAAACUUAUUACCAGUGGAAACUCCACAAAGCUGGAAUGCAAAGUGACAGGCAGCCCUGUUAUUAGUUUUAAAUGGUUCAAGGAUGAGAUGGAGAUCAGCUCUGGACCUAAAUACAAAAUCACGAUGGGUGAUUUAGUGACUUCUUUAGAAAUUGUUGACUGCAAAGUGGAGGAGAGUGGGGAAUUUGUGUGUGUGGCUACUAAUGAGGCUGGUAGUGACCGCACUAGCAGCACAGUCACAGUGAAAGAACCACCAGUCUUCAUUCGUAGUUUGGAUGCCAAAGAUGUGGUAAAGGGCUCUGAGGUGAUGCUGGAAGGAGAAGUCUCUGGUUCAGCCCCUUUCACUGUGUGCUUUUUUAAGAACACAAAGCCAAUUAGAAAUGACAAGAGACAUAGGAUUACAGUCAAAGAUGGCCUGGUAGCUCUGCAGGUGCUCGCUGUAGAAACAGGAGACGUUGGCUCCUAUCAAUGUACUGUAGAAAAUGAAGUUGGCAAAGCUUCAUGUGAUUGCCAAGUUACACUAAAAGAACCACCAACAUUUGUUCGCAAACUGGAGAAUCUCAGCUCCUUAGUUGGUAGUGAGGUGUCUAUGCAGUGCUCUGUGAAGGGUUCUGAGCCCAUUUCUUUGACAUGGCUAAAAGAUAACCAUGAAUUAAAAGAGUCUGAAAAUAUUCUUCUUACUUUUGAAAAUGGGCUUGGGCUACUGCGUAUCACCAAUCUUCAGAGACAACAUGAGGGCAAAUACUCUUGUCAGGCACAGAAUCAGGCAGGAAGCCAGACAUGCUCUGCUGUGCUAACUGUCAAAGAGCCUGCAAAAAUAACAGAGGAAGCUAAGUCCAUCAGUGUGACUCAGGGAGACCCAGCCACACUUGAAGUCAGAUUCUCAGGAACAAAGCCACUGAAGGCACGUUGGCUGAAGUCAGGCAAAGAGCUGACCUCGGGAGUUAGAUAUAAAGUCGUUAACACUGACACCAGCUCGGUUCUGAAGAUCAUGAAAACAGAAAAAGGUGACAGUGGAGACUAUAGUUUUGAGGUUUCAAAUGAUGCAGGUCGGAGCUCUUGUGAGGCCACUUUGACUAUUCUAGACCAAAUUAUCCCACCAUCAUUUACGAGAAAACUGAAGCAGAUUGAAGGUAUCAAAGGCUCCUUUGCUCAUUUGGAGUGCCUUGUCUCUGGGUCCCUGCCCAUUACCAUACAGUGGUAUAAAGAUGAUAGUGAGAUCAAACCAGGAGAAAGACAUAAAAUCACAUUCUUUGAGAAUGUGGCCUUUCUGGAAAUCUCUAACCUUGACUCUAAAGACUGUGGGAACUACACCUGCAUUGCUAAGAACAAAGCUGGGACUGUCCAGUGCUCCGCUAGUUUGUUUGUGAAAGAACCACCAACCAUUCUUGAAAAACCUGAAUCUCUAGACGUUUUGCCUGGCUCAAAAGUUAAGUUUAAUAUUCUGGUCUCGGGCACACCACCACUAACUAUCAAGUGGUUUAAGAAUAACAAAGAGAUUGUGUCCAGUCCAGACUGUAAUGUGGUGAAGGACAAUACAUCCAGCUCUCUGGAACUGUUCUUUGCCAAAACAUCAGACUCUGGAGAUUAUGUCUGUGAAGUACAAAAUGACGUUGGAUCGACAUCCUGCCAGACAACUCUGUUUGUGAAAGAGCCUCCCAAAUUCACUCAUACGCCAGCUCGCUUGUCUGUGGUCCGUCCUGGUCAAAGUAAAGUGUUUGAGUGUCAGGUGACUGGCACACCUGAAAUUGACAUCUACUGGUUCAAAGAGGGCUCUGAAAUCAGCCAAAGCAAUCGGUACAAGAUGACCUUUGUUAACUCUGUAGCCACAUUGGAGGUCUGUAGCACUGACAUUAAAGACAGUGGCUUGUAUUACUGUGAGGCGCGUAAUGAGGCAGGGAGUGAGAGCUGCAGUAUGGAGCUUAAGGUUAAAGAACCACCCAAUUUUAUUAAGGAGUUGGCUGCAGCUGAUGUUGUGAAAGGGUCAACUGCUAGUUUUCAAUGCCAGGUUGCUGGAACUCCACCUUUUCAGGUCACUUGGCACAAGGACACAAAGGAGAUGAAACAAAGUUCAAAACAUGGUUUCUCUCUUACAAAUGAUGUAAUGGGUCUAGAAGUCCACAAGUGUGACUCUGUAGAUAUUGGGGAAUACCAGUGUACUGUUGCUAAUGAAGUGGGCAGUUGCACUUGUAAAACUACACUUAAACUCAAAGAACCACCCACAUUUACCAAAAAGAUUGAGAACACAACCACUGUCCUGGGUAAAAUGGCCCAGUUUCAGUGUGUUGUUACUGGUUCUCCUACACUUUCGGUUCAAUGGCAAAAAGAUGAAAACUGGAUCUUGGAUGACUCCAAAAUGGAGAGGACUUUUCAGAACAAUGUAGCCACUCUCAGAAUACCUGUAUGUGAAGCCAGCCAUAGUGGGAGGUACACCUGCCAAGUGGUGAAUGAUGCUGGUCAGGACAAAUGUGUUGCAAACCUAACUGUGCAAGAGCCACCUAGAAUCACAGAGAAACCAGAGGUAAUAAAGGUGACAGUGGGAGAUCCAGUGAGUAUGGACUGUAAGGUAGAAGGCUCCCCUGAGCUUAAAGUCAAAUGGAUGAAAGAUGGAAAGGAGCUUCAGUCCAUCAGACAACAUAAGCUCAGUUUUGAAAACAACUGUAGCAGCCUCAAAGUUCUAUCUGCUCAGAAAGAGGACCAAGGAGACUAUAUCUUUGAAGUAGCUAACCACAUCAGCAGCUGCACCUGUAAAGUCCAAGUGAUUGUUCUAGAUCAAGUAAUCGCUCCAAGUUUCAUUAAACCACUUGUAGACAUGCAAGAGGUUCUUGGCUCCUUUGUACAGAUAUAUUGCAAGAUAUCUGGGUCCCUGCCCAUUUCAGUGGAAUGGCAAAAAGAUGGAAGCAAAAUCACGAGUGGUGUCAAACAUAAACUUAUUCAGCAGGACAAUUCUGUGUCAGUUGAAAUUGAGCAGCUAGAGAAAAAUGACGCUGGAUCCUACACCUGCAAAUUGACCAACGCUGCAGGAAGUUGUCAAUGCAGUGGCUCCCUCAUGGUUAAAGAGCCUCCAAGUUUUGUAACUCCACUUGAAUCACAAACAGCUCUGCCUAAUGCCAAAGUUCGCUUCAAGGGCAUUUUUAAAGGCACACCACCUUUCACAGUGAAAUGGUUCAAGGAUGACAAAGAGCUGAUGACUGGUCCCACGUGUUUUACUGGCCUCGAGGGCCUCUCUUGUUUCUUAGAGCUCUAUUCAGUGGGGGUCUCCCAGAGUGGAGUUUACUCUUGCCAAGUCAGCAAUGAUGCUGGCUCUGCACGCUGCAGUGCAGACCUGACCGUCAAAGAACCACCCGAGUUUGUGCUGAAACUCCCUGCCAAUAAAUGCGUGAAGCAGGGUGAGUCGCUCCGUCUGGAGUGCAAAGUCAGUGGCACAGUCCCCCUCACAGUGACCUGGUUCAAGCAUGACACCAGGCUCAUGGACGGGGGAAACUACCGGACAUCGUUUGCCAACUCUGUGGCAGUGCUCGAGAUAGUGAAGUCGAGCUUUGAUGAUGAAGGAGUUUACACGUGUGAAGCACAGAAUGAUGCUGGCAGUGUGAGCUGCAGCACCACUCUAACCGUUAAAGAGCCCCCACACUUUGUGAAAGUGCCCCAACCCAUUGAGGGUCUGAAGGGUAAAGAUGUGAGUCUGUACUGCGAGCUCAGUGGUACAGCUCCGUUCCAGAUUACCUGGUUCAAAGACAAGAAGCCUUUGAUGGAGAGCAGGAAAUACAAGAUGCUGAGCGAGGGCAGCUCUGCAACUUUGCAUGUGAUCGGAAUUGAGUCGUCAGACGCUGGCGAAUACGAGUGCAAAGCAUCAAAUAGUGUAGGAAGUGACACCUGCCAGACAUCAGUUAAGCUGAGAGAGCCUCCAUCUUUUGUGAAGAAACUGUCAAACAUGACAGUGAUACUGGGAAAGGAGGUGAGCCUAGCGGCCACUGUUAAAGGCUCUGAGCCCAUUACUGUGUCCUGGCUUAAGGACAAGGAUGUUCUCAGAGACAGUGACAACCAGAAACUCACCUUUGAGAACAACCAAGUCGCUCUUACAGUCUUUAAGGCCGAUGCAUCCAUGGCCGGCAAAUACACCUGUCAACUCAGAAAUGAUGCUGGGAGUGUGGAGUGUUUCGCUAACUUGACUGUCCUAGAACCAGCUAAGAUAGUGGAUAAGCCUGAUGCACUGAGUGUGACGGCUGGCGAUAUAGCCGCCCUAGAGGUCAAAGUGUGUGGAACCCCUGAACUCAAACCUAAAUGGUUUAAGGAUGGUGUUGAGUUGGCCUCUGGCAGAAAAUACAAAAUCUCAUUUUCGCGGAUGAUUUCCUGCCUGAAUGUGCUCUCUGCAGAGAAAGUGGAUUCUGGAGAAUAUACUUUUGAGGUUAUGAAUGAGGUUGGGAAGGACCUCAGUAAAAUUAAUCUCACAGUUUUAGAUAAGCUCAUUCCUCCCACCUUUACGAGGAAGUUGAAGGAUUGUAACAUGGUGCUGGGAAAAGCCGGAGAAAUGGAAUGUAAAGUAUCGGGCUCUUCGCCGUUCACUAUUACCUGGUAUCACGAUGGGGAGGAGAUUCAGAGUGGGCCAAACUAUGAGAUUUCAUUUACUGACAACAACUGCACCCUGAAAGUGCCCACUCUUAAGCUGUCCGACUCUGGGACCUAUAAAUGCAAAGCUGUCAACAAGGCUGGCUCCUGUGAGACUUCUGCCACACUGGCGGUGAAAGAGCCUCCUUCCUUCGUGGUGCCGCCCCAGCCAGUGGAAGCCAUGCCCGGCUCCACUGUCACUUUCUCAGCCAUGGUGAAGGGCAGCUCUCCCCUCAAACUGAAAUGGUUUAGAGGAACAAAGGAGAUUGUUUCCGGGCACACAUGCAACUCUUACCUGAAGGACAGCCAGGCCCUUUUGGAACUCUACAAUGUGGACAAAUCGCACGCUGGAGAAUACACCUGCCAGAUCAGCAAUGAGGCAGGGUCCGAGAGCUGCCCAGUCAACCUCGUGGUCAAAGAACCUGCAGCCUUCGUGAAGAGGCUGAAGGAUGUGUCUGUGGAGAAGGGCAAGCCUCUGUCCCUGGAGUGCACCUACAGCGGGUCCCCAAAGAUCACGGUGAGCUGGUACAAGGAUGGCCAGCAGAUCUUUGCCUCCUACAAGUACAACAUCACCACCACAGAGAGCUCCUGCAUCCUGGAGUGUCUCAGCACGGAUGACAAAGAGGCCGCGGGAAAAUACACCUGCGAAGUGUCUAACGACGCAGGGAAGGACACGUGUAACGCCAGUGUGUCCAUCCUCGAGCCUCCGUACUUUGUGGAGAGCCUGGAGCCCAUGGAGGUGACCAGUGGCGACGCAGUGUGCCUGAAGUGCCAGGUGGCAGGGACACCAGAGAUCUCCGUGUCCUGGUUCAAAGCUGACGGUAAAGUGCGCUCCAGCCCCACCUGCAAACUGGAGUUCUCCAAAGGUGUGGCCUGCCUCAAGCUCAGCAAGGCUACGAAGGCUGACAUCGGAGAGUACACCUGCAAAGCUGAGAACAAGAUCGGCACCGCUUCCACUAGCUGCAAGCUCAACGUACUAGAGGCAAAAACUCCCCCAUCAUUCCCCAAAAAGAUCACCAGCCUGCAGGAGACAGUGGGUCAGCCUGUCAGGUUUGAGUGCCGUGUGGCCGGCUCCUCUCCCAUUGAGGUGUCCUGGAUGAAGGACGGGGCUCCUCUAAGGCAGGAAGCAGGCCUGUCUAUGUCAUAUGACGAUAACACGGCUGCUCUUCAGAUCGACCGUGGGGAGAUGAGACACUGUGGAGAGUACACGUGUGUGGCCACCAACAGUGUGGGCACAGCCUCCUGCAGAGCCAAACUCACUCUGCAAGAACCACGCUACCCCCCAGUGUUUGACAGGAAGUUGUCGCCCAAAGAGGUGACCGUGGGUGACAGUAUUGAGCUGGAGUGUCACUUGACCGGCUCCACCCCCAUUAAAGUCACAUGGUCCAAGGAUCAUAAAGAUAUCCGCACUGGGGGCAACUAUAAGAUCAGUUUUGCAGAUAACAUAGCCACUCUGACCAUAGCCAAGGGUGACAAAGGCGACACUGGCCGCUACUUCUGUCAUGCCUCUAAUGACAUGGGGAAGGACUCUUGUUCGGCUGAAAUCACAGUCAAAGAACGCAAAAACCCUCCAAUGUUCACCAAGAAGCCCUCAGAGAACAUUGAAGACACUGAGGGUAAACUGGUGAAGAUCGAGGGGCGUCUGACUGGCUCUCAGCCCAUGUCCGUGAGCUGGUACAAGGGCAGCACAGAGAUCUUCAGCUCGGACAAAUAUGACAUCAGCUUUAAGAGUAACGUCGCUGUGCUGUGCAUCAAGAGCAGCCAGCGCAGUGACAGUGGCAUCUACUCCUGCCACGCAGCCAACGAGGCGGGCGAGACCUCCUGUGAUGUCACUGUGGGCAUUGCUGAGGCCAGGAAGCCUCCAGCCUUUGACAUCCCGCUCAAACCGGUGUCUGUGGAGGAGGGAGACAGGCUCUCGCUGCGCUGCCACGUGCGCGGAUCUGCUCCCCUCAAAAUCCAGUGGAUGAAAGAUCGUAAAGACCUGGUGUCCGCCGGUAGCACCAAGAUCACGUUCUCUGAGGGCACAGCCUGUCUGGACAUAAGCCCCGCCUCCAGGCACGAUGCUGGAGACUAUCUGUGCAAAGCCACCAACGAAGCGGGCAGCGACUUUACCAAAACCAAAGUCACAGUCAAAGAGAAAGCAGGAGCUGCCCCUGCUCCAGCCGAAGCCCCCGCUGCUCCUCAACCCAAGAAACUGGACAACCUGUACUUUGUGGAGGAACCAAAGCCAGUCACUGUCGUAGAGAAGGGCACUGCCACCUUUAUUGCCAAAGUGGGCGGAGACCCCAUCCCCAGCGUUAAAUGGAUGAAGGGCAAGUGGAGGCAGGUGACCCACGGCGGCCGCAUCUCCAUCGAGCAGAAGGGGGAGGUGUCCAAGCUGGAGAUCCGCGAGGUGACCAAGUCCGACUCAGGCCAGUACCGCUGCGUGGCCUCCAACAAGCACGGCGAGAUCGAGGCCAGCGCCGACAUGCACGUGGAGGGCAGGAAGGAGAGCGCUGAGCUGGAGGGCGACCUCAGAGCCAAACUCAAGAAGACGCCAUCCAAACAGAAGAGUCCACAGGAGGAGAAGGACAUUGACAUUGUUGAGCUCCUGAGAAACGUGGAUCCCAAAGAGUAUGAGAAAUACGCCAGAAUGUACGGCAUCACAGACUACAGAGGGCUGCUCCAGGCCAUUGAGCAGCUCAAGAAGGAGAAGGGAGACGAAAGUGGAAGACCGGAAUUGGAACGUGGAGAUAGAGAGUCGGACGAGGACAUGGCGAGACUGGUUGCCGAUCUGCAAAAGAGGAUGGAAAGAACUGAGCCCGUGACAGUGAUGAGGGACAUCUCGGACCAGUUUGCAUUCACUAACAAAGAGGCCGUGUUUGAAUGCGAGAUCAAGAUCAACUACCCCGAGAUCACCCUGUCCUGGUACAAGGGCACGCAGAAGCUGGACACCAAUGACAAGUACGACAUCAGCAUCCAAGGCGACCGCCACCUGCUCAAGAUCAAGAGGUGCCAGACGACAGACCAGGGCAACUACCGCGUGGUGUGUGGGCCACACAUCUCCAGCGCCAAGCUCACCGUUUCCGAGGCGGAAGUGGAGAAGCACCUGCAGGACACCUCGGGUAAGAAAGGCCAGUCGUGCUCUCUGUCUUGUCAGUUGUCCAUCCCGAACGUUCAGGCGCAGUGGUAUAAGAAUGGCCAGCAGUUAGAGCUCAAGGGCAGGUACAGGUCUGAGGUGGAGCACAAGGUUCAGAAGCUCCACAUCUCCGACCUCAGGCCCGAAGACCAGGGCCGCUACUCCUGCCGCUACCAGCACCUCGAGUCCUCCGCCGAGCUCUGGGUGGAAGCUGAACAAAUUCAUUUCACCAAACGCAUCCACAACGUCGAGGUGAAUGAGCGCCAGUCGGCCACUUUCGAGUGUGAGGUCUCCUUUGACAACGCAAUUGUUUCGUGGUACAAAGACACAUGGGAGCUGAAAGAAAGCCAGAAAUACAACUUCCGGAGCGAGGGCCGAAGACAUUUCAUGGUCAUCCGAAACGUGACCCUGGAAGACGAAGGCGUAUACUCAGUGAUUGUGAGAUUGGAACCCAGAGGAGAGGCUAAGAGCACAGCUGAACUUUAUUUGUCUGGCAAAGAGAUUGAAUUAGCAAUGGUUCCUCUCGAUGUCCCAGACACUUCUAUUCAGAGGCCUGAAGUGCCUUCUUCUGUUGCAAUCGAAGAAUCUACUGAGUUCUAUCAAUAUGAAGAGGAGAGAGAACAAAGAGUGCAAGAAACAGCAGAGUAUUCUUAUCACUACGAGGAGGAGGAGGUUGAGCAAAGAGUCGCUGUUGAAAGCUGGGAAGCGGAGACAGUAAAACAACAAGUUAUUGAAGCUCAAGCUUCCAGAGUUGCCAUUGAGGAGAGAAUUGCAACUACCAAAGUGGAAACCAGAGAGGCAAUCCCAGUUAAAGAUGUGAAAGUGGAGGAAAAGCCCAAGGCAGCUGUCAAGGAGCCCUCACCUCCUAAAGUCACACCCAAAAAGCCAGUGGAAGAAAAAAUGGAAGUAGUUUCAGUUCCAGAGAAAAAAGCUCCCGCUGUUAAAGAACCAGAAGAAGUGAAGAAACCUGCUCCUCCCCCGAAAGAGAAGCCUAAAGAGCCAGUCAAAGAUGAGGCCAAAAAGGUGGCCCCUCCAGCUAAACCUGAGCCAGAACCCAAGCCCAAAGCCAAGCCUGAACCUGAAAUUAAAGCUAAACCUGAGCCCAAACCUGAGCCCAAACCUGCACCUGUGGCCAAACCAGUGGCCAAACCAGCAGUGGAACCUAAAGUGGAACCAGAGCCAGAGCCAGAACCUAAACCUGUGACGAAACCAGUGACUCCACCAACCAAAGUCAUUGAAGAGGUGAAAGUUCAGCCUGAGGAGAAGAAAAAGAAGGCAGAGCCAGAGCCUCCCAAGAUCAAACCAAAGGAGCCAGAGAAGCCUAAGGAGGAAGUGCGAAAACCAGAACCAGAGGUGAAGAAACCUGAGGAGAAGAAGCCAGUGGAGAAGAAACCUGAGGUGAAGAAGCCUGAGGUGAAGAAACCAGAAGAGAAAAAGCCUGAGGUGAAGAAACCUGAGGAGAAGAAGCCUGAGGAGAAGAAACCUGAGGUGAAGAAGCCUGAGGAGAAGAAACCUGAGGUGAAGAAGCCUGAGGUGAAGAAACCAGAAGAGAAGAAGCCUGAGGUGAAGAAACCAGAAGAGAAGAAGCCUGAGGUGAAGAAACCAGAAGAGAAGAAGCCUGAGGUAAAGAAGCCUGAGGUGAAGAAACCGGAGGUGAAGGCCCCAGAGCCCAAACCAGAGCCUGCUCCAGCGGAACCUCCAAAGAAAGUGCCUCAAGCACCAGCACAAAAAGAGGUGGUGGCUCCUCCUCCACCUCCUCCCCCUCCCCCACCUCCCCCAUUGCCACAAAAGGCAGAGGUAGAAAUGCCAGAGAAGAAGAAGCCAGUGCCAGCUAAAGAUCAAACCAAGGGACCUGUCCAAGCACCAGGAGGAGUCAAGAAAGAAUUGAUUGCACCCAAAAAAGUAAAAACUCCAAAAGAGGAGGAAGUGGGCACAUUUGAGAUUCCCACUUUAAGGAAAACCACACCAAGAGUUGCCAAGGCAGCAGAGGACGAAAUGGAGACAGUAAAACUAAAGAAAAUCCCAACAGUUUCCCCUAAGCAGCCAGAGGAGUUGGAGCUGAAGACAGCCACUACAACUAAAGUGGUGGCAGUAGAGGAGGUGGUUCGAAGAGAGGAGGAAUUUGAGAUUUCUUUUGUUACCAGAAGAACGGUAGAAGAAGAGAAAAAGCCUCGUGAUAAAGCCGAAUUUGUUAAAAAGCCAGAGCUUAUUGAGUCUAAAGAAGAAAAAGAGAAAGAACCAUCUAAAGGUGCUUGGGAACGACAAAAGGUACCGCCAAAAGACGAAAAGCCUGAGGAGAAGAUUCCACUGAAGAUCACUCCAAAAGCUCCAAAGCCAGAGGAACCACCAGCACCUGAAGUUGGUCUGAAGAAGGUCAAAAGAUUACCCCUAGAUCAGGAAGAGCCUGAAACAGUGAAGCUAAAACCCUUUGAGAAACCAGUGAAACCAACUGAAGAACCAGAAAAGGACAAAAAGGACAGACCAGAUAGGGAUAAGGUGCCUUUUGAAAAGAGGGAAAGGACUCCUAGAGAAAUAGAACCCAAAGAACCUCCAAAGAAGCCUGAAAAAAUUCCAAAAGAGGUGGAAGAGCCUGAAAAAGUUCCUAAACCAGUGGACAAAAAGAAAACACCAGAGAAGGAGCCAGAAGAGAGGAAAUUGCCCAUUGGAAAGGGUAAGAUCCCCAAACCAGAGCAAGAGGAAGAGAUUGUGAAGCUAAAACCUUUCACUAAACCAUCUAAAGAGCCUGAAAAACCUAAGAAACCCGAAGAGGAUAAAGAAAAGAAGCCCACUGAAGAUUUGAGUAGACGCCGGCCAACUCCAGAAGAGAAACCAAAAGAAAAAGAACCAGCAAAGAAGCCUGAAGAAAAGAAACCAAAAGAACCAGAGGUAGUCCCUGAAAAGAAAGCCCCAGCUGUUGUUAAGAAGCCUGAGAAGACUCCAGAGGAACCAAAACCUGUGCCACUGAAGAAAGGAAUCACUCCAAAACCGGAAGACAAAAAAGAGGAUGUGGCUUUGAAACCUGUCGAGCAGCUGAAGAAAGUCGAGCUAAAGAAGACACCAUCUCCCAAAGUUAAGGAGCCUGAAACCAUUCCCAUUGAGAAGAUCCCAAGUCUGAAGAAGGUGCCUAAAACUAUAUCACCCAAAGAGUCACCUGUAGAAGCUGUCACAUUAAAAAAGAUUCCCAAGAAACCUUCACCAGAGGAGGAAAAGGAAGCAGGAAAAAUUCCAAUAGUGAAAGAAGUGUCUCCCGGUGCAGUGCAGAUGAAAAAAGUGGACACCCAGCCGGAGGAAGAGGUAUUUGAGGAGGAGUACGAGGCCCCUGAGGGAGAAGAGGAAGGAGAAGAGGCCUGGGGAUGGGAGCUGGUUCCUGUCGAGGGAGGUGAACCAGAGGAGGGCGCUGUGGAGGUGCCAGGGUUUCCCAGGAGAGAGGGACAACCAGCUGGGGAAGAAGGAGGAGCAGGCAGAGGCAGGGGGCUAAGACCCAAGCAGACUCCAUCCCCUGGUGAAGGCAGGGGCCGUGGUCUGAAACCUGGUGGUAGAGGUCCUACACCUCCAGAGGAGCCAUUUGGAGGCUUCAAGCUCAAGGCUGUUCCUCUGAAGUUCACCAAAAAGCUCCAGGAUAUCGUGCUCCAGGAGGCUGAGUCCAUUGGCUCCUCUGCCCUCUUUGAGUGUGAGGUCUCCCCUUCCACUGCCAUCACUACUUGGAUGAAAGAUGGCAGCAACCUCCGUGAAAGCCCCAAGCACAAGUUCACUUCAGAUGGCAAAGAUCGCAAACUGAACAUCAUUGAUGUGCAGCUCUCAGAUACUGGUGAAUACACUUGUAUUGCUAAGAACGCCGGCAAAGAGAUCCAGUGCUCAGCCAAACUCAUCGUUGAAGAGCUGCCAUUGAAAUGGCUAAAGGAGCUUGAGCCAGAGACGUCAGCAAUUAAGGGCCAGCCUAUUUACAUGACCUGUGAGCUGAACAAAGAGAGGGAAGUGGUUUGGAAAAAGGAUGACAAGAUCCUGGCAAAGCGGGAAAACAAGAUCCAGAUCAACGUUAUCGGAAUGCAACAUGCUGUGACCAUCCAGAACUCCCAGGAGAACGAUGCUGGAGUUUACUCUUGUGCAGUGUCUGGACAGGAGGAUGUUAUAACUUCCACUAAUGUUAAAGUGAUUGAAAUUAUCAAAGACUGGAUCGUGAAGCCUCUUAGGGACCAGCAUGUCAAACCCAAAGCAACGGCCACCUUCAAAUGCGAGCUGUUCAAGGACACGCCCAACUGGAAGUGGCUUAAGGGAGAGGAGGAAAUCACUCCUUCAGAUAAAGUGGAGAUCAAGAAAGAUGGAAAGGAGUUGACCCUCACCAUCAAGAACUGCCAACCUGAAGACGUUGCAGAAUAUGCCUUGGAGGUUGAGGGACGCAUCUACACAGCAAAGCUUACAUUAGGAGAGCGUGAAGCUGAGAUCCUGAAACCAUUGAAAAGCGUUGAGGUGUGUGAGAAGGAGGAUGCUGCAUUUGAAACCGAGAUUUCUGAAGAUGAUGUUCCCGGUGAAUGGAAGCUCAAAGGCGAGGUUUUGACCAGAUCUCCGACUUGCGAUAUCCAAAUGGAGCGCGGAGUUCGUCGUCUCAUUUUGAAGAACUGCCAGCUGGACCAGGCCGGUGAAGUGACCUACCAGGCUCUGAACGCUGUGACAAACGCCAUGCUCAAUGUUAAAGAAAUCGAAAUGGAUUUUGUAGUCCCUCUGAAAGACGUUUCAGUGCCGGAAAAGAAACAAGCCAAGUUUGAGUGCACCAUCACGAAGGAUGUAGCUAAGUCCAUGUGGUAUAAAGGGGCUGAUAUCAUCACCCCAGACCAAAAGUAUGACACCAUCAUUGAUGGAAAGAAGCACAUGCUGAUCAUCAACUGCUGCGAGUUUGAUGAUGAGGAUGAUUAUACUAUUGAGGUUUUGGGCAAAAAGUCCACAGCUAAACUCACAGUGGAGGGUAUCAGGCUCAAGUUUAUCUCGCCCUUACAAGACCAAACUGUGAAAGAAGGCAACACAGCUCGCUUUGAGCUGGAGCUUUCUCAUGAAAACAUCCCAGUCACAUGGUACAAGAACGACGUUAAAAUCCACCCGAGCCGAGCUGUGGUCACACAUGUCGACGGGAAAAGACAUGUGCUUGAACUAAAGGACGUGACGCUCGAUGAUACUUGUCAAAUUAAGGCUGAGGCCAAAGGAAUUCCCUCCAUGGCGAAUUUGACGGUUAUAGAGGGAGACCCGUACUUCACAGUCAAACUCCAGGACUAUACCGCUGUAGAGAAAGACCAGGUGUCUCUCGAGUGUGAACUCAACAAAGACGUGGAGGUCAUGUGGUACCACAAUGAAACGGAAAUCAAAGCCUCAAAAUCGGUUCUGAUUAAGGCUGAGGGCAAACGCCGAAGCCUUAUCAUCAAGAAAGUAGCCGACAAAGAUAAAGGGCAGUAUCUGUGCGACUGUGGAACAGACAAGACCACAGCUAAAUUACAUAUUGAAGCCCGGCAUAUUAAAGUGGUUCGCCCACUGUAUGGCGUUGAGGUGUUCAAUGGAGAAACCGCUCGCUUUGAGGUCGAGCUCAGCGAAGACGAUGUGCACGGCCAAUGGAAACUGAACGGAGAAGUCCUCAGUCCAUCUGCUGACAUUGAAAUUGUGGAAGAUGGCGCUAAACACACUUUGGUGUUGUACAACUGCAAAAUCCCAAUGACUGGCGAGAUUUCAUUUAGCGCUGCCAAUGCAAAGUGCGCUGCUAAUCUCAAAGUGAAGGAGGUCCCGGUCUCGUUCAUUACACCGCUGACAGACGUGCAUGUCUAUGAAAAAGACGAGGCUAGAUUUGAACUGGAAAUUUCUCGAGAGCCCAAGAGCUUCCGUUGGCUCAAAGGAACUCAGGAGUUGUCUAGCGAUGACAAAUAUGAAGUUGUAACAGAAGGGACAAGGCACACCCUGAUCAUAAAAUCUGCCCGAUAUGAGGAUGAGGCCAAGUACAUGUUUGAGGCUGAAGAUAAAAGGACAUCUGCAAAACUAUUCAUUAAAGGUAUCCGCCUCGAAUUUGUCAAACCGAUCAAAGACGUCACGGUGAAGGAGCGCGAGACUGCGGAGUUCACUGUGGAACUGUCCCACGAGAACAUCCCUGUGGUUUGGUACAAGAACGGAGUCCGCCUACACCCCAGCAAAGUGGUGCACAUGUCCGAGCAGGGCAAAGUUCACACACUGUCCUUCAAAGAGGUCACCAUGGACGACACCUCCCUCAUCAAGGUGGAGGCCAUGGGGAAGACGUGCGAGGCCAUGCUCACUGUGCUUGAGGGUGACCUGUACUUCACGGCCAAGCUCCAGAACUACACCGCCGUGGAGAAAGAGGAGGUGAUCCUGAUGUGCGAACUGAGCAAGGCCAGCGGCGAAGUCAAAUGGUACAAAGACGGUAACGAAAUCUACCCCUCGAAGAACGUUUUCUUCCAAUCCGACGGCAGGAAGCGCAUGCUGGUGAUCAAGAAGGCUCGCAAGGGAGACAUGGCAACCUACACCUGCGACUGUGGCACCGACAAAACCACAGCCGACCUGAGCAUCGAAGAGCGCGACAUCAAGGUGUUGAAGCCUCUCUACAGCGUGGAGGUCACAGAGACAGAGUCUGCCAAGUUUGAGAUCGAGAUCUCCGCUGACGAUCUGCACGCCACAUGGAAACUGAAGGGCGAGACGCUCAUGCCAUCUGCUGAUGUUGAAAUCAAAGAGGAGGGCGCUCACCACAUUUUGAUUCUCUACAACUGCCGCAAAGACAUGGCCGGAAGUGUGGACUUCUCUGCAGGAAACGCUAAGUCUACAGCUCAGCUCAGGGUCAAAGCCCGGGUGAUCGGCCUGAAGAGGCCUCUGAACGAUGUGACCGUCAUCGCCGGGGAGACCGCUACCUUUGAGUGUGAGCUGUCUUACGAAGGCAUCGCUGUCGAGUGGUUCCUUGGGGGUACUAAGCUGGAACCAAGCGACAGAGUGGUGCUGAAGGCGGACGGUAAUGUCCACAGCUUGACUCUCCGUAACGUUCAGCUGCACGAGGCUGGGCUGGUUAAACUCGUCGCUAAAGAUUUCACAACAGAGGCCACUCUCACUGUCAAAGAGCCACCAGUAGAGUUCACAAAACCACUGGAGGACCAAACAGUAGAAGAGGAAGCCACCGCGACACUCGAAUGCGAAGUGUCCCGAGAAAACGCAGAGGUCACGUGGUUCAGAGACUCACAGGAAAUCAGGAAGACCAAAAAAUAUGAGAUCUUAGUGGACGGCCGCAAACGCACACUGCUCAUUCACGACUGCACUCUGGACGACUCCAGGACCUACACCUGCGACGCCAAAGAUUUCAAAACCUCCUGCUUCCUCAAUGUUGAGCCUCCACAUGUUGAGUUCUCUAAGCCGCUCCAUGACGUCGAGGUCAAAGAGAAGGAAUCCGCCAGGUUUGAAUGUGAAGUGUCCAGAGAAAAUGUCAAAGUCCGCUGGUUCAAAGACGGAAGUGAAAUCAGGAAGGGAAAGAAGUACGAGAUUAUUGCACAGGGUCGCCAACACAUUCUCGUCAUCCACAAGUCCGUGUUCGAUGACGAGGCAGAAUACGAAUGUGACGCCAAGACCUCCAAGUCCUCCGGCAUGCUCACUGUCGUUGAGGAGGAGGCGAGAUUUACAAAGAACCUGGCCAACGUGGAGGGCACAGAGACCGACAGCGUGAAGUUGAUCUGUGAGGUGUCCAAACCCAGCGCCGACGUGACCUGGUACAAAGGAGACAAGGAGCUGCCCGAGGGCGGCCGCUACGAGCACAUCGUGGACGGAAAGAGACGCAUCCUGCUCAUCCAGGACCUCAAACUGGACGACGCCGGGGAAUAUAACUGCAGACUCAGCCCCAGCAUCAAAACCUCAGGGAACCUUAAGAUUAACGAACUGGCUGCCGAGUUCAUCGCCAGGCCACAGAACCAGGAGGUGGUGGAGGGUCAGAAGGCAGAGUUCACCUGCACCGUCUCCAAGGAAACGUUUGAAGUCAAAUGGAAGAAAGGUGACAAGGAGCUUGAAGCCGGUGACAAAUACCAGAUGGUCAGUGACGGAAAGAGGAGAACGCUGGUCAUCAAGAACGCCGACCUGAAAGACGAAGGCGCAUACACGGUGAUGAUCGGAACAACCAGAGCCAGUGCUGACCUCACUGUGCACGAGAAACUGAAGGUUAUCACGCCGCUGAAGGACACCGAGGUUCUGGAGGGGCAGGAGAUCGUCCUGAACUGUGAGGUGAACUCGGAGGGAGCCAAGGCCAAGUGGCUGAAGAACGACGAGACCCUCUUCGAGAGCAGCAAACACGUGAUGGUUCAGCGCGACAAUGUCUUCUCCCUGAGGAUCAAGGACGCCCAGAAGGGAGACGAAGCCAACUACAGCAUCAACCUGACCAACCAGAGAGGAGAGCAGGCCAAGAGCUCUGGCAACCUCACUGUCAAAGAGGAGAGCCUGAGAAUCAUCGUCCCUCUGGAGGAUGUCGACACCCAAGAGAAGAAGACCGUCAGCUUCUCCUGCAAAGUCAACCGUCUCAAGGCCACGAUCAAGUGGAUGAAGGGCGGCGAGGAGAUCACCUUCAGCAAACGCGUGGUCUACAAAGUGGACAAGGACAAACACACGCUCACCAUCAAAGACUGCCUGCUGGCCGACGAGGGCGAGUACACCGCCGUGGCCGGGGAGAGCAAAUCCACGGCAGAGCUCAUCAUCAGCGAGGCUCCCACAGACUUCUCCGUGCACCUCAAGGACCAAACGAUUACAGAGUUCGAGGACGCAGAGUUCACGUGCAAACUGACCAAAGACAAGGCCGACGUCAAGUGGUACAGGAACGGACGCGAGAUCAGAGAGGGACCCAGAUAUAAAUUUGAGAAAGAAGGCAAAAUCGCCACCCUGCGCAUCAAAGAGUGCCGACCUGACGAUGAAUGUGAAUACGCCUGCGGUGUGGACGAGAAGCGAUCCAGAGCCAGGCUGUUCGUUGAAGAAACCCCAGUGGAAAUCAUCCGACCGCCUCAGGACAUUUUCGAGCCCCCGGGUUCAGACGUCGUGUUCGAGGUGGAGCUCAAUAAGGACAGAGUGGAGGUGAAAUGGCUGAGGAACAACAUGACGGUGGUGCAGGGAGACAAGUACCAGAUGAUGAGCGAGGGCAAAGUCCACAGGCUCCAGGUGUGUGAGAUCCGACCCCGCGACCAGGGAGAGUACAGAGUCAUGGUGAAAGACAAAGACGCCAAGGCCAAGCUGGAACUGGCAGCUGUGCCUCAGAUCAAGACCACAGACCAGAGCUAUGUGACCGACGCUGGUAAACCCAUCGUCAUGGCAGUGCCCUACAGCGCCUACCCUCAGGCCAAGGCCGACUGGCUCUACAACAACCUGAGCCUGCCCAAAGACAACAUCUUCACCUCCUCCGACCGCACCGAGUACCGCCUCAAGGACCCCAAGAAGUCCGACCAGGGACGCUACAAGAUCACCAUCAAGAACAAGCACGGAGAGGGAGAGGCUUUCAUCAACCUGGAUGUCAUUGAUGUUCCUGGACCAGUGAAGAACUUUCAGGUCAUGGACACCGCCGAUGGUGAGGUGAGUCUGGCCUGGGAGGAGCCUGAGAGCGACGGAGGAAGCAAAGUCAUUUCCUACAUCGUGGAGAGACGCGACGUGAAGCGCAAGACCUGGACCCUGGCUACAGACCACGUGGAGAGCCCCGAGUUCACAGUGACCGGGCUCCAGAAGGACUCCUUGUACCUGUUCAGAGUCUGCGCCAGGAACCGCGUGGGCAGUGGACCCCUCGUGGAGACCGACAAACCCGUGCAGCCCAAGAACAAGUUUGAUGUUCCUGACGCUCCUCUGAACGUCAUUGUUGGAAAUGUGAAUAAGUUCGGCUGCACAGUCGGCUGGGAGCCUCCUGUGUCCGACGGCGGAUCUCCCAUCACCUCUUACAUCAUCGAGCUCAGAGACAGAACCUCCGUGAAAUGGUCCCCGGUCCAGGUCACCAAAACUGACGAGCUCAGUGCCGUCAUCAACGACGUGAUUGAAAACAAAGAGUACAUCUUCAGAGUCAAGGCUCAAAACAAGGCUGGUGUCGGAAAGCCCAGCGCCGCCUCUCAGCCCGUCAAGAUUAUGGAUCCAAUUGAGAGGCCGAGCCCUCCACUGAACCUGACCCCGCAUGAGCAGAACAAGAGCUCCGUGCAGCUGACCUGGGAGACUCCUCUGAGGAACGGCGGCAGCAUGAUCACCGGGUACAUCGUCGAGCGCUGUGAAGACGGCACCGACAAAUGGCUGCGCUGUAACGCCCGCCUCUGCCCUGACCUCUUCUACAAGGUGUCUGGCCUGAAAUAUGGAACGAAGUAUAACUACAGAGUGAUGGCUGAAAAUGCCGCUGGAAUUUCUGACCCAUCCAACACUAUUGGACCUCUGCUGGCCGAUGACCCACACUUUGCCCCAACCUUUGACCUUAGCGCUUUCAAAGACGGCCUGGAGGUGAUCGUCCCUCAGCCUUUGACCAUCCGAGUCCCCAUCACCGGAUACCCCAUUCCUGUCGCCAAGUGGACCUUCGGAGAGAAGCUGAUGACCCCAGAGGAUGAGCGCGUCACCACCACAACGAAGUCCACCUACGUCGAGCUGGUCGUGACGCCGAGUGUCCGCCCCGACAAAGGCACCUACUCUCUGACUCUGGAAAACGACGUCGCUUCCGCCUCUGGAGAAAUCGACGUCAACGUUAUUGCUGCUCCCAGUGCACCCAAAGACUUCAAGGUCCUGGAGGUGACACGUCAGCAUGUGCACCUGAGCUGGGAGGCCCCCGAGCACGAUGGAGGCAGCCCACUGAUCGGAUACCAGGUGGAGAAACGCGAUGUGUCCCGCAAGACCUGGGUCAAGGUGGCGACAGGAAUCCAGGAUCAGGAGUAUUCAGUUACUGAUGUGGUUGAAGGAAAGGAGUAUCUGUUCAGAGUGACCGCCUGCAACAAGUGUGGCCCCGGAGAGCCCGCUUACAUCGACGAGCCCAUCAAUGUGUCAUCCCCAGCCACCGUGCCAGACCCACCAGAGAACCUCAGGUGGAGAGACAAGUCGGCCAGUGGCAUCUUCCUGACCUGGGAGCCUCCCAAAUACGACGGCGGCAGCGGUAUCCGUGGUUACAAUGUGGACCGGUUACAGAGAGGAUCUGACAAGUGGGAGCCCUGCGGAGACUUGGUCCCCGAGCUGAAGUGCCAGGUGACCGGCCUCAUCGAGGGACAGUGGUACUCCUACAGAGUGCGCGCCCUCAACAGACUGGGAGCCAGCCUCCCCUGCAAGGCCACAGACGAGAUCCAGGCUGUUGAUCCUAAAGAACCUCCAGAGAUCCAGUUGGACGCCAAGCUGCUGGCCGGUCUGACCGCCAAGGCUGGUAGCAAGAUUGAACUCCCGGCCGAAGUGACCGGCAAACCUGAGCCCCGCGUGAAGUGGACCAAAGCCGACCUGGUGCUCAAACCCGACGACAGAGUCAGCAUUGACACCAAACCCGGACACUCCACCGUCACCAUCGCCAAAACCAAGAGAGACGACACUUCCACUUACAUCAUCGAGGCCACGAACAGCAGCGGACGCGCCACAGCUACCGUUGACGUCAACAUUCUUGACAAACCUGGGCCUCCCGCUGCCUUCGACAUUUCCGAGAUCACAAACGAGACUUGCUUCUUGGCCUGGAAUCCGCCCAGAGACGAUGGCGGCUCUCGUGUCACUAACUACAUCGUGGAACGCCGCGCGGCAGACAGUGAAAUCUGGCACCGCCUCUCUUCCACCGUGAAACAGACCACAUACAAAGCCGUCGGACUCGUCAAGUUCAAGGAGUACAUCUUCAGAGUCUUCGCCGAGAACCAGUUUGGAGUUGGUGUUCCGGCUGAGCAUCCUUCAAUCAUUGCCAGAUAUCCGUUUGACACUCCUGGAGCUCCUUACAAACUGGAGGCUUCGGACAUCGCUAAGGACUCCGUGACCCUGAACUGGUACGAGCCAGAUGAGGACGGUGGUAGCCCCAUCACUGGCUACUGGGUGGAGAGAUAUGAAGCCGAUCAUGACAAGUGGAUCAGAUGCAACAAGCUGCCUAUCAAGGACACCAACUUCAGAGUGAAAGGCCUGCCCACCAGAAAGAAGUACAAGUUCAGAGUCCUGGCUGAGAAUCUGGCUGGAACUGGAAAGCCAAGCAAGGAGACUGAGCCGAUCCUCAUCAAGGAUCCAAUUGAUCCUCCAUGGCCCCCUGGCAAGCCCACAGUGAAGGAUGUGGCCAAGACCUCAUGCUUCCUGAUGUGGACCAAACCAGAGCACGACGGUGGAGCCAAGAUCGACGGCUACGUGAUUGAGAUGCUGAAAAGCGGCACCAUGGACUGGAUCCGUGUGGUUGAUAACAUCAGCCUGCUCGAGUACUUCCUCAAGGGACUCAUGGAGAAACAGGAGUAUUCUUUCAGAAUCAGGGCUGUGAACGUGGCUGGAGAGAGUGAGCCCAGCGAGCCCAGUGACCCUGUCCUUUGCAAGGAGAGACUGAACCCUCCCUCUGCUCCUCGCUGGUUGGAGGUGAUUGGCAUCAGUCGUACUAGUGCUGACCUGAAGUGGACUGCCCCUGAGCGUGAUGGAGGAUCUCGCAUCACCAACUACGUAGUGGAGAAGAGAGAUGUGAGGCGUAAGGGCUGGCAGGCUGUGGACACCACAGUCAAGGAGCUCAAAACGACGGUGAGCCCGCUGAACGAGGGCUCCCUCUACGUGUUCAGAGUGGCUGCUGAGAACGCUGUGGGCAUUGGACCCUUCUGUGAAAUGGAGGAUUCUGUGCUUGCCAAAGACACUUUCACUACUCCUGGACCACCAUACGGACUCACUGUGAAUGCUGUGACCAAGCGCUAUGUGGAUCUGAUGUGGGAGGAACCUAAGAAUGAUGGAGGAAGACCCAUUCUGAGAUACUCCAUUGAGAAGAAGGAGAAGCUGGGAACCCGCUGGGUGAAAUGUGGAAAGACCUCUGGCCCAGACUGUAAAUAUAGAGUGACAGACGUCAUUGAGGGCACAGAGGUGCAGUUCCAGGUACGUGCUGAGAACGAGGCCGGCACUGGACAUCCCAGUGAGCCCACCGAGAUCCUGACUAUUGAAGACCCCACUGGUGUGCCAUCUCCUCCCAUUGAGCUGCAUGUGACCGGAGCGAGCCGUGACUUCCUGUCCAUCGCCUGGAAGCCCCCGCAGCAGGAUGGUGGCUGCCCCAUCAGCGGAUACCACAUUGAGAUGUGUGAGGCCGGCACUGAGAAGUGGAUGAGAGUGAACUCUCGUCCAGUCAAGGAGCUGAAAUACCGCGUGGAGGAGGGAAUCGUCCCCGAAAAGGAGUACAUCCUGAGAGUCAGAGCGAUCAAUGCUGCCGGAGUCAGCGAGCCAUCUGACAUCUCUGAGAACGUCUUUGCCAAGGAAUCUGACUGUAACCCAACUCUGGAGUUCCAGACUUUGGAUCUGGUUGUUGUGGAGACAGAGAAGCUGCACAUCCCAGUUCCCUUCAGAGCUGUUCCUUCUCCCAUCACAUGGCACAAAGACGGCAAGGAGCUGAAGGCUGACGACCGCCUCGGUUUCAGAAAAGAAUAUGAUGCUUGUCACCUGGAAGUUGACAGCAGUGUUCACGCUGAUGCUGGACAGUACAAAGUGACUCUGGAGAACAAGCUUGGAGCUGCCAGUGCAACCAUCAACGUCAAAGUCAUUGGUCUCCCUGGCCCUUGCAAGGAGAUUGUGGCUUCUGAGAUCACCAAGAGUUCCUGUAAAGUGACUUGGGAUCCUCCAGAUUAUGAUGGUGGUACCCCCGUCCUUCACUAUGUCCUCCAGAGGCGUGAGGCUGGCAGAAGAACAUAUGUCAACAUGAUGUCUGGUGAGAAGAAAGUCAGCUGGAACGUUAAAGACCUGAUCCCCAAUGGAGAAUAUUACUUCAGAGUCCAGGCUGUCAACAAGAUUGGCGGUGGAGAAUUUAUUGAGCUGAAGAACCCAGUCAUCGCUGAAGACCAGAAGCAUCCCCCAGACCCACCAGUCGACGUCGAGACCCACAACCCGACCUCCAGCACCAUCACCCUGACCUGGAAGCCUCCCAUGUACGACGGAGGAGCCAAGAUCAUGGGCUACAUCCUGGAAAAGCAGAUGAAGGGCACCGACACUUGGGAGCGCAACGACUUCCUGGUGCCCGUUCUGUCCUACACUGUCAGGGGGCUCACCGAGGGCAAAAACUACGCUUUCAGAGUCAGGGCGGAGAACGCAGCCGGGAUCAGCGAGCCCUCACGUAGCUCGCUCUUCGUCAAGAUCGCAGAUGCUAUUGACCCACCCAAGGUCUUCUUGAGUGGCAGCCUGCAGUCCGGCCUGAGCGUGAAACGCGGAUGCGAAAUCUGCCUGGACGCCAACAUCUCUGGCGCCCCCUACCCCCAGAUCACGUGGUACUUCAACAAUGAGAAAAUUCGUCCCGAGCCUCUCCGCAAGCGCCCUGAGAGGCCACUGAAGAAGAAGAAGGAAGAGAAGAAGGAAGAGAAGAAGGAGGGUGAGGUGAAGGAGGGAGAGAAGAAGGAGGGAGAAGUCAAGGAAGGAGAGAAGAAGGAGGAAGAAGUCAAAGAAGGAGAGAAGAAGGAGGAAGUAAAGGAGGCAGAGGAGAAGAAAGAGGAGAAGAAGGAGGAGCCAGAAGAGGAGCUGCCUGAAUACCCCACCAUGAACGAGCGUGCAGAGAUCAACAACAGCAGGAGGGGCACGUCCUCUAUUGUCGUUAAGGAUUCCAUCAGAGCUGACCAUGGCAUAUUCAUGAUCAAGAUUGAGAAUGACCACGGCAUUGCCUCUGCAACUUGCGAAGUCACUGUCCUAGACACUCCUGGACCUCCUGUGAACUUCAGAUUUGAGGAGGUGAGAAAGAGCUCUGUCAUCUGCAAGUGGGAUCCUCCUCUGGAUGAUGGUGGCAGUGAGAUUAUCAACUACAUUCUGGAGAAGAAGGAUAACUCUAAGAUUGAGUUUGGUUGGAGUACUGUCACCUCUACACUCAGAGGCUGCCGCUAUCUGGUGCCCAAACUCAUUGAGAAGAAGGAGUACAUCUUCAGAGUUGUGGCUGAGAACAAAUUUGGAGCUGGACCACCAUGCGUCUCCAAACCACUUAUUGCAAAGAAUCCAUUUGAUCCUCCUGAGACUCCUGAGAAGCCAGUGGUUGAUGAUGUUACUGCGAACUCCAUGUUGGUCACAUGGAAUGCGCCCAACGACAAUGGCAGCCCCAUUAUUGGCUAUUGGGUGGAGAAACGCGAGAUUAACAGCUCUCACUGGGCUCGCGUCAACAAGAACCUCUGCCCUAAUACUGAACUGAACGUUGACGGUCUUAUGGAGGGUUUGACUUACAUCUUCCGUGUUGCAGCUGAAAACCAAGCUGGUCCCGGAAAGUUCAGUCCUCCUUCUGAACCUAGGACAGCUCAGUCUCCAAUCUUGCCUCCUGGCCCUCCUAUUCCUCGUGUGGCUGAGACCUCUGACCACUCUAUCGAUGUUGAGUGGGACCCACCUGUCGAUAAUGGUGGAGGAGAAAUUCUUGGAUACCACGUGGAUAAGGCUAUUCUUGGCUCUAAGGACUGGUCUAGAGCCACCGAGCGCCCCUGGAAGAACCGUAACUUCACUGUCUAUGGAGUCCGUGAAGGAGCUAAAUAUGUGGUCCGAGUCACUGCUUGCAAUGCUGCUGGAGAAGGAACUCCAGGAUUCACUGAGUCUGUGAUUGUCAGGAAUCCAGCAGAGAUGCCAGUGAUUGACCUGGGGCUGUCCAUGAAAGCUGGAGUUUACAUCCGUGCUGGUGAGCAUCUUCUUCUCCCAGCUAUUGUCACAGGCAAACCCUACCCAUCCAUCAGCUGGAACAAAGAUGACAGCAAACUUGACAAAGACCGCGUAGAGGUGCUUACUGAGGGCAACGCCAGCAUCAUAAGCAUCAAGAACAUUCAGAGACCAGACUGUGGCAAAUAUCAGAUCACUGCCUGUAACCCCAGUGGCAUCAAGUCAGCUUGGACCAGAGUAGAAGUCCAGGAUGUUCCUGGACCAGUCACAGAUUUGAAACCUGUGGUGGUUACACGCAAGAUGAUCUUCCUGAACUGGGAUGACCCUGACGACGAUGGUGGCAGUGACUUGACUGGUUUCCUUGUGGAGCGCAGAGAUGCUAAGAUGCACACAUGGAGACAGCCUGUUGAAACCACUUCCUCAAAAUGUGAAUGUGUGGGCAUUGUGGAGGGACAGGAUUACUACUUCCGUGUUUUCGCCAAGAACAAGUUUGGUCUUGGUCAGCCAGUUGAGCUCGGACCCAUCAAGGCCAUUGAUCCACAAGGUCCACCUUCAUACCCAGAGAAGUUCCACUACACUGAAAGGACCAAGGACUCCGUCACUCUGACCUGGAAGCCACCUCGUAAUGAUGGUGGUAGCCCAGUGCUUGGAUACUUUGUUGAGAAGAAGAGGCAGGACAAGCAGAACUUCGAGCCCUGCAACACUGAAAUCUGCCCUGACAUGACCAUGACCGUGACUGGGCUGGACGAGGACUGGAUGUAUGAGUUCAGGAUCAAGUGUACUAACCAGAUUGGAGAGAGCGAGCCUUCUAUCCCCAUGACUGUGAUUAUCAAGGAUGAUGAAGUCGCUCCUGAAGUCCACAUGUUGAAGAUUUUCAAGGCUGACACCAUCACCGUGAAGAAGGGAGAGCCCAUUGAGAUGCCCGCUGACGUCUUGGGUCUUCCCAUCCCCAAGAUUGAAUGGACCAAGGAUGAUGUGGUGAUUGACAAGCCCACUGAGGAACUGAAGAUCGAGACAGUGGUGACUGGCAGGCUGAACUGCAUAACCACUCUGUCCAUCCCAUCGGCCAACAGAAGAGACAGAGGCACCUACACUGUGACUGCCUCCAACAACAUGGGAUCCGCCCAUCACACCACCUACGUUAUGGUGCUUGACCGCCCUCUGCCACCCAGGAACCUCACUGUGCCCAACAUUAAAGCUGAGGCCUGCUUCCUCCACUGGGAGCCUCCACUGGACAAUGGUGGCAGUGAACUGACCAAUUACAUUGUUGAGAAGAAGGAGAUUGUGAAAGAUGUGCCGGAGGUGGAAGAGGGACAGGAGCCACCACCUGAACCACAGUGGGAGGUGGUCAACAACAGCGUCGUCGAGAAGAAAUUCUGGGCUUGGAACCUUGAGACAAACAAGACCUACAUGUUCAGGGUCAAAGCAGAGAACCGUUACGGCAUAUCUGACCCAUGCUGCACCGAGGAAGUUCAGAUCACUGAUCCAUUCGGCCUCCCUGGCCCUCCAGAGAAACCAGCCAUUGCAGAGUACUCCAAGACAGCUAUGACUCUGACAUGGGAGCCCCCAAGAGACACUGGUGGUUCUAUGAUCACUGGCUACUGGCUGGAGAAGAGGGAAAAAGGCACUGCCUACUGGGCCAGAGUCAACAAGCUGCCCAUCACAAAGAGAGGUACAAAGGGAUGGGAGUACCAGGUCACUCGUUUGUUUGAAGGCAUAGAAUAUGAAUUCAGAGUCGCAGCCAGCAACAGUGCAGGAACUGGUCCUUUCAGUGCACCAUCUGACUCUGCCUUUGCUGUUGACCCACUCACUCCUCCAAGCAUGCCUGCUGCUCCUGAAGUGGCCGACAAGAACAAGCACAGUGUGACACUGGCCUGGAAGCCCCCUGAAUAUGAUGGUGGCAGUCCCGUUAAGGGCUACAUUAUCCAAAUCCAGGAUGAGGGCUCUUCCAAUUGGGUGAGAGUGAAUGACCCUGACACUCUGCACCCCACCACUGAGUUCACUGUGCCCAGCCUCCGUGAGCUCAAACGCUAUCGCUUCAGAAUUAUUGCCGUUAAUGACAUUGGGGAGUCUGAUCCAAGCCCACGCACCACUGAGGUCCUGGUCCAAGAUGUUCAGCUUCCUCCAGCCAUUAGCAUUGAUGUGUUGAUGGAUGACUUCCUUUGCAUUCGUGCUGGAGAUCCAAUCAGGAUUCCCGCCACAAUCAAGGGUCGUCCUGCUCCUAAAGUGACUUGGGAUUUCACUGGAAAGGCCAAAUCACACAAGAAGAACAAGCUGCAUACACUUCCAGUUGACUCUGAAGUUGAGUCCACAGAUACCACUUCUGUUGUGACUAUCCCUGUCAGUCAGAGGACGCACAGUGGUCGCUACACAAUCACUGCUAAAAACAAGUCUGGCCAGAAACAUGUCAAUGUCAGAGUCAUUGUCCUCGAUGUUCCUGGACCUCCAAAGGACCUGAAAGUGACUGACAUCACCAGAUCCACCAUGAGGCUCAUCUGGAAGCUACCAGACACCGAUGGAGGAGAGAGAAUCAAGAGCUACUUCAUUGAGAAGAAGUCUUCAAUUGACAAGGCUUGGACCAAGGUUAAUGCUGCCUGUGCUAGCCAAGCUUUUGUGGUCCCUGGUCUUUUGGAGGGUCAGGACUAUUUCUUCAGAGUACGGGCUGAGAACAGACUAGGAUUUGGUCCAUUCACAGUCACCACUGACCCCGCCAGAGCCACAGAUCCAAUCUAUCCCCCUGAUCCUCCCACCAAACUCAAAGUGAACUUAGUGACCAAGGACACCGUCACCCUGAGCUGGGAGGCACCCAAAAAUAAUGGCGGCUCCCCAAUAAAGCACUACAUUAUUGAGCGUCUAAGCUGGGACACUAGCGGAAAGGAGAAGGAGACAUGGAAGCAGUGCAACAAGAGAGAUGUUGAGGAGCUGACCUUUAUUGUGGAAGACCUGAAGGAGGGUGGAGAGUAUGAGUUCAGAGUAAAAGCUGUGAACGCUGCUGGACCCAGUCGUCCCUCUGCUACCGUUGGGCCAAUGGUCAUCAAGGACCAGACAUGUGCUCCCACUAUUGAGAUGCGUGAGUUCCUUGAGGGUGAGGAGGGCUGUGAUGUGAGUAUUGUGGCAAAGGUCAGCGGUUGUCCAUUCCCCACUCUGACCUGGCACAAGGUCAAUGCAGCCAAACCCGAAGAGAAGACUCCCAUCCAGUAUGACCAGCACAUGAACAAACUGGUGACACAUGACAAAUGCACCCUGCUCAUCCAGCAGGCCAGCAGGCAUGACAGCGCCCUCUACAGCCUGUCAGCCACCAACAGCUUGGGCACCGUGUCCAAGGACAUUAAGGUCUCCGUCUAUGGACCACCUGGAGUUCCUAUCGGACCAGUUAAAUUCACAGAGGUAUUUGCUGAGAGGAUUGGCUUGGCCUGGAAUCCGCCUAAAGAUGAUGGUGGCUCUAAGAUCACCAACUACGUUAUUGAAAAGCGUGAGGACAACAGAAAAUCCUGGGUCCAUGUCUCUAACGAUCCCAAGGAGUGUGCCUACGUUGUUACUCGUCUGACCGAGAACCACGAGUAUGAGUUCAGAAUCAUGGCCCAAAACAAGUUUGGAGUUGGACCUGCACUGGUCAGCGAGCCAGAGAAAGCUAGAAACCUUUUCACUGUCCCUGGCCAAUGUGAGAAGCCAACCGUGACUGAUGUCUGUCUUGAGUCCAUGACAGUGAACUGGGAUGAGCCUAAAUACGAUGGUGGGUCUUCCAUCACCGGGUACUACGUUGAGAAGAAAGAGACAACGUCUAAGCGCUGGACUCGCGUCACACGUGAGCCUCUCAGGGCCUUGCCUCUGGGCAACAACUGUUAUGUGACUGGCCUGCAGGAGGGAGCCUUGUACCAAUUCAGAAUCAUCGCUGUCAAUGCUGCAGGCUGUGGACUACCCAGCAUGCCCUCUGACCCCAUCGUUUGCAGAGACCCCAUCAAGCCCCCUGGUCCACCCACACCAAAGGUAAUUGACUGGACCAAAUCCACUGUGGAGCUGGAAUGGAUUCCUCCCUCAGUGGACGGAGGUUCAAAAGUCACUGGAUACAUUGUGGAGUAUAAGGAAAUAAACAAAGAGGAAGAGGAAAAGAAAGCCCAGAGAAGGCUUCUCCUGAGUGAGGAAGAGGAAAAGCAACCAGAAGCAGAAGAUGAAGCAUGGAAAAAGGCUAAGGACACUGAGGUCAGAAUCACUAAAUUUGUUGUGGAUGGCCUGACAGAGGGAGGCCUCUACCAGUUCAGAGUCAGAGCUGUGAAUGUAGCUGGAGUUGGUGACCCAGGAUAUGUUUCAGAGCUCAUUGAAACCAAAGACAGGACAAUUCCACCAGAGAUGGACCUGGAUGCAUCUGUGAAGGAGAAGAUUGUUGUCCACGCAGGCGGCACCAUCCGUAUCAUUGCUUAUGUGUCUGGUAAACCAGCUCCUCAGAUUGCAUGGUUCAGAGAUGACGCUGAGGUGCCCAAAGAGGCUGUGGUGGAGAAGACAGGAAUCUCCAACUCCCUGGUCAUUAAGAACUGCAAACGUGCGCACCAGGGCAUCUACACCCUCAGUGCCAAGAAUGACGGUGGAGAAAGGAGGAAGGCUGUCAUUGUGGAAGUCCUGGAUGUACCUGGACCUGUUGGCCAACCCUUCUCUGGUGAGAACUUGACUAGCGACUCUUGCAAGCUGACUUGGUACUCCCCUGAGGAUGAUGGUGGUUCAGCCAUCACCAACUACAUCAUCGAGAAGAGGGAGGCCGACCGCAUGGGCUGGACCUCUGUCUCCUACACUGUCACUAGAAACAAUGCCGUAGUGCAGGGGCUCAAUGAUGGCAAAGGCUACUUCUUCAGGAUCGCAGCUGAGAACAUCAUUGGUAUGGGACCCUUCACCGAGAUCGAGAAGAUGGUCAUGAUCAAGGACCCCAUCUCUGUCCCUGAGCGCCCAGAAGACCUUAUCAUCACUGCAGUCACCAAAGACUCUAUCUCUGUUGCCUGGAGACCACCCAAAUAUGAUGGUGGCACGGAGGUGACUGAGUACGUUCUGGAGUCGCGCAUGGUUGGACGGGACACCUUUGUGCGUGUGGGUGCCGACACCAAACUGAUGGACAGGAAGUUCACUCUCACCGGUCUGAAGGAGGGCUCAAGCCACGAAUUCAGAGUCUCUGCAGUUAACCUAGUGGGACAGGGCAAAGCAUCCUUCGCCACCAAACCUGUGCAGUGCAAGGAUGAACUUGAACCGCCCACGCUGGAAAUGGACAUCAGAGAGAAGAUGAUGGUGAAGGUGGGAGACAUGUGCACUCUGUCUGGACGUUACAGUGGCAAGCCAGCCCCAGCCAUUGCCUGGAAGAAGAAUGAUGAAGAGCUGAAGGAGGGUGAGGAGAUCAGCCUCCACAGCACAGCCCGCCACCUCAGCCUCAACAUCAGCAGAGCCAAGAGAGAGCACAGUGGCUGCUAUGCUGUCAGUGUCGAGAACGCAGCUGGUACUCGCACUGGAAUCUGCACUAUAACUGUUGUUGACCGGCCUCAGCCACCAGAGGGCCCAGUUGUUUUCAAUGAAAUCUACAGAAACUACAUGGUAAUUUCCUGGAACCCACCUCUGGAUGAUGGUGGCUGCGCUGUGUCCAACUACAUCAUUGAGAAGAGAGACACAAACAGAGACUUGUGGAUGCCUGUUACUGAAUCUUGCACUAGAACCACAUGCAGGGUGCCUAAACUGAUUGAAGGCAGAGAGUAUAUCAUCAGAAUCAUGGCUCAGAACAUCUAUGGUAUCAGCGAUCCUUUACUUUCCGCUGAGACUAAGGCCAGAGACAUUUUCAAGGUGCCUGACGCCCCUAAACAGCCCACCGUGAAGGAGGUCUACCAUGAUUCUGCUCUUCUUAGCUGGGAACCUCCUGCAGAUGGCGGAAAACCAAUCUCUGGCUACAUUGUGGAGAGAAAAGAGACCAUGGCCAACAGAUGGGUUCGUUGCAAUACAGAGAGAAUCCACCCUAAGGUUGAGUACUGGGUGACCGAGCUGUUGCAGGGCUGCGAGUAUGAGUUCAGAGUCAGUGCUGAAAAUGUGGUAGGAGCUGGUGACCCCAGCCCACCAUCCAAACCAGUCUUUGCCAAAGAUCCCAUAGUUAAACCCAGCCCACCAGUGAACGUUCACUGCAUAGAUUUCACUAAGGAGUCUGUAACUCUGGCCUGGGAACCACCUAAGGACACUGGCCGAGGAAAGAUCUUCGGAUAUCUGCUGGAGUUCCAGAAAGCUGGAGAAGAGGAAUGGCAGCAGGUCAAUCAGACUCCUGAUUCUUGCCAAGAUACUAAGUUCAAGGUAAUCAACCUGGAGGAUGGAGCUCUGUAUCGGUUUAGAGUUAUGGCCGUAAAUGCUGCCGGCGAGUCCGACCCAGCUUCUAUUGCAGAACCAAUCUUAGUCCAGGACAGACUUGAGCCCCCAGAGUUGAUUCUGGAUGCUGGUAUGACCCGAGAGGUGAAAGCCAUGGCUGGCACACACAUCGCUCUCAUCGCUGAAAUCAAAGGUGUUCCAUUCCCCACUGUCACUUGGAAGAAGAACGAGGCUGAGGUGCCCACCAGAGCGGACAUUGAGACCAACCAGACUGGUACCAGGCUGGAGAUGAGGUUCUGUAACCGUGAUGAUUGUGGAGAUUAUACCCUCACUGUGGAGAACCCUGCUGGAUCAAAGACCGUUACAUGCACCGUAUUGGUUUUUGACAAACCCGGCCCCAUUCAGCAUUUGCGUGUAUCCGAUGUUAGGUGUGAUUCUGCUUACUUGUCCUGGAAAGACCCUGAGGACAAUGGUGGUACUCGUAUCACUAACUUUGUUGUGGAAAAGAAAGACACAGCCUCCACCCAAUGGGUCCCUGUCUGCUCUACCUCCAAGAAGCGCAGCAUGAUGAUCAAGCAUCUGAUGGAAGGCACUUCAUACACAUUCAGAGUGGCUGCGGAGAACCAGUAUGGACGCAGUGAAUAUGUGGAGACACCAAAGGCUAUCAAAGCCAUGAACCCAUUGUUCCCUCCUGGUCCUCCUAAAGAUCUGCACCAUGUUGAUGUUGAUAAGACAGAGGUAUGGCUGGAGUGGAACUGGCCUGAUCGUAAUGGAGGCAGUGAAAUCACCGGCUUCUAUGUAGAAUAUCAAGAAGAGGGUGAGAAGGAAUGGGAUGAGUGGAAGACUGUGAGCAUCCCUGAGACUCAUGUCACUGGCCUUGAAGAAGGCAAGACCUAUCGCUUCAGAGUCAGGGCUGAGAAUGCAAUUGGCCUCAGCAGACCUGAUACCACUGUGCCAAUCCUCUGCCAGGAGAAACUUGUGCCGCCCAUUCUGGAGGUGGAUGUGAAGCUCACUGAAGGUAUCAUUGUGAAGGCUGGCACCACUAUCAGGCUGCCUGCUAUCAUGAGAGGUAUCCCUGUUCCCACUGCCAAGUGGAGCAUUGAGGGAGAAGAGAUCACAAGUGCAGGCAAUAUCAAGAUUGACACUGACAACUUCUCCACUGUGCUCACCAUUAAUGAAUGCACCAGAAACCACACUGGAAGCUAUCUACUCACUGUGUCCAACCCAGCUGGAACAAAGACCGCAGCCCUAAACGUGACUGUUUUGGACGUUCCAGCAGCUCCUAUUGGACCUGUGAACAUCUUGGAGGUCUCUCCUGAUGCUAUGAUGAUUGAGUGGCGUCCACCGAAAGAUGACGGUGGCAGUCCAGUCACAGGUUACAUUGUAGAGAAGAGGGAAUCCAACAAGGAGACUUGGGGAGGUGUGAGUUCUGGCAGCUUGGCCACUCAACUCAAUAUUACCCGUCUGCAAAAGGGAGUGGAGUAUGUGGUCCGUAUUCGGGCUGAGAACAAGAUGGGUGUUGGUGCUCCACUGGAGAGCAAACCCACAGUGGCUGAGCACACCUUUAUGCCUCCUAGUCCCCCGGGUAAGCCCAACGUAUCUGAUGUGGCUGAGGAUGCUGUCACUUUAGGAUGGACCAUGCCUCUGGCAGAUGGUGGUAGCCCAAUCCAUGGUUACAUCGUUGAGCGCAGGCACAAAGGCGGAAAGUGGAUUCGUGUGAACAAGACACCUCACAAGGACCUUAGGUUAAGAGUCCUGGGUUUGUUUGAGGGCAAUCAGUAUGAGUUCAGAGUGUUUGCGGAGAAUAUUGCUGGCUACAGUGGACCAUCUCCUAUUUCUGACCCAUGCGUACCUUGCAGACCCAUUGGUGUCCCAAGUGCCCCUAUCAACCCCAAAGUGAAAGACUACAGCAAAACCACUGCCGACUUGGUUUGGAUGAAACCUUCUAAAGAUGGAGGCAGUCCAAUUUUAGGCUACACUGUGGAAAUGAAGAAGGGUGACAGUGAAGAGUGGAAGAAGGUCAACCUGGAUGAUUUAAUUAAGUCCUGUGUGUAUACAGUGAAGGGCCUGGAGGAAGGCGUGACAUACAGAUUCAGAGUGUUUGCCUCAAACAUGAUCGGAGAUGGAGAGGUCAGAGAGAUCCCAGAGUCUAUCACAGCUCAGGAUAUCCUCAUUCCUCCAGAGAUUGAGAUGGAUGAUACAUGCCGUGAGCGUGUCACUGUGCGUGUUGGACACAACAUCAACAUCACAGGCUACAUCAAGGCUCGUCCUGAUCCCGAAGUACUCUGGAGCAAGGAAGAUACUGUCCUGGAGAACAGCAAGCGUGUAACCAUCACCCAAAAUCUGCCUGUGGCUCAUAUUAGGAUUAAGGAGGCUACAAGGAAUGACCAUGGCAAAUAUACUCUGAAGGCAUCAAAUGAAGGCGGUGAAGCAUCCUGUACAAUUACAGUCAAUGUCCUGGAUAGACCCAACCACUGCCAGAACCUCCACCUGACUUAUGUCACAAAGAACUCCUGCAUGAUUAACUGGGAGGCCCCUCAGGACAACGGAGGCUCUGAGAUCACACAUUAUAUUGUUGAGUGCCGUGAACCCAGCAUUAGCGUAUGGACCAUGGUCUCUUCUUGCUGCACUAAUCGCAAGAUUAAAGCCAAGCUCAUGGAGGGCCACGAGUACUUGUUCCGUGUUUGUGCUGCAAACAAGGUCGGACCUGGACCCACUACUGAGACCAAAACAGCUCUUUUGGCUGCUGACCCCCUGCAAAAGCCUGGCGAGCCUGAGAACUUCAGAGUCACGGACAUUGGUAAAAACCAUGUCUAUCUUAGAUGGAGGAAGCCCGACUAUGAUGGUGGAAGCCCUAAUAUCUCGUACAACCUUGAGUGCAAAGCUGCUAAUGCUGAAGAGUGGGAAAAACUCAAUACCGGCAUCCUCACUGACACCUUCUUCUUGGCAGACAAUCGUGCUGAGAACCAGACUUACAGCUUUAGGGUGCAAACUGUUGGCGAGGGAGGUGAGAGUGGUUGGGUGAAACUUGACAACAUUUUGGUGAAGGAGGAGAUCCAGAAGCCUGUCAUUGAUCUGAAGUUGUCUGGAACCCUGACUGUCAAGGCCGGUGAGUCUGUCAGAAUCGAAGCUGGCUUGAGAGGCAAACCCCAACCUGAAGUCAAAUGGGUCAAGGAUAAGGCUGUGGGCGAUAACCCCAGAAUGAGCUACGAGACUGGGGCCGACUACUCUAAGUUCCUCCUGACCAAAUCCAGAAGAACUGACACUGGAAAGUAUGUCAUCACCGCCACCAACUCCGCCGGUACCUUCACCGCUUAUGCCAAUGUGAAUGUGCUGGACAUCCCAGGACCAGUCAGGAACCUCAGAGUCACUGGCAUUGGACCAGACAAGUGCAGAGUGGUUUGGGACGGCCCAGAGGACGAUGGAGGCUGUGAGGUAGACAGCUACAUUUUGGAGAAGUGUGAGACCAGAAGAAUGGUCUGGUCCACCUACUCUGCCUCUGUGGUCACGCCUUAUUGCAAUGUUACCCGUCUGGUGGAAGGCAAUGAGUACAUCUUCAGAGUGAGGGCUGAGAACAAGAUGGGAACUGGCCCAGCUUUGGAGACCAAGCCGGUGACAGUCAAGACUCAGUUCAAUAAGCCUGGACCUCCUGAAGCCCCAGAGGUCACCAAGGUGAGUAAAGAGGAAAUGACAGUGGUAUGGGCUCCUCCAGAGAACGAUGGUGGAAAGUCCAUCACUGGUUAUAUCCUGGAGAGAAAGGAAAAGAGGGCAGUGCGCUGGGUUCCUUGUAACAAGAGUCCUAUUUCUGAGAGGCGUAUGAAAGUAACCAACCUGAUCCCCAACCAUGAGUACCAGUUCAGGGUGAAGGCUGAAAAUGAAGUUGGCCUUGGUGAGCCAAGUAAACCCUGCAGGCCUGUUGCUGCCAAAGAUCCAAUUGAGCCCCCAGGCCCUCCUGCUGGACUUAAAGUGGCUGACAGCACCAAGACCUCCAUUACUCUGGGUUGGUCCAAACCUGUCUAUGAUGGUGGAGCACCUAUUAUCAACUACAGUCUGGAUAUGAGACUGAAGAGCGAGGUUGACCCAGAGAAACCCACAGAAGGCUGGAAGAGGAUUGAUACCCAUGGCCCGCUGGUUCUCACCGAGUUUACUAUCAGUCAGCUUGAUGAGAAACAGGAGUAUGAGUUCAAAGUCUCUGCACAGAACCAGGUGGGCUGGGGACGGCACGCAUACCUAAAGGAGGCUGUAUCUCCCAAAGAAGUCCUGGAGGCCCCAGAGAUUGACUUGGAUGCAAGCCUGAGGAAAGGCUUGGCUGUUAGAGCUGGAUGCCCAAUUAGGCUCUUUGCUGUAAUCAGAGGUAGACCUGCUCCUAAGGUCACAUGGAAGCGCAUGGGUGUAGACAAUGUUGUGCGCAGAGGUCAUGUGGAUCAAGUAGACACCAUGUCCUUCCUGGUCAUUCCUGAAAGCACAAGAGAAGACUCAGGAAAAUAUUCUCUGACACUGUCAAAUUCAGCUGGAGAGAAGGCAGUGUUUGUUCGCGUCAAAGUACUUGAUACACCUGGACCUGUUGGUGGUUUCGAGGCUACUGAUAUCACAAAGACGACUGCGCAGCUAUCCUGGCUGCCACCAGAGAAUGAUGGUGGAAGUCCCAUCACUAAUUACAUUGUUGAGAAGCGUGAAGUUGACAGAAAGACUUGGACCAAAUGUACUGAGGACCACAAGAAGCCUAGUUUCAAAGUUACCAACAUGACACCUGGAAUUGAGUACUACUUCAGAGUUAUGGCAUGCAAUAAAUAUGGCAUUGGUGUUCCUCAAGACUCACCGAAAUCCUACUUGGCUGUUGAUCCUAUGAGUGAACCUGAUCCUCCAAAGAAGAUGGAUGUGCUGGAGAUAACCAAGAACAGUGCCACAUUGGGAUGGUUGAAACCUCUCAGAGAUGGAGGAUCAAAAAUCAAUGGUUAUGUGGUAGACUACCAGGAAGAGGGAGCUCCCGAGGACAAAUGGACACCCUAUUCAGUGGUCAAAGAUCUGACGAUUGUGGUGGUUGGCCUGAAGGAAGGAACCAAAUAUAAGUUUAGAGUGGCAGCUAGGAAUGCAGUGGGAGUAAGCUUGGCUAGAGAGGCAGAGGGAGUGUUUGAGGUGAAAGAGCAGCUCAUGGCUCCAAAGAUCAUCAUGCCUGACAUUGUUACUGUUAGAGCUGGAUCUAAAUUGGUGGUUGAAGCCAUUGUUGCUGGAAAACCUGCUCCAUUCUGCAAGUGGAAGCAGGGCAAUGAGGAUGUUCUAACUUCAGAUCGUCUGCAAGUUGUAAAGACACUGACAACAUGCACACUCAUUAUCAAGAAUGUGACAAGACAAGACAGUGGCUACUACAGCCUGUCAGCUGAAAACAGCACUUCCAAAAUUAACCAGAUUCUCAGAGUCACUGUCAUGGACUUGCCUGGCCCACCUGAGGGUCCUCUAGAAAUCCUUGAGCGGGAUAUUGAUGCCUGCACACUGCAGUGGAACUCACCGCAGGAAGAUGGUGGCAGCCACAUCACCAACUAUAUUGUUGAGAAGUGUGAUGUAAGCCAGGGUGACUGGGUGACCGUGUCCACCGCCUGCACCAAAACUGAGUUCAGAAUGACUAAGCUGACUCCUGGCAAGGAGUAUGGUUUCAGAGUACGUGCUGAGAACAGAUUUGGCACUUCAGAGCCUAUCUAUUCUGAGAGGAUCAUUGCUAGAUAUCCAUUUGAUCCUCCUAGUGAGCCUUUGAACUUGCAGAUCAAUAAAAUCAAUAAGGACUUUGUCAUUCUGUCAUGGGAGCGUCCUAGCAGCGAUGGCGGCAGUCCACUCAUUGGAUACUGUGUUGAGAAAAAGGAAAGGAACAGCAUUCUUUGGGUCAAGGCUAAUGAGUCUGUGGUCAAAGCCACUCAGUACACAUGCACUGGCUUGAUGGAUGGCUUGGAGUACAGCUUUAGGGUUUCUGCACUCAACAUUGUUGGACAGGGCAAACCUUGCAAACAGACAGACUUUAUUACUGCCAGAACUGCUGUUGAUCCACCUGGUAAACCUGAGCCCAUGGAUGUGACCAAGAGCUCAGUGUCACUGGUCUGGGCCAGACCUAAACAUGAUGGUGGUAGCAAGUUGAUUGGAUACUUUGUAGAAUACACAAAGCUUCCAGAAGAGAAAUGGACACGCUGCAAUGCAAACUGCAUGAACAUCCAGACUGAGAGCUAUGUGGUGUCAGGCUUGGAGGAAGGGCAGCAGUACCAAUUCAGAGUCAUUGCUAAGACUGCCAUCAACAUUAGCAUGCCAUCUGAACUCUCAGAUCCUAUUCCAGUCAUUGCAGAGAAUGUUCCUCCUCGUAUUGAGUUGGGUGUCAACAUGAAAAAUUUGAUCAUUGCAAAAGCAGGUGAGAAUGUAUUCCUGGAUGCAGAAGUGUUUGGUAAACCCUUGCCCAAGGUGAGCUGGAAGAGAGAUGGUGCACCUCUUAUUCUUGCGGAGGGAAUGAAGAUGAAGCAAUUGAAACAUGUUCAUCUGCUUGAGCUGUACUCGGUCACCAGAAAGGAAUCUGGAGACUAUACCAUUACUGCUGAAAACCAAAAUGGCUCCAAGUAUGCCACUAUCAAAGUCAAAGUUCUUGACAAACCAGGUCCUCCAGCUUCAGUGAAAAUUGCAAAGGUGUUUGCUGACCGUGUAAAAAUACGUUGGGAGCCACCAAAGGCAGAUGGUGGUUCUGAGAUCACCAACUACAUCAUUGAGAAGCGUGAGACCAGCAGAGCCAAUUGGGCCCUUGUUACUUCCAAUAUUCAUGGUCACAUCACUGACUGCUCUGUGGAGAAACUGAUUGAAGGUCAUGAGUAUCAGUUCAGAGUCAGUGCUGAAAACCAAUAUGGAGUCGGAGAUGCCAUUAUGACUGAUGGCGUCAUGGUGAAGAAUCCCUAUGAUGUUCCUGGUCCUUGUGAGCCACCUGUAAUUACCAACAUUACCAAGGAUUCUAUGACAGUGAGUUGGAAGGCACCAGCUAAUGAUGGCAAAGCGGCCAUCCUUGGAUACCUGGUUGAAAAACGUGAAGCCACUGAGCUCACCUGGGCUAAGGUUAACCGUCGCCCAGUGAUUGACAGGACUAUCAAAGCUACCCAACUGACCGAAGGCUCAGAGUAUGAAUUUAGAGUUAUUGCCAUUAACAAGGCUGGUCUGGGCAAACCCAGUGAUGCAUCGAAUGCUGCCCUUGCAGUUGACCCAGUCUAUCCUCCUGGUCCACCUGCUUUCCCUAAAGUCGUAGACUCCACUAAGAGCUCUAUCAGUCUUAGCUGGACCAAACCAGCUUACGAUGGAGGCUGUGAGAUUAUUGGUUAUUUAGUGGAAUGUAAGAGAGCUGAUGCUGAGGACUGGAAUAAAUGCAAUGUUCCUAAAAAACUUCAGGCUACUAAGUUUGUGGUGACCGGUUUGAUGGACAACACAGAAUACCAGUUCAGAGUGAUUGCUGUUAACAAGAUUGGCAACAGUGAGCCAAGCGAUGUCCCUGGAAAUCACAUGCCUAAGGAUAUUCUGAUUGCUCCUGAUGCUGAGCUGGAUGCUGACCUAAGGAAAGGCCUUGUUCUCCGUGCUGGUGUCACCAUGAGAUUGUACGUCCCUCUUAGGGGCCGCCCAGCACCCAAGGUGACCUGGUCCAAGGUAGAUGGCAACCUUAAAGAGAGACGCAACGUGCUGAUUAAGACAUCAGAGUGGGACACAUUGCUCAUGAUUGAAGAUGUGAACAGAUAUGAUGCUGGCAAAUAUGUCCUGACUCUGGAAAACAGCAGUGGAACAAAGAGUUUCACCAUUGUUGUCAAGGUCAACGACUCUCCUGGACCACCUACAAACCUCAUUGUGAAGGAGACAUCCAGAACUCAUGCCUGGAUUACCUGGGAUGCUCCUCUUAUUGAUGGUGGAGGCCCAGUCAAAAACUACAUUGUGGAGAAGCGUCUUGCAGAGAGAAAAGCCUGGACCUGUGUGGCAGCAGAUUGUCCUAAACCCUCAUUUAGGAUUAUGAACUUGGAGCCAGGACAAGCGUACUGCUUUAGAGUACUGGCUGAGAAUGCCUAUGGAAUCGGAGAGGGCAUUGAAACAGCUGGAAGCGUUCGGGCAUCAGAGAGACCUGGACCAGUUAGUGAGUUCAAAGCCACAAAAACCACUAAGAAUUCAAUUACACUGGGAUGGAAAAAGCCCAUCAGUGACGGUGGCAGCUUUGUAACUGCUUACAUCUUGGAACAAAGUGAAGGCGAGGACAAAUGGAAGGAGAUCUUGAAAGGCAAAAACACCUCACACAGCAUUAAUGAGCUGUCUGAAGGCAAGGAGUACUUGUUUAGAGUCAAGGCUCUCAAUGAGUCAGGAGAAGGACCACCGACUGACCUAACUGUUGUUGCCAAAGAUCAAUUUGUUCUUCCUGACUGCAACUUGAGCAGUCUGCAUGAUGGCUGCUGUGUGGUUAAGGAGGGCAGCACCACACGUAUCAACAUCCCACUAAUUGGCAUUCCUCAACCAACUGCCACCUGGAAGAAGGGAGAUGUUGGCAUUGGAGAAACUGGACACAUGUGUAUUGAGGCAUCCCCAGGUGUAACUACUUUGCUUAUCAGGGACUGCCAGAGGGGAGAUGCUGACACAUACUCCAUUCAUGUCAGGAACAGUGCCGGAACCAAAGACUGUAAAUUCCAACUCAAAGUGGUUGGAAAACCUGGUAUCUGCACAGGUCCCAUUAAGUUUGAUGAAAUUACAGCAGAUGCAAUAACACUGGAAUGGGCACCACCUAAAGAUGACGGUGGUGCUGAGGUGUCCAACUAUAUUGUUGAGAAGAGAAGAACAACAGAUAAUAAGUGGGCCACAGUGGCUUCUGCCAUCCAGAAGACCACUAUGAGGGUGGUCCGCUUGCAUGAUGGCAUUGAGUAUAUCUUCAGAGUGUUUGCUGAAAACAAAUAUGGGGUUGGAGAGUACCUGAGGUCAGACCCUGUCAUUGCCCAGCAUCCAUUCAAUGUGCCUGAGGCUCCUGCUCCUCCAGAGAUUUUGAGCAUUCGUCAUGAGUCUGCUAUUCUGAGUUGGACAGACCCAAAAGACACUGGUGGCUCCCCAAUAACUGGCUAUCAUGUGGAGUUCAAGGAAAGAAACAGUCUAAUGUGGAAACGGGCUAGUAAAACUCCUUUGAGAGUGAAGGAGUGCAGAGUCACUGGCCUUAUUGAAGGUCUUGAGUAUGAGUUCAGGGUGAUGGCUAUGAAUAUGGCUGGCAUUGGAAAGGCAAGCAAGGUGACAGAGGCAGUUGUUGCCUUGGAUCCUAUUGAUCCUCCCGGAAAACCUGAAGUUAUUAACAUCACCCGCAGCACUGUCACUUUGAUCUGGACUCCUCCCAAAUAUGAUGGAGGCUACAAGUUGACUGGCUACAUGGUGGAGAAGCUUGAGUCUGGUGGAAAGACUUGGCUGAAGGCCAAUCAUGUUAACAUUCAAGGUUGUGCCUUUACCGUAACUGAUCUCACUGAGGGAUCACAAUACCAGUUCAGGAUCAGAGCUAAGAAUUCUGCUGGCGCAAUCAGUGUACCAUCAGAGCCAACGGAGUCUUUGACAUGCAAGGAUGAGUAUGAGCCACCAACCAUCACAAUCGAUCCAGAUAUGAAGGAUGGAGUAUCUGUCAGGGCAGGAGACACAAUUGUGAUUACUGCUUCCAAGAUUGUUGGUAAACCUCCACCUACUUCUGCCUGGUCUAAAGGAGGACGUGAGCUGAAGAACUCAGAAGUUGUCGCCAUCACUACCACCCCUACCUCUUCCACAAUUGCUAUCAAGUAUGCUAGCAGGAAGAACACUGGAGACUAUGUCAUCACAGCAAGCAAUCCAUUUGGAAUUAAAGAAGAGCAUGUAAAGGUUAAAGUCCUAGAUAACCCUGGUCCACCAGGUCCAGUUGAGGCCAGUAAUAUUUCGGCUGAAAAGUGUACAUUGACUUGGCUUCCACCAGAAGAGGAUGGAGGUAGUUCCAUUAAGUCCUACAUUCUUGAGAAGAGGGAAACCAGUCGACUGCAAUGGACCAAAGUCGCUGAAAACAUAAUGGACUGUAGAUUUGUAGUCAGUAAACUAAUCAAGGGCAAUGAGUAUAUCUUCAAAGUGUCUGCUGUAAAUCAGUAUGGUGAAGGAGAUUCAAGCCAGUCUGCUCCAGUGAAAAUGGUUGACAGUUACCGCCCACCUGGUCCCCCAUCAGUCCCAGAGGUUGAUAAUGUUAGCAGGAAUGCGGUUACCAUUUCAUGGAAGAGACCGGUCCAGGAUGGAGGAAGUGACAUAAGAGGCUAUUGUGUUGAGAGGAAAGAAAAGAGAGGAAUGAGAUGGGUCAGAGCAUGUAAAAGAACAGUCCCUGACCUGCGCUUCAAGGUGCAAGGCCUGAGCGAGGGAGUUGAAUAUGAGUUCAGAGUCACAGCUGAAAACAAAGCUGGAUUUGGGGAGCCUAGUGAGCCAUCACGUCCUGUUAUGACCAAGGACAUUGUCUAUCCACCAGGUCCACCAUCCAACCCCAGAAUUGUGGAGACAACAAAAACCACAGCUUCCUUUGCUUGGGGUAAACCCCAUUAUGAUGGUGGUCUUGAAGUAGAAGGAUAUAUUGUUGAGUACAAGAAAGAAGGCCAUGACGACUGGGAGACCGAGACACAAUAUCCAAUUAAAGUAACAGAAUAUGUCAUUGGAAAACUGCAAAAAGGAGGCAAAUAUCACUUUAGGGUAAAAGCAGUUAACUCUGAAGGCACAGGAGAACCGGCAGAAGUUGAGAAAGUAACUGAACUGGUUGACCAGGAGUCACUGCCAGACUUUGAGCUGGAUGCUGAACUCAGAAGAACUCUGGUAGUCCGUUGUCGUGCUUCAAUUCGAAUGUUUGUUCCCAUUAAAGGUCGCCCAGUUCCUGAGGUAACCUGGAGCAAAGACGACACCAACCUUAAAACAAGGGCCCAUAUUGACACCACAGAGUCAUACACAUUGCUUGUCAUACCCGACUGCACACGAUAUGAUGCCGGAAAGUACAAUCUCUGUCUUGAAAAUGUUGCUGGAAAGAAGACAGGCUUUGUAAAUGUCAGAGUUCUUGACACACCAGGACCACCAGUACACCUUAAACCAAGAGAAAUAACAAAGAACAGCAUUACCCUCCAAUGGGAGAUUCCUAUUAUUGAUGGAGGUUCAAAGAUUCACAAUUAUAUUGUUGAAAAGAGGGAAGCCACCAAGAAAGCAUAUAAUGUUCUGAGCACUUCAUGGCAAAAAUGUUCUUUCAAGAUACCUGACCUGGAGGAAGGAGCUUAUUAUUAUUUCCGUGUCUCCGCUGAGAAUGACUUAGGUGUGGGUGAGCCAGCAGAAACACCAGAGCCAAUCAGAGUCUCUCAAGCACCUUCUCCACCGGAGAACUUGUAUGUUACGGAUGUCACUGCAGAUAGCGCAAGUUUGUCAUGGACCAAACCCCUGCAUGAUGGAGGCAGUUUGAUAACAGGUUAUGUUAUUGAGUAUCAAAAGAAAGACACUGAUCAGUGGGUCCAUGCGACAACUAUCAAGGCACUGGACUACACUGUCCCAGAUUUGAUUGAAGGAGCAGAAUAUACUUUCCGCAUCAUGGCUGUCAAUGCAUCAGGCAGAAGUGACCCACGUGAGAGUAGACCAGCUGUUGUUAAAGAGCAGACCUCUGCUCCAUCCUUUGACAUGCGGGCAGUGUACCAGCAGACUGUUAUUGCUAAAGCCGGAGAUCGUGUCAAGGUAGAAAUUCCUGUUCUUGGUAAACCAAGACCUGUGGUUACCUGGAAGAAGGGUGAUGUUGUGCUCAAGGAAACUCAAAGAAUUAAUGUUGAAACGACACAUACAUCUACUAUUCUCAACAUUGGAGAGAUCAAGAGAAGUGAUGGAGGCCAGUAUUCUAUGACUGGAAAGAAUCUGCUGGGUACAGUAACAGAGACCAUUACAGUACUGGUCCAUGAUAUUCCUGGUCCUCCAACUGGUCCUAUUAAACUGGAUGAGGUCUCAUGUGACUAUGUUCUCUUGUCCUGGGAAGCACCAGAGAAUGAUGGAGGAGUUCCAAUCAACAACUAUAUUGUAGAGAUGCGUGAAACUACUGGCUCUGGUUCUUGGAUGGAAUUGGCAGCCACAGUUAUUCGCACUACAUUCAAGGCAGCAAGGCUCACAACUGGAAUGACGUAUCAAUUCCGUGUUAAGGCUCAGAACAGAUAUGGUAUUGGACCUUGUAUUGUGUCAGAACCUGUUGUAGCAGCAUAUCCAUUUGAUGUGCCAGGUCAACCAGGAACUCCUGUAGUUACAUCUUUCAACAAAGAUUCCAUGACACUGAGCUGGAAUGAGCCAUCUUCCGAUGGAGGCAGCCCCAUUCUUGGUUACCAUGUUGACAGAAAGGAGAAGAAUAGUAUCCUUUGGCAGAGAAUAAGCAAAGCUCUUGUUGUUGGAAAUAUCUUUAAGUCCACUGGACUUGUUGAUGGAAUUAUAUAUGAACAUCGUGUUACAGCGGAAAACAUGGCUGGUCUGAGCAAACCAAGCAAACCCUCUGAGCCAAUUUAUGCCUUGGAUCCAGUUGACCCACCAGGCAGGCCUGUGGCUCUUAACAUCACCAGGCAUGAGGUGACUGUCUCUUGGACCAAACCAGAGGGAGAUGGUGGAUUUUCCAUCACUGGAUAUACUGUUGAGAGGCGGGAGCUUCCCAAUGGACGCUGGCUCAAGGCCAACUUUAAUAAUAUACUUGAAACUAUUUAUACUGUCAGUGGUCUAAUUGAAGAUGCAACUUAUGAAUUCCGUGUGUUUGCCAGAAACUCAGCUGGUGCUGUUAGUGCUCCAUCACAGUCAUCUGAAGCAAUAACUUGCAGAGAUGAUAUUGAAGAGCCUAGACUUGAUGUUGAUGCAUCUUACAGUAGCAAUGUUGUUGUAUUGGCAGGAGAGGUCUUCAAACUGGAGGCCAAUGUAACUGGCAGGCCUAUCCCUUCAUUGGUAUGGACCAAAGAAGGAAAAGAGCUUGAAGACACAGCAAAGAUUGAAAUCAGGUCAACAGACUUCCACACAACUCUCAUUAACAAAGAUUCCCUCAGAAGAGAUGGUGGUGCUUUUACUCUAACAGCAAGCAACCCUGGUGGCUUUGCCAAGUUUACAUUUAAUGUAAAGGUGCUUGAUAGACCUGGGCCCCCAGAUUCUCUUACAAUUACUGAUGUAGCUGCUGAGAAAUGUGUUCUUAAUUGGCUGCAUCCAAGUCAUGAUGGAGGUGCAAAGAUUGAGUACUUUAUCAUCCAGAGACGUGAAACCAGUAGGCUGGCAUGGACAAAUGUUGCCACAGAUCUCCAGGCUAACAGGUUCAAAGUGACAAAACUUCUAAAAGGCAAUGAGUACGUCUUCAGAGUCAUGGCUGUUAACAAAUAUGGCGUGGGUGAACCUGUGGAAUCUGAACCCAUCAUUUGUGUUAAUCCAUAUGUGCCAAGUGAUGCACCUUCACAACCAGAAGUCACCACUAUCACAAAAGACUCUAUGGUUGUGUGUUGGGAGCGACCAGAACAUGAUGGUGGAAGCAGAAUUAACACCUAUAUCAUUGAAAGAAGAGAUAAGACAGGGAUGCGAUGGGUAAAGUGCAACAAGAGGACUGUAACAGACUUAAGAUUCAAGGUUUCUGGUCUUACACCUGGCCAUGAGUAUGAAUUUAGAGUAUUUGCUGAGAACAAUGCUGGUCUAAGUCAACCCAGUCCUUCCAGUCCAUUCUACAAAGCUGUUGACACCAUCUUCCAACCAGGACCACCAGGAAAUCCAAGGGUCCUGGAUACAACAAAGUCCUCAAUUACUCUGGCAUGGAACAAGCCUGUAUAUGAUGGUGGUUCUGAAAUCACUGGAUAUGUUGUGGAGACUUGUCUGCCAGAAGAGGAUGAAUGGACAAUUCAAACUCCCAAGAAAGGAUGGACUGCUACCUCCUUCACAAUAACCAACUUGAAAGAAAAUCAGGAAUAUAAAAUUAACAUCUGUGCUACUAACUGUGAGGGAGUGGGAGAACCUGCUGCUGUGCCAGGAACACCAAAAGCGGAAGACAGAUUGCUUGCUCCAGAAGUUGAACUUGGAGCAGAGUUGCGCAAAGUUGUUUGCAUAAGAGCUUGUAGCACACUCAGACUCUUUGUACCUAUCAAAGGAAGACCAGCACCUGAUGUGAAAUGGGCAAGAGAACAUGGAGAAUCCCUGGACAAAGCCAACAUUGAAGUUACCCCAUCUUUUACUACUCUUCAGGUUGAAAAUGUUGAUAGGUUUGAUGGUGGUAAAUAUACAGUCACUGUCGAGAAUGCCUCAGGAAGCAAGACCGCUUUUGUUAAUGUCAGAGUGCUUGAUACCCCAGGUGCACCUCAAAAUCUCUUAGUUAAAGAGGUUACAAGAGACUCUGUGUCACUUGUUUGGGAUGCCCCUCUUAUUGAUGGUGGCUCACGAAUUCGCAACUAUAUUGUGGAGAAACGUGAAUCUGCCAGAAAAGCAUACUCCACAGUGUGUGCAAGCUGCCACAAGUCCAGCUGGAAAAUUGGAGAGCUUGAAGAAGGAAAAACCUAUUUCUUCAGAGUCUUGGCAGAAAAUGAAUAUGGCAUUGGACUUCCUGUGGAAACACUGGAACCUAUUAAAGUAUCAGAGAAGCCACUGCCUCCUGGCAAAGUUUCCCUUGUGGAAGUGACAGGAACCAGUAUCACUCUAAGUUGGGAAAAACCUGAUCAUGAUGGUGGUAGCAGAAUCACAGGAUAUAUUGUAGAAAUGCAGGGUAAAGGAAGUGACAAAUGGACACAGGUCAUGGUGGUGAAGUCCACUGGGGCUGUUGUCACUGGCCUUACUCAAGGAGAGGAAUACAUGUUCCGAAUUUCAGCCACAAAUGAAAAAGGGGUUAGUGAUCCACGUCCCCUGAAUGUCCCUGUUGUUGCUAAAGACUUGGUUAUUCCACCUACUUUCAAAAUGAUCUUCACCACCUUCAGCGUGCUUGCAGGAGAUGAUCUGAAGAUAGAUAUACCUUAUGCUGCGUGUCCGAUGGCCACUGUUACAUGGCUCAAAGAUGGGGCUGUCCUGAAAGAAACUACAAGAGUUAAUGCUGAAGCCACAGACAAAAACCUCAAAUUGGUCAUCAAGGACUCUUGCAGAGAUGAUGUGGGAACAUACACUAUUAAAUUACACAAUACAGCUGGUGAUGCAUCUUCAGACAUUAAUGUAGUUGUGCUUGAUAAGCCUGGUCCACCAACUGGUCCCAUCAAAAUGGAAGAAAUCACAUCAGACAGUGUGAUUUUAACCUGGAAUCCUCCAGAGUAUGAUGGUGGUUGUGCUAUAAACAAUUACAUUGUUGAGAAGAGAGACACAUCUACAACUAACUGGCAAAUAGUCUCUGCCACAGUGGCACGUACAACUAUUAAGGCUGCCCGCCUGAAGACUGGAUCAGAGUAUCAGUUUAGAAUUGCUGCAGAAAACCGAUAUGGAAAGUCAUCUGCCCUCCUCUCUGAAACACUUAUUGCACAAUAUCCAUAUGAGGUGCCUAGCCAACCACGUUCCGUAACCGUACAGUCUGCAACUAAAGAGAGCAUGGUUAUUUUAUGGGACGUACCCAGCAAUGAUGGUGGAAGCAAGAUUCUUGGAUAUCAUGUAGAGCUAAAAGAAAGAAAUAGUCUCUUGUGGGUGAAACAAAAUAAACAAAUUAUCCCAGAAACUAGAUUUAAGGCAGUUGGACUUGAGGAAGGUAUUGAGUAUGAAUUCAGAGUCUAUGCUGAAAAUAUUGUUGGUCUCAGUAAAGCCAGCAAGGUCAGUGAGUUGCAAGUAGCUAGAGAUCCUUGUGACAGACCAGGCAAACCAGAGGCUGUUAUUGUCACCAGAAAUGCUGUAACACUCAGAUGGACCAAACCUGAGUAUGAUGGUGGAAUCAAAAUCACAGGCUAUGUCGUUGAAAAGAAAGAAGGUGAAGGCCGUUGGAUGAAGGCUAGUUUCACAAACAUCAUUGAGACCGAGUUUGUUGUCUCAGGUCUUACUGAAGAUCAAAUUUAUGAGUUCCGCGUUAUUGCAAGAAAUUCAGCAGGUGUCUUUAGCUUGCCUUCAGAUUCAACUGGAGCUAUUACUGCAAAGGAUGAGGUGGAUCCACCUAAAAUUGACUUGGAAGCUAAAUACUCACAAGCUGUUGUUGUAAAUGCUGGAGACACAUUCAAGCUUGAGGCUUCAGUUUAUGGUAAGCCCGUGCCCUCUAUCUUCUGGAUAAAGGAAGGACAAGUGAUUACUGAAGCAGCUCGCUUGGAAAUCAAAAACACAGACUUCUUAGCCUGUAUUGUCGUAAAAGAAGCCAUUCGAAUUGACGGAGGACAGUACACAUUGCUUGUUAAGAAUGUAGGAGGAGAAAAAUCUGUUAACAUUAAUGUUAAGGUAUUGGACAGGCCAGGUCCUCCGGAGGGCCCCAUCUCUAUAUAUGGUGUUGCAAAUGAAAAAUGCUCUAUUGCAUGGAAAUCACCCUUACAAGAUGGAGGCAGUGAAGUUUCCCAUUACAUUGUAGAGAGGCGAGAGACCAGCAGGCUGGUUUGGACUGUAGUUGAACCUAAAGUUCAAACCCUCAAUUUGAAGAUUACUAAACUUGUUCCUGGUAAUGAGUACAUCUUCAGAGUAAUUCCAGUCAACAAGUAUGGAAUUGGUGAGCCCCUGGAAUCUGAGCCAAUGAUUGCUAGAAAUCCAUUUGUUGCUCCAAACCCACCAACAGAGGUAGAUGUGUCUACCAUCACCAAAGAUUCCAUGGUAGUUACAUGGGAGAGACCAACCAACGAUGGUGGCAGCGCAAUCCAAGGAUAUGUUGUUGAAAAACGUGACAAAGAUGGUGUUAGGUGGACCAGGUGCAACAAGCGUACAGUCAGUGAACUGCGAUUUAGAGUGACUGGACUCCUUGAAAACCAUAGUUAUGAGUUUAGAGUUUCUGCUGAAAAUGCUGCUGGUGUUGGGACACCAAGCCCAGCAACAAUCUACUUCAAGGCAGUGGAUCCCACAUUCAAGCCAGGCCCACCAAACAACCCAAAGGUUGUGGAUUCAACCAGAUCUACCGUUUCUCUCACCUGGGGAAAGCCCAUCUAUGAUGGGGGCUGUGACAUUCAAGGAUAUAUUGUGGAGGCUUGCAAUGGAGCAUCUGAUGAAUGGUUUAUGUGCACUCCUCCAGCAGGAGUCCCUGAAACUAAGUUUACAGUAACAAAACUUCUGGAGAAACAUGAAUACACAUUCAGAGUCUGUGCAAUCAACAAAGUUGGGGUUGGUGAGCAAGCCAAUGUUCCUGGUAAAAUUCUUCUUGAAGAAAAGCUUGAGGCUCCUGAUCUUGAUCUGGAUGCUGAAAUGAGAAAAAUGAUUAAUAUCAGGUCUGCCUGUACUUUGAGACUAUUUGUUCCUGUGAGAGGCCGCCCUGCUCCUGAGGUGAAAUGGAGCAAGGCUGAUGGUGAGAUUAAAGAGACAGCCCAGAUUGACAAUACGGGUACCUACGCUUCUCUUGUGAUUGAAAAUGUUGAUCGAUUUGAUAGUGGCAAGUACAUUCUUACAGCAGAAAAUGCCAGUGGAGUCAAGUCAGUUUUUAUCAGUGUAAGAGUACACGAUUCUCCAAGCCCUCCAACCAACUUAAUUGUCAAAGAGAUCUCUAAAAAUUCUGUGACUCUUACAUGGGAGCCCCCUCUUUUGGAUGGUGGUGCCAAAAUUAAACAUUAUAUAGUUGAAAAGCGUGAAAGUACACGAAAGGUUUACUCUCCUGUCACCACCUGCAACAGGAUGUCAUGGAAGAUUGAACCUCUUCCAGAGGGUGGAAUCUACUUCUUCAGAGUUUCUGCUGAGAAUGAGUAUGGUGUUGGUCUUCCUGCAAAAACAUUAGAGCCGAUUAAAAUAUCAGAGAAGCCUCAGCCACCGGGCAAAGUAAGUCUUGUUGAUGUUACAAACAGCACUGUCACCCUCACCUGGGAAAAGCCUAUCCAUGAUGGAGGUAGUAGGAUAAAUUGCUAUGAAGUUGAACUUGCACCUAAAGAUAGUGAAGCCUGGUCUGUCUGUGCUGCUGUAAAGGGAAUUGAGACAACAGUGACAAACCUUUUGAAGGGAGAAGAAUAUCAGUUCAGAGUUGUUGCUGUUAAUGAGAAAGGCAAAAGUGACCCCAGACAACUGGUUCAGUCUGUUGUGGUGAAGGAUCUUGUGAUUGAGCCUGCUGUUCGACCUAAAGUCAGUACAUACCAUGUCCAGGUCGGGUAUGAUCUCAAAAUUGAGGUUCCAAUUGCUGGUCAUCCAAAGCCAACGAUUACCUGGACUAAAGAUGGCACUGCUCUGAAACAAACUACCAGAGUCAACGUUACAGACUCAGUACAUCAUACAACACUUACUAUAAAGGAUGCUACAAAAGAGGAUGGAGGCAUGUACAGCAUCAAUGUUGCCAAUAACCUGGGCUCUAAAGAUGCCUCAAUUGAGGUGAUAACGCUUGACAAACCGGGUCCUCCAACAGGCCCUGUCAAGUUUGAAGACAUCAGUGCUGAAAGUAUCACACUUAACUGGGAACCACCCACAUAUACAGGUGGCUGUCCAAUUUCCAACUAUGUAGUGGAGAAGAGGGACACAACCACAGUAAACUGGGUGGUUGUAUCUGCUACUGUGGCAAGAACAACGCUUAAGGUUUCAAAUUUGAAGACUGGGGCUGAAUACCAAUUCAGAAUCUAUGCAGAGAACAGAUAUGGAAAGAGUUAUGCGAUUGAUUCCGAACCUGUCCUUGCACAGUAUCCUUUCCAGGAACCCGGUCCACCUGGAACACCAUUUGUGUCAUCAUACACCAAGGAUUACAUGGUAGUUGAAUGGCACAAACCCCCAUCUGAUGGUGGAAGUGCCAUCUUGGGCUACCACUUGGAAAGAAAGGAGAAAAACAGCAUCCUCUGGACUAAGAUCAACAAGAUUCUUAUCCAAGAUUGCAGAUUCAAGUCUACACCCCUUGAAGAAGGCAUUGAGUAUGAGUACAGAGUAUAUGCUGAGAAUAUUGUUGGAAUAGGAAAAUGCAGCAAAGUCUCUGAAGUAUGUGUUGCUCGUGACCCAUGUGAUCCCCCAGGCCGCCCUGAGGCUAUAAUUGUCACCAGGCACUCAGUUAAACUGAGAUGGACAGCUCCAGUAUAUGAUGGUGGAAGUAAGGUUACUGGUUAUAUAGUGGAAAAACGUGACCUACCUGAAGGAAAAUGGAUGAAGGCUAGCUUUGCUAAUGUCAUUGAACAUGAAUUCACAGUCACAGGAUUAACAGAAGACUGUAAAUAUGACUUCAGAGUUCUAGCCAGAAAUGCUGCUGGUGCUGUCAGCAAACCUUCUGAAAGCACAGGAGCCAUCACAGCCAAAGAUGAAGUUGAACCACCAAAGUGUGAAACUGAUCCUAUGUACAACCAAACACUUGUUAUUAAUGCUGGUGAAACAUUUGUGCUGGAGGCCAGUGUAGAAGGAAAACCUGUACCAAUUGCUCAGUGGUUUAAAGGAGACAAGGAAGUUGAAAAUUCAGCAAGAGCUGAGAUCAAAAAUGAAGAUUUCAAGGCUGUUUUGGUUGUCAAGGAUGCCAUCAGAGUCGAUGGAGGACAAUAUACAUUGGUCUUAACCAAUGUUGCUGGAACCAAGACAGUUCCCUUCAGUGUCAAGGUUUUGGACAGACCAGGUCCAUCAGAGGGGCCACUCACAGUGAGCAAUGUCACAGAGGAAAAAUGUUCUCUGUCAUGGCUCCCUCCCAGACAUGAUGGUGGGGCUAGCAUUUCUCAUUACAUUAUUCAGAAGAGAGAAACCAGUCGCCUAGCAUGGACUGUUGUUUCAGCUGAUUGUGGAGCAACUAUGUUCAAGGUUACCAAACUUCUGAAGGGCAAUGAGUACAUCUUUAGGGUCAUGGCUGUGAACAAAUAUGGUGAUGGUGAGCCUCUUGAGUCGGCACCAGUUAUCAUGAGAAAUCCAUUUGUUCCUCCAAGCUCACCCACUGAGCUUGAGAUCACUAACAUCACAAGGGACUCUAUGACUGUUUGUUGGAAUCGACCUGAAAGCACUGGAGGAAGUGAGAUUGUUGGAUACAUUGUGGAAAAGAGAGACAGAGCUGGAAUCAGAUGGACCAAAUGUAAUAAACGCAGAGUAACAGAUUUGCGUUUCAGAGUGACAGGAUUGACUGAAGACCAUGAAUAUGAAUUUAGAUUAUCUGCUGAAAAUGCAGCUGGAGUUGGCAAACCUAGCCCCGCCACUCCCUAUCUCAAAGCAUGUGAUCCCACCUUUGAACCCGGCUGCCCAGCCAAUGUCCAUGUGGUCGAUGUCACCAAAGACACUGUCACUGUUGCUUGGCAAAGACCUAUCUAUGAUGGCGGUUGUGACAUUCAAGGAUAUGCUGUUGAAAUUACCAAAGCUGAUGAGGAAGAAUGGACAAUUUGUACACCACCAUCGGGUGUUCCUGCUACUAAAUUCACCAUCCCCAAGCUGACUGAGCACCAGGAAUAUAAAGUCCGUGUCUGUGCCAUCAACAAGUUAGGUAUUGGUGAGCCAACUGAACUCCAAGGAGUGGUAAAACCGUUGGAAAAGAUUGAUGCCCCUGAGGUGAUACUUGAUUCUGAACUCAGGAAAGGAAUUGUUGUCCGGGCAGGAGGCUCCAUGAGAAUAUGCGUCCCAUUCAAGGGCCGUCCAACUCCUGAAAUUAGCUGGUCUAAGGAGGGCGGAGAACUUCCCACUAAAGUACAAAUAGAAACAGGCGAGGAUUACAGCCAGCUUUCUGUUGACAUCUGUGAUAGAGACGACGCUGGGAAAUACAUCCUCAAACUGGAAAACAGUGCUGGCACCAAAACUGCUUUUGUUUCUGUUAAAGUUCUAGAUACUCCAGGAGCACCCGUUAAUCUCACAGUGAAAGACAUUAAGAGGCAAAGUGUGACCCUAACUUGGGAACCACCCAUCAUUGAUGGUGGUGCAAGAAUCAAAAACUACCUUGUUGAGAAGCGUGAGUCCACCAGAAAGGUGUUUUCUAAUGUGGACAAUAAGUGCACCAAGACAAGUUAUCGCAUCACUGGGCUUACUGAAGGAACUGUCUAUUACUUCAGAGUAUUGGCUGAAAAUGAAUUUGGAGUGGGGCAGGCAGUUGAGACAGAGAGCUCAGUUAAAUGUUCUGAACCUCCUCUACCUGUCGGUAAGGUGGCUUUGACUGAUGUGACCAAGACCACAGCUACACUUUCCUGGGAAAAGCCAGAUCAUGAUGGAGGUAGCAGGAUUAUGGGUUACUAUAUUGAGAUGCAGCCUGUUGGAUCAGAGGAAUGGGUAGUUGCUGCCACAACAAAAACUUGUGAAGGCACUGUCCUUGGCCUCAGUGCAGGGCAUGAAUAUCUCUUUAGAGUUUCAGCCUUUAAUGAGAAAGGUAAGAGUGAUCCUAGGGCUCUUGCUUCACCAGUCACAGCAAAGGAUGUCACAGUUAUGCCUGGCUUUAAGAUCAGAUACAGCACUUACAGUUUGCAACAAGGUGAGGACCUAAAGAUUGAGAUCCCCGUGCUGGGACGCCCUACUCCCAAGGUUGAAUGGAAAAAGGAUGGUCACUCUCUUAAAGAAACCACCAGAUUAAAUGUGUCAAGUACAGCCACUUCUACUAAGCUUCUUAUCAAGGAUGCAAAUAGAGAAGACUCUGGAAAAUACAGUCUUACAGCUACAAGCUCUAUUGGAACAACUACAGAGGAAAUAACAGUUAUUAUUCUUGAUAAACCUGGUCCUCCCACUGGUCCUGUUAAAAUUGAGGAGGUGAGCUCUAACUAUGUCUGCCUUUCCUGGGAGCCACCAGAGUAUACAGGAGGUUGCCAGAUCAACAACUACAUUGUAGAAAAGAGAGAUACAACAACAACAGCCUGGCAGAUUGUCUCUGCUACAAUUGCCAGAACAACUAUCAAAGUAACUAAUCUGAAGACUGGAGUUGAAUAUCAGUUCAGAGUAUCUGCUGAGAACAGAUAUGGAAAGAGUCCUGCUAUUCUUUCACCUUCUGUAAUUGCACAGUAUCCAUUCACUGAGCCAGCUGCUCCAGGUACACCAGUUGUUUCUGCAGCAACCAAAGAUAAUAUGGUGGUAGAAUGGAAACCUCCUACUAACAAUGGAGGUAGUCCCAUCUUGGGUUAUCAUUUGGAGCGAAAGGAAAAGAAUAGUCUAAUGUGGACUAAACUCAACAAGCUGCUUAUUCCUGAACCUCGUUUCAAAACAACAGAGCUGGAAGAGGGCAUUGAGUAUGAAUUUAGAGUUUAUGCUGAAAAUAUUGCUGGACUUAGCCCAGCAAGCAAGGUCUCUGAAAGCACAGUUGCAAGAGAUCCAUGUGACCCACCUGGCACUCCUGAAGCUAUUGAAAUUACCAGAAACCAUGUGACACUUAAAUGGACUCGACCCCAAUAUGAUGGAGGCAGUGCUAUUACAGGCUAUAUUAUUGAGAGGAAGAAGUAUCCAGAUACACGGUGGAUGAAAGCCAGCUUUACCAACAUCAUUGAUACUCAGUUCACUCUCACCGGUCUCACUGAAGAUUGCGUAUAUGAAUUUAGAGUUGUUGCUAGAAAUGCUGCUGGUAUCUUUAGCCGUCCUUCUGAGAGUACUGGAGAAAUAACUGCCAAAGAUGAAAUCGAGGCCCCAGAAGCUAGUAUGGAUCCAAAGUUCAAAGAUCUAACUGUUGUCCAUGCUGGAGAGUCAUUUGAAAUUGAUGCUGAUUACAGUGGCAAGCCACUACCAGAAGUUAUUUGGCUCAAAGAUGGAAAGGAGAUUGACCAAACAACACCAAGAAUGGAGGUUAAGACCACACUUACACGUACUAUCUUGACAGUAAAAGAGUGUAUCAGAGUGGAUGGAGGUCAUUUUACUCUCAAACUGGUCAAUGUGGGUGGAGUUAAAAUGAUUCCAGUAAAUGUUAAAGUCUUAGACAGACCUGGUCCUCCAGACGGGCCACUGGAAGUCAAGGGAGUAACAGCUGAAAAAUGUUAUCUGCACUGGAACCAUCCUUCACAUGAUGGCGGAGCAAGCAUCUCCCAUUAUAUAAUUGAAAAGAGAGAAACCAGUCGUUUGUCUUGGACCAUGGUAGAACCAAAAAUUCAAGCCAUCAGCUACAAAAUUACCAAACUUCUUCCUGGAAAUGAAUAUAUUUUCAGAGUCACAGCUGUGAAUAAAUAUGGUAUUGGAGAGCCACUUGAAUCAGAACCUGUAAUUGCCCGCAAUCCCUUUACCACCCCCAGUGCUCCCUCUACCCCAGAAGCUGGUGCCAUCACCCGAGACUCUAUUGUGCUUACUUGGGAAAGACCAGAAAGUGAUGGAGGAGCAAGCAUUGAAGGAUAUGUGCUUGAAAAGCGUGACAAGGAUGGCAUUCGAUGGACAAAAUGCAACAAGAAGAGGUUGACUGAUUUGAGGUUCAGAUGCACUGGUCUAACUGAGGGCCACUCAUACGAAUUCCGCGUUGCAGCUGAAAAUGCUGCUGGCAUUGGAAAGCCCAGUGCACCAACUGAGUAUAUCAAGGCUUGUGAUGCAACAUAUCCACCAGGCCCCCCUAAUAACCCUAAGGUCACAGACCAUUCCAGCACAACUGUCUCCCUGUCAUGGAGUAGGCCUAUUUAUGAUGGAGGGGCAUCCAUCACCGGAUACAUGGUGGAGGUGAAGGAAGCAACAGAUGAUGAGUGGGUUACCAGUACACCAUACACAGGAGUUCAGGCUACAAACUUCACUGUCAAGAAACUGAAGGAGAAUGCAGAGUAUAACUUCCGUAUUAGCGCUAUUAACUGUGAAGGUGUUGGCGAGUAUGUGGAAUUGCCUGGCACCGUAAUUGCUGCUGAGAAACUUGAGGCUCCUGAAAUUGAGCUUGAUGCCGAUCUGAGGAAAAUGGUGAACAUCCGUGCUACUUCAACACUCCGUUUGUUUGUGACUAUUAAAGGAAAACCUGAGCCUGAAGUGAAGUGGUCCAAGGCAGAUGGUACAUUAAAUGAGCGUGCUCAGAUUGAAGUCACAAGCUCCUACACAAUGUUAGUCAUUGAGAACGUUGACAGGUUUGACACUGGAAAAUAUGUUCUGACUCUUGAGAAUCUUAGUGGUUCAAAAUCUGCCUUCAUCAAUGUGAGAGUACUCGACUCACCCAGUGCACCAACUAAUCUGGCAGUUAAGGAUGUGAAGAGAAGCUCUGUUUCUCUCUCCUGGGAGCCUCCCCUCAUUGAUGGUGGAGCUAAGAUAUCACACUAUAUUGUGGAAAAAAGAGAACAGAAAAGAAUGGCUUUCACUAGUGUGUCUACAAAUUGUGUGAGGAACUCCUUCAUUAUUUCUGAUCUACAGGAGGGUGGCAGGUAUUAUUUCCGUGUGCUUGCUGUGAAUGAGCUUGGAGUUGGCCUGCCUGCAUCCACAGAGCAAGUCAAGGUUUCUGAGGCUCCUUUGCCUCCUGGCAAAAUUGUGGUAGUUGAUGUGACUCGUCAUACUGUUACACUUUCUUGGGAGAAACCUGAUCAUGAUGGAGGCAGCAAGAUCACCAGCUAUAUUGUAGAGAUGCAACCAAAGGGAGAUGACAAAUGGACUGUUUGCAGUGAAUCAAAAGCACUAGAGGCUACUAUUGAGGGACUAACCGCUGGGGAAGAAUACUCUUUCAGAGUCACGGCUGUCAAUGAUAAGGGCAACAGUGAUCCUAAGCCUUUGGCUAGCCCAGUUGUGGUGAAGGACAUUACACUUGAGCCUACCUUUAACAUGCUUUUCAGCACUUACAGUGUGAAAGCAGGAGAUGACCUGAAGAUUGAUGUACCAUUUAAGGGCAGACCUCAGCCAGAAGUGUCUUGGAAGAAGGAUGGUCACACUCUCAAACAGACAACAAGGGUCAAUGUUGUCAAUUCUAAGACCUCAUCCAAAAUCUUUAUCAAGGAUGCAACCAAGGAGGAUGUAGGAAAGUAUGAGAUCACAUUAACCAACUCAGUUGGUACUAAGACAGCUGAAAUCUCUGUUAUAAUCCUUGACAAGCCUGGACCACCUAGCAACAUUAAGGUGGAUGAGGUGAGCGCUGAUUUUGUCUGUCUCUCAUGGGAUUCUCCUGCUUAUGAUGGUGGCUGCCAGAUUAACAACUAUGUGGUGGAGAAGAGAGACACUACCACAACUUCAUGGCAGAUAGUGUCUGCCACAGUUGCCAGGACAUCCAUUAAGGUCACACGUCUAAACCAAGGAACAGAAUACCAGUUCCGUGUUGCUGCUGAAAAUCGUUAUGGCAAGAGCCAUUCCAUUGACUCCGCGCCUGUUGUCGCUCAGUAUCCAUUCGAGCCACCAGGCCCACCUACCAAUCUUCAUGUUGCCACUGCAAGCAAGUAUGGCAUGCUUGUUGUGUGGGGAAAACCUGCUAGUGAUGGUGGUAGUCCAGUUACGGGUUAUCACAUUGAAUGCAAAGACCAAAGUAGCAUCCUAUGGACAAAAGUCAGCAGAGGCUUGAUAGCUGAAAAUCAGUUUAAGAUGACUGGAAUUGAAGAAGGCCUACUCUAUCAGUUCAGAGUUUAUGCAGAGAACAUUGCGGGCAUUGGGCCAGCUACUAAGCCUAGUGAACCAGUGGCUGCCAGAGAUCCAUGCCAGUCACCAAGGAACCUUAGGGUCACUAAUAUUACUAGAACUACUGUUUCCCUCUUCUGGGAGAAGCCUGAAUAUGAUGGUGGGGUCAAGAUUACUGGCUACAUUGUUGAGCGUAGAGAACUUCCAAAUGGCCGCUGGUUAAAAUGCAACUUCACCAACCUCCAGGAUACCUUCUUUGAUGUCACAGGUCUUACAGAAGAUGUCCAAUAUGAUUUCCAUGUUAUUGCCAAGAAUUCAGCAGAGCAGUUGAGUGCGCCAUCAGAAAACACAGGGCCUGUCACUGUCAAGGAUGACGUAGAUCCACCCACAAUUACCAUGGAUGAUAAAUUCAGACAACUUGUUGUUGUUAAAGCAGGAGAGAUUAUUCAAAUUGACGCUGAAAUUUCAGGACGACCACUUCCACUUGUUUCUUGGUCUAAGGAUGGUAAAGAAAUUGAUGCUAAGGCCAGAUGUGAAAUUACAUCCACUAAUUUUGCAACCACCCUUGUAGUCAGAGAUGCUAUUAGAAAGGAUUCAGGCCAGUAUGCUUUAACACUGCACAAUGUGGGUGGAACAAGGUCUGUGGCUGUAAACUGCAAAGUUCUUGACAGACCCGGACCUGCCUCAGGUCCCUUAGCGGUUUCAGGCCUCACAGCAGAGAAAUGCACCAUCACAUGGGGACCCCCUCAAGAAAAUGGAGGCGCUGAAAUCAUGCAUUACAUUGUGGAAAAGCGUGAGACCAGUCGUCUUGCAUGGACUUUAGUCUAUAAUGACAUGAAGGCCACAACCUGUAAAGUGACCAAACUGCUUAAAGGAAAUGAGUACAUCUUCAGAGUCAGAGGAGUGAAUAAGUAUGGAGAUGGUGAGCCCCUUGAGAGUGAUGCCGUCAAAGCUAUGGAUCCAUUCACUGUUACUGCUCCUCCUACUAAUGUCCAGGUCACUGCAGUAACAAGUGAAGCCAUGACCAUCUGUUGGGAUCGUCCAGUUUCUGAUGGAGGAAGCAGUAUCGCUGGCUAUGUUAUUGAGAAGAGAGAGAAAACUGGACUCCGUUGGUGCCGGGUCAAUAAAAAGCCUGUUUACGACCUUAGAGUGAAGGCCUCAAACCUACGGGAGGGUUGCGAGUAUGAAUACAGAGUUUUUGCAGAAAAUGCUGCAGGACUCAGUGCCCCCAGUAUCCCUUGCCCACUUACAAAAGCUGAAGACCCACAGUUCCUGCCUUCUCCUCCAGCUAAACCUAAAAUCAUUGACUCAACUAAGACUACAGUGACUCUCUCAUGGAACAGACCCCUAUUUGAUGGCGGAGCCCCCGUGACCGGUUACAGAGUCGAGUACAGGAAGAGUGCAGAUGAUGAGUGGUUUGUUGGAGUGCAGAACACCAAGAACACAGAGUUUACAGUAGUAGGAUUGACCCCGGGAGUUGAAUAUGUAUUUGUUGUGAAAUCCAUCAACAAGAUAGGAGCCAGUGAACCUAGCCCUGAAUCGGACAGACAGGUGGCCAAAGAGAGAGAGGAAGAGCCAUUGUUUGAAAUAAGCAAUGAAAUGAGAAAGACUCUUAUUGUCAAAGAUGGCAGUUCAUUCACUCUGACAGUUCCCUUUAAAGGCAAGCCUGUUCCUAAUGUCACAUGGUCAAAGCCUGAUGUUGACCUUAGAGUCCGUGCUGUUAUUGACACCACAGACACAUUCACUUCCAUUACUUUGGAGAAAGCCACUCGUAAUGACUCUGGUAAAUACACUGUGACUUUGUCCAAUGUGGCUGGUACAGCAUCAUUGACCCUCAGUGUCAGGGUGCUUGACUCGCCUGGACCUCCAGCACAUGUUGAAGUCAAGGAUGUUACAAAAACUUCUGCUACUGUUGCCUGGGACACUCCUGAAAAUGAAGGAGGAGGACCAGUCAAAAACUACCUGAUUGAUAUUCGGGAAGCCAGUAAAAAGGGCUGGACCAGGCUCACUGAUACAUGCCACAGGCUCACAUAUAAGGUUACUGACCUACCUGAGGGAGGAGUCUUCUACUUUAGAGUGACAGGCGAGAACGAGUAUGGCAUUGGUGUUCCUGCAGAGACCAAAGAAGGAACCAAAAUUUCAGAAAAACCAAGCCCACCACCCAAGCUGGGAGUGACAGAAGUUACCAAAGAGAGUGUAACUCUGGCUUGGGCUAAACCUGAACAGGAUGGAGGCAGCAGAAUUACAAGCUACCUGGUGGAAGCAUUGGAGAAAGGUCAAGAGAAAUGGGUGAAGUGUGGCGUCACCAAGUUCAUCCACUUGACAGUUUCUGGUCUGCGGGAAAAUGCUGAAUACUUCUUCCGAGUGAAAGCUGAAAAUGCUGCUGGAUUUAGUGAUGCCAAGGAAAUGCUCACCCCUGUAGCAGUAAAAGAUCAGCUUGAACCACCAGAAGUCAACAUGAAGGACAUCCCGCAUAACACUGUUUAUGUAAGAGCAGGAUCAACACUCAAGUGUGAAAUUCCAUUGACAGGCAAACCUUUGCCUAAAGUUACACUUUCAAAAGAGAAUGUUGUGCUCAAGUCAACAAUGAGGUUCAACUCUGAAGUCACUCCUGACAGCAUCAAGAUCACACUGCGGGAAAGUAUUGCUGGAGACUCCGGACGCUAUGACAUUACAGCUGCAAACUCGAGUGGGACAACUAAGUCCUUUGUCAAUAUCGUGGUUUUGGACAGACCCAGUGCUCCUCUUGGACCUGUUGAGCUCUUUGAUGUCACAGAAGACAGUGUUAGCUUGAAGUGGCUUCCACCUGCCUAUGAUGGCGGCAGUGCCAUCACAAAUUACAUUAUCCAAAAGAGGGAGACAACCACAGCCAACUGGAUGGAUGUCUCAUCUGCUGUAGCCCGAUGCACCAUGAAGAUCAUGAAACUUACCACUGGCCUUGAGUAUCAGUUCAGAAUCAGAGCUGAAAACAGAUAUGGAAUAAGUGAGCACAUUGAUUCUCCAAUAGUCUCAGUCAACCUGCCUUACACUAUUCCUGAUGCUCCAGCUACACCAGAGAUCACAGCUGUGACAAGGGAGACCAUAACAGUCGCCUGGAAGGAGCCCAAGUCUGAUGGUGGCAGCCAUGUGUUUGGCUACCAUCUUCAGAUGAAGGACAAGAAUAGUAUUAUGUGGCAGAAAGUUAACAAAACUGUGAUUCGUGCAACUCACUUUAAGGUCACUAACAUCAAUGCUGGACUCAUCUAUGAGUUCAAGGUGGCAGCAGAAAAUGCGGCUGGACUCAGUGCCUUCAGUAAGAUUUCUGAUGCUGUCCUGGCUAUUGAUGCUUGUGAACCACCUGUGAAUCUUCGUAUCAGCGACAUCACAAAGAACUCCAUCAGUCUAGCAUGGCAGAAACCCAACUAUGAUGGCGGAUCACCAAUCACUGGAUACAUCAUUGAAAAGAAAGAGGUUGUUAGUGGCAGGUGGUUCAAGGCUAACUUGACCAAUGUUAGUGACACACGAUACACAGUUACUGGCCUUACUCAAGAUGAGUCUUAUGAGUUCAGAGUCAUGGCAAAGAACGCAGUUGGUUCAAUCAGCAACCCAUCUAUAACUGCUGGACCAGCAACAUGUGUGGACACUUAUGGUGCCCCAGAGAUUGAAAUACCUCAGGAGUAUCUCCAGGAGGUUAAAUACAUGGCUGAAUCCAAUGUUGAACUCAAGUUUAAUAUCACUGCCAAACCUGCUCCUACUAUUGAAUGGAUGAAGGACGGCAGAGAGCUCAAACCAUCUGCCCAGGUCUCAUUUAAGCACACAUCUGAAUCAACAAGUGUAUUCUUGCGGGAUACAACCCGUCUCAACUCUGGAACAUAUGAAGUGAAGGUGAAGAACUCCCUUGGGUCUACUUGUGCUGUUGUCAGACUUCUUAUACAAGAUAAACCUGGACCUCCAGCUGGAGAGAUUCAGUUUAAGAAGGUCACUGCAGACAACAUCACUAUUAUGUGGUCCCCACCUUCUGAUGAGGGCGGUGCCAUGGUUACACAUUACAUUGUUGAGAAGAGAGAAACUAGCCGAAUCAUGUGGUCCAUUGUCUCAGAGAAACUCAUGGACUGCAUUGUUAAUGUACCAAGACUCAUCCAAGGAAAUGAAUAUAUCUUUAGAGUUCGUGGAGUCAAUAAAUAUGGCAUUGGAGACCCGCUUGAGUCCGCACCUAUUAUUGCAAGGAAUGCUUUUGUUCCUCCAAGUGAGCCAUCCAAGCCUAAGGUCACAAUGAUUACCAAAUCCACCAUGACUGUGAUUUGGGAAAGGCCAGCAUUAGAUGGAGGUAGUGAUAUUGAUGGUUACUAUUUGGAGAAAAGAGAAAAGAAGAGUCUGCAAUGGUUUAAGGUGGUGAAGGGAACCAUAAGAGACACCAGGCAAAAAGUAAGCGGCCUUGUGGAGAAUAAUGAGUACCAGUACAGAGUCUGUGCUGUCAACAAGGCUGGAGCAGGAAACUACUCAGAGGCAUCCGAACUAUACAAAGCCUAUGAUCCAAUUGAUUUGCCAGGGGAGCCAACCAAACUGCGUGUUAUUGACUCAACAAAGACCUCUAUCACAUUGGGUUGGGAAAGACCAGUCUAUGAUGGUGGCAGCAAAAUCACUCACUACAUUUUGGAGCAGCUCAAUGCUGAGGAAAAAGAAUGGGUGGUUACAAACCCACAGGUUGAAUCCUGUGAGUAUGUAGUGUCCCAUCUCAAACCAGGAACAUACUACUUCUUCAAAGUUUCUGCUGUCAACUCCAAGGGCAAAGGAGAGAACAUUAAGAUGUACCAACCGGUUCAAGCCAAAGAUAUCUUGGAGGAGGCUGACUUAGACUUGGAUGUUCAAAUGACUACACAGUACACAGCCAAAGCAGGUCGUGAUGUGGAAGUAUUUAUUCCAUUGAAGGGUCGCCCUACUCCUAAUGUCACCUGGAGACGUGGAGAUCGUAAUAUUGCCAGUGAUAAUCGCUACACAAUAAACAGCACUGAGCGGUCUACCACCCUGCUCAUCCCCAAAGUAACUCGUGAUGACUGUGGAAAGUAUCUCCUAGAGAUUGAGAACGGUGUUGGAGAACCCAAGAUUGUCACUGUUUCCCUCAAAGUGCUUGACAGCCCAUCAACCUGCCAAAAACUCAUAGUCAAGAAUGUGACAAGAGGAAAACUUACCCUCAGCUGGGAGGCUCCUCUCAUUGAUGGUGGUUCACCUGUCACUAAUUACAUUGUUGAAAAGAAGGCCUCCACAAUGAAAGCUUACCAAGUCAUCACUAAUGAGUGCGCCAAUACAACAUAUAAGGUCACUGGUUUGGAGGAGGAUGUGGCUUACUUCUUCCGUGUGUCUGCUGAAAAUGAGUUUGGUGUUGGUGACACCUGUGAGACUGUCGAGCCUGUCAGGGCCACAGAAACGCCUGGAGGUGUGAAAGAUCUUGUAAUGCAAGAUUCUACAAAGACCUCAGUCACCUUGCAGUGGACCAAGCCUGACCACGAUGGUGGCAGUCACAUCACAGAGUACAUCAUUGAGAAGAAAGCAGAUGAAGACACCACCUGGACUUUGGGAGCUACAAGCAGACGCUGCACCUGCGAAGUUAAAGGUCUCCAAGAAAAUGCUAUCAUGGACUUUAGAGUGUUUGCCAAAAAUGAAAAGGGCACAGGUGACUUUUCACAGAUUGGUCCAAUCAUUGUGAAGGACUUCAUCAUUCCUCCUGAGGCCAGUCUUGUUGAUUAUCCCAAUGGUGAACUGGCUGUUCGUAUUGGUCAGAACAUCCAUAUUGAGUUACCGUUUAAGGGCAAACCAAAACCUGUCAUCAGCUGGCUCAAGGAUAAUCAGCCUCUGAAAGAAAGUGAAAGAAUUCGUUUCAGGACAACUGACAACAAGACUGCCGUCACAGUCAGGGGGGCAAAGAAGGAGCAUGCUGGCCAAUACACUUUGGUUUUGGAUAACAGGACCAUUAAGAACUACUUUGACAUUAAUGUGAUUACUCUGGGUCCUCCAUCUAUUCCAGUUGGACCCAUUCGCUUUGAUGAAAUUAAAGCCCAGAGCAUCAUUAUCUCCUGGGACCAACCAAAGGAUGAUGGUGGCAGUGAGAUCUCCUGUUACAGUGUAGAGAAGCGUGAGACUUCUCAUGCCAAUUGGAAGUUGGUAUGUUCAAGUGUUGUGAGGACCACUUUCAAGAUUCCCAACUUGGUCAAGGGAACAGCAUACCAGUUCAGAGUCCGUGCUGAGAAUAAAUUUGGAGUAAGUGAGGCCCUGAGCUCACCUGAAGUUGUUGCCCAGCAUCAGUAUAAAGCUCCUGGUGCACCUGGAAAGCCUGUAUCUUAUAACGUCACAAGUGAUGGCAUGACUAUCAAAUGGGAGGCCCCAGAGUUUGAUGGUGGUUCUCCAAUUUUGGGCUAUCAUGUGGAGAAAAAAGACAGGAACAGCCUGCUGUGGCAGAAGGUGAACUCAACCAUCAUUUCCAACAGAGAGUACAGGAUCAUUGGUUUGAUGGAGGGUCUUGAGUACUCCUUCAGAGUUUAUGCUGAAAACAAUGCUGGACUUAGCCCUGUCAGUGAGCAGAGCAAACAUGCCCUUGCUAUUUCGCCAGUUGAUCCACCUGGAACUCCUGUCUGCAUUGAUGUGACCAGGGACUCUGUCACUCUGCAGUGGGAUGUCCCUAAGAGAGAUGGAGGCUGCAAGAUUGUGGCCUACAGUGUUGAAAGACGCCAAGGCAGAGGCAAAUGGCUGCGAUGCAACUUCACUGACAUCAGUGAGACACAGUUCACUGUAACUGGUCUAUCUCCUGGAGACAGAUUUGAGUUCAGGGUGAUUGCCAGGAAUGCUGUGGGUACAAUAAGUCCACCAUCCAAUUCCUCUGCUUACAUCAUGACCAAGGAUGAGAGUGUUGCUCCAGAAAUUGAAUGGUCACCAGAUCAGAUUUUCACGUUACGAGCUGGAGAGAAUGUAAGACUGGGCUGCACCAUUACAGGCCGUCCUGUUCCACAGGUUAUGUGGUACAAGGAUGGUAAAGAGAUUGACAAGAGAACCAUGAUUGACAUUGAGAUCACCACUGGCAUUGGCACAAGCAGCCUGUUCAUCCGUGAUGCAGAUAGGAACCAUCGCGGCAUCUACACUGUGGAAGCAAAGAACAGCUCUGGAACCAAGAAGGCUGAAGUUAAUGUCAGAGUACAAGAUACUCCUGGACCGGUUGAGGGUCCCAUUCGUUUUACUGGUAUCACUGCUGAGAAAUGCACUGUCUGGUGGAACCCACCAGAGAAUGAUGGUUGUGCUGCUAUUACACACUACGUGGUAGAGAAGAGAGAGACCUCCAGGAUUUCAUGGGCUACGGUCACAUCCAAGUGUGAAGCCUGCUCUUUCAACGCUACAAAUCUCAUCAAGGGCAAUGAGUAUCAAUUCAGAAUUUCUGCUGUCAACAAGUUUGGUGUGGGCAAACCUCUGGAUUCUGAUCCCAUUAUUGCCCAGAUGCAGUACACCGUACCUGAUGCCCCCGGCACUCCAGAUGCUUCUCACGUCAGUGGAGACAGCAUUACACUGGGCUGGACUAGGCCUAGAUCAGAUGGAGGCAAUGAAAUCAAGCAUUACAUUUUGGAGAGAAGAGAGAAGAAGAGCCUGCGCUGGGUGAAGGUCUCCUCAAAGAGACCUAUCACAGAGCUGAGACAUCGUGUCACAAAUCUAACAGAAGGCAAUGAGUAUGAGUUCCGUGUCAUGGCUGAAAAUGGUGCCGGCAUUGGACCAGCUAGCAGCACUUCAAGGCUCUUCAAAUGUAGAGAGCCGACCUGCGCUCCAAGUGCUCCUAGCGUAAUAAAGCUCAUUGAUUCAACCAAGUCCUCCAUAACUCUGGAAUGGACUAAGCCAGUGUUUGAUGGUGGUAUGGAAAUUAUUGGCUACAACAUUGACAUGUGCAAAGCCAGUCUGGAAGAGUGGCACAGAGUAAACAGCCAAAUAUGUAUUCACACGAAGUAUACAGCAAAGGGACUCGUACCCGGAGAGCUCUAUAAAUUCAGAGUCAGUGCUGUGAACGGAUCUGGAGAGGGUGAAGCCUCAGUGAUGCCUAGCCCUGUCCAAGCUCUGGAUAGGCUAACCUCUCCUGAGAUCGACAUUGGAGCUGAUUUCAAACAGACUCACAUUGUGAAGAAUGGCGGCACUGUAUCACUCCAUGUUGCCUUCAGAGGAAAACCAGCUCCUCUUGCCACAUGGUCACGGGCUGAUGGGGAGCUGCCUGUCAUGGCUGAUGUUAACACCUCAGACAACUUCUCUACUCUCACCAUUGAGGGCUGCACAAGGUAUGAAGCUGGUAAAUACACUCUGUCCUUGGAGAACAACAGUGGACGCAAGUCCAUCACAUUCACAGUCAAAGUGCUGGAUACACCUGGACCUCCUGGAGCCAUCUCUUUCAAGGAUGUCACUCGUGGAGCCUUGACGGUGAUGUGGGAUGCUCCCUCAAAUGAUGGCGGAGCAAGAGUUCAUCACUAUAUUGUUGAUAAACGUGAAGCCAGUCGUCUUGCUUGGCAAGAGGUCAGCACAAAAUGCUCUCGCCAGAUGAUCAGAGUUGCUGGUCUGGACAUUGGUGUGCCUUAUGUGUUCAGAGUAAUAGCUGUUAACCAGUACGGUCAGGGAGAGGCUCGUGAGAUGACAGACCCCGUUGUUGCGACUGAAGAACCUGCUCCUCCUAAGAGGCUGGAUGUUGUUGAUACCAGUAGUUCCACUGCUUCUUUGGUAUGGCUGAAACCUGAGCAUGAUGGUGGCAGCCGUGUCAGAGGCUAUGUUGAAUUUAGGGCUAAGGGAACUGACCGUUGGGUUGCUGCUGGAGAGACCAAGCUCACAAAAAUGCUGGUUGAGGGUCUGAUUGAAAACACAGAGUAUGACUUCAGAGUGAAAGCUAAGAAUGACGCAGGAAUUAGUGAUCCUCAGGGAACAUUAGGAUCUAUUGUCAUUAAAGAGCCUCGCAUUGAGCCUACAGCUGACCUCAGCGGUAUCACCAACCAGCUUAUCACUUGCAAGGCCUCCAAUACAUUCACAAUUGACAUCCCCAUCAGUGGCAGACCUGCUCCUAAAGUCACCUGGAAAUUGGAGGAAAUGAAACUGAAAGAGUCUGACAGAGUUGUCAUCAGAAACACAACUGAGAGAUCCACUUUGUUAGUUAGAGACAGUAAGAGAAGUGACAGUGGAAAGUAUUAUCUUGUUUUGGAGAAUUCUGCAGGAGUGAAGACGUUUGCAGUCACUGUACUUAUAGUGGGCAGACCAUCACCUCCUACAGGCCCCUUGGAAAUUUCUGGAGUUUCCUCUGAGUCCUGCACAUUAUCCUGGUCAGAGCCAGCUGAUGAUGGCGGCACAGACAUCUCUAACUACAUUGUGGAGAAACGAGAGUCGGGUUCUGCCUCCUGGCAAGUGGUCAAUUCCAGCGUGCAGAGAACUACAAUCAAAGUAACUCAUCUGACCAAAUACAUGGAGUACACCUUCAGAGUAUGUGCUGAAAAUAAAUUUGGAGUUAGCAAGUCAAUUGAGUCUGCAGCAGUUGUCAUUGAACAUCCAUUUGUGCCUCCAAGUCCUCCAACUCGUCCAGAUGUUGUGUCAGUGUCAGCCAAUGCCAUCGGCAUUAAAUGGGAUGUACCAUACGCUGAUGGUGGCAGCAAGGUCACAGGCUACUGGAUUGAGAAGAAGGAGAGGAACACUAUCCUCUGGGUGCGGGAAAACAAGCUGCCUUGUCUUGAGUGCCAUUACAAGGUUUCUAACUUGAUCGAGGGCUUGGAAUACCAAUUCAGAGUGUAUGCUAUGAACAUAUCUGGUCUCAGCAAAGCCAGUGAGGCCUCGAGACCAGUGCUAGCUCUGAACCCAGUUGAUCCACCUGGAAAGCCUGAGGUGACCGACAUCACUCGCUCCUCUGUAUCCAUUUGCUGGACUGUACCCUUAAAUGAUGGUGGCAGCAAGAUUGUAGGCUACGUUGUGGAGAAGAAGGUCUACAGCACAGAUGAAUGGGAUGACAACCGCUGGCUCAAGUGCAACUACACCACCAUCACAGAGAAUUACUUCACAGUCACUAAUCUAGGAGAGGGAGACACAUAUGAGUAUCGUGUUAUUGCCAAGAAUGCCGCUGGUGUCCAGAGCGCUCCUUCUGAGACAACUGGACCAGUCACCUGCAAAGAUGAAUACUCCCCGCCCAAAGCAGAGCUGGACAGCAAGCUGGUGGGUGAGACUGUUACUGUGAUGGCUGGCUCCGACCUGGUACUGGAUGGAGCUGUGGGUGGCAAACCAGAACCCACUGUUUACUGGGCCAAGGGAGACAAGAUUCUGGAACUCGGAGAGAAAUACUCUAUGACCUACACUUCAACUAGAGCUAUGGUCGUCAUUAAGAACUGUGACAGAUAUGACACAGGCAGAUACAUCCUGACAGUCAAGAAUGCCAACGGAGUGAAGACUGCCGCUGUCAGCGUCAAGGUUCUUGAUACUCCUGGAGCUCCAGCUGAUAAGAUCGUGAUCAGCAGAGUGACUGAAGAGAAAUGUACUGUAUCCUGGAAGAUCCCUCUGGAGGAUGGUGGUGACACUGUUACACAUUAUAUUGUGGAGCGUCGUGAGACCAGCCGCCUCAACUGGGUCAUCAUGGAAACUGAGUGCAAGUCUCUGUCAUGUGUCAGCUCUAGACUCAUCAAAAACAAUGAGUACAUCUUCAGAGUACGUGGAGUCAACAAGUAUGGCCCUGGAGUUCCACUUGAGUCUGAACCAGUCAUUGCCAGAAAUGCAUACACUAUUCCUUCACCACCGGGUACACCCGAGGUCACGGCUGUUGGUAAAGAGCAUGUCAUCAUUGAAUGGCUGAAGCCUGAAAGUGAUGGUGGCAGUGAAAUCAAAAACUACAUUGUAGACAAACGAGAAAAGAGCAGCACAAGGUGGACACGUGUGAAUAGGACAUACACAAUCUAUGACACACGUCUGAAGAUCACUGGCCUGAUUGAGGGAAGUGAAUACCAGUUCAGGGUGACAGCUGUUAAUGCUGCUGGCGACAGUCAGCCUAGCGAUGUGUCACCUUACAUUCUCUGCAGAGACCCAACAUAUACCCCUGCUCCUCCAUCAAUGCCACGCAUCACAGACACAACCAAGCACAGCAUUUCCAUGACCUGGACAAGGCCAAUGUAUGAUGGCGGUUCAGAUGUCACAGGCUAUGUGGUGGAGAUCUUGGAGGAAGGGUCGGAACAAUGGUAUAGGGCUACAGCAAAGGCUCUUAAGACCAAUGAAUAUGUGGCUGCAGGACUGGUAGCCAAUAAGAAGUACAGGUUCAGAGUUGCAGCUCUCAACAGCAAUGGCACUGGAGAAUUCAGUGAACCCAGUGCUGAGGUUGAGCCAAUUGAGAAAGUUGAAAUACCUGACCUGGAGCUGGCUGAUGACCUGAAGAAGACCGUGUGUCUGCGUGCUGGAGGCACCCUGAGACUGUUUGUGUCUGUCACCGGCAGACCACUACCUGUGGUUGGCUGGAGAAAGACUGGGGUUGAACUGCAGAGCCGUGGCUACAUUGAGACCACAGACGCCUACACCUUACUGAUAGUGGAGAAAGUGACUCGGUAUGACUCCGGAAAAUAUGUUGUAGAAGCAGAAAAUCCAUCUGGCAAGAAAACUGCCACCAUUCUUGUCAAAGUCUAUGACACCCCUGGACCUCCAGGCUCUGUAAAGGUCAAGGACUACACCAAAGAGUCUGUUGUCAUUACUUGGGAUGUCCCAAGCCUUGAUGGUGGUGCUCAUGUCAGUAAUUACAUUGUGGAGAAGCGUGAAGCCAACAUGAAAUCCUACAAGACUGUGACUACUGAGUGCAGAAAGACACUCUAUAGGAUCACCGGACUGGAGGAGGGCGUUCACUACUUCUUCAGAGUACUGCCUGAGAAUAUAUAUGGUGUUGGAGAACCUUGCGAGACAGCUGAAGCUGUUCUGGUCUGUGAAGUACCAUCAGUUCCCAUGGAUCUCCAGAUGGUUGACGUCACCAAGUCAUCCGUCACACUGCGUUGGGAGAAACCACUUCAUGAUGGUGCCAGCAGGCUGACAGGAUACAUUCUGGAGGCCUGCAAGGUUGGCACCGACAGAUGGAGUGUUGUGGCUACAGUUAAAGCUUCAAGCAGCCAGUAUACCAUCCAGUCACUGACAGAGAAUGACCAGUACCUCUUCAGGAUCAGAGCAACCAACAGCAGAGGAGCCAGUGAGCCCAUGGACAUUAUCACUCCUAUCACCAUCCAAGAAAUUAAGGUGAUGCCUAAGAUCGACCUGACAAAUAUUCCUCAGAAGAUUGUUCAUGUACACCGUGGAAAGAAUAUUGAUCUGAACAUCCCAAUCAAAGCCCGCCCACAGCCUGUCUGCUCAUGGUCCUUUGGCGGCGUCAAGCUGAAGGAUAGCCUUGACCGAAUCAAGAUCGACAGCAACGGUAAAUACACCCAUCUCCUUAUCCGCGACACCACCAUUAACGACACUGGAGACUACACUCUGGAGGUGAAAAACACUGUUGGUGUUGCAACCGAGGUCAUCAAGGUCAUCGUCCUUGACAAACCUGGUAUCCCAGUUGGUCCAGUUAAGAUUGAAGAGACUGAUGGAAUCUCUGUAACUGUCAGCUGGGAACCACCCGAGAAAGAUGGUGGUGCCAAUGUUAGUGGCUAUGUUGUGGAGCAACGUGAGGCUCACCGCCCUGGAUGGAGCACUGUAUCUGAGUCUGUCACAAGACCAUGCUUUAAGUUCACAAGACUCACUGAGGGAACUGAGUACGUGUUCCGUGUUGCUGCCAUGAAUCGCUUUGGGGUUGGUGGCUUCCUGCAGUCUGAAGUUGUGGAGUGCAAGAGUCCCAAGACCAUUCCAGGACCUCCUAGUAGACCUGAGGUGCUUGAUGUCACUCAUGAGGGCAUGACCCUGACAUGGCAACCACCAGAGGACAAUGGUGGUUCCACCAUUGCUGGCUACAUCAUUGAGCGCAAAGAAGCUGGGUCCGACAGGUGGCUUAAGGUUAACAAGAAUCCUGUCACUAUGACAAGGUAUCGCUCUUCUGGACUCAUAGAGGGUCUGGAGUAUGAACACCGCAUCACCGCCAUCAACUCCAGAGGAGCUGGCAAGCCUAGUGAGAGCUCUGCUAUCACUGUGGCUAUGGAUCCCAUCGAUCCUCCUGGCCCACCACUGGAGCCCAAAGUCACAGACACCACCAGGACUUCUGUCUCCCUUGCCUGGCUUCCACCAGAAGAGGAAGGUGGCUCUGUUAUUACUGGGUACUUUAUUGAAAUGCAGAAGGUGGACCAGGUGGAAUGGACCCUGUGCAACACAACUCCUACAAAGAUGUGCGAGUACACUCUCACUCACAUGCCUCAGGGCGCAGAGUACAAGUUCAGAGUCAUUGCUUGCAAUGCAGGUGGUACUGGAGAACCUGCUGAAAUUCCUGGAGUCGUCAAAGUUCAAGAGAUGCUUGGUUAUCCUGACUAUGUGCUUGAUCGCAAAUAUGAGGAAGGCUAUGUGGUUCGCCAGGGCGGAGUUGUUUGUCUGUCUGUGCCAAUUAAGGGUAAACCUAUUCCAACGUGUAAAUGGACCAAGGAUGGCCGUGACAUUGCACACCGCGCUAUGAUUGCAACUAGUGAUGAUAUGACUGAGCUGGUCAUCAAGGAUGCCCACAAAGAUGACACUGGAACUUAUGAUCUGGUGCUGGAGAACAAGUGUGGCAGAAAGGCUGUCUAUAUCAAGGUGAAAGUCAUUGGUCGUCCAGAUGUUCCAGAAGGACCUCUGGAGUUUGAUGAUAUCCAAGCAAGAUCAGUGCGUGUGAGCUGGAGGGCUCCAUCAGAUGAUGGUGGCUCUGACAUCCUAGGCUAUGUGGUGGAGAGGCGCGAGGUUCCCAAAGCUGCCUGGUACACCGUAGAUGCCAGGGUAACUGAGACAUCACUUGUUGUCAAAGGACUGAAGGAAAAUGUGCAGUACCACUUCAGGGUUUCUGCUGAAAACCAGUUUGGUGUCAGUAGAUCCCUUAAAUCUGAUGAGCCUGUCACACCAAAGACACCGCUAUGUGCACCUGAGCCUCCCAGCAACCCACCUGAGAUCAUGGAUGUUACAAAGACCACUGUGGCCCUUUCCUGGGCACGUCCUCGUGAUGAUGGUGGUUCUCGUGUCACUGGAUACUAUGUGGAGAGGAGGGAAGUGUCCACAGAGAAAUGGGUCCGCCACAACAAGACUCAUAUCACCACAACAAUGUACAAUGUUUCUGGUCUCAUCCCAGAUGCAGAGUAUAUGUUUAGAAUUGUAGCUCAGAAUGACAUUGGAAAGAGUGAACCUGGUCCUGCCUCAGAGCCGGUAAUCUGCAAAGAUCCAUUCGACAAACCAAGCCAACCUGGAGAGAUCGACAUUGUCUCUGUGACCAAAGAUUCAAUCACCAUUCACUGGCUUAGACCUGAACACGAUGGUGGCAAGGAGAUCCUGGGCUACUGGAUUGAGUUUAGAGAGGCUGGAGAGUCUGCAUGGAAGAAAUGCACUAAAGAGCGUUCCAAGGAUCGCCAGUUCACUAUGGGUGGCUUGAUGGAGGCAACAGAAUACGAGUUCAGAAUCUUUGCUGAAAAUGAAACUGGACUCAGUCGUCCUCGUCGCACCCCAAUGGGCAUCAAGACCAAACUGAGUGUUGGUGAGGCCCCAGUUUUGAAGGAACAAAUGGAAGACACAACAACCAAGCUUGGAGAGUCUGGCACUCUAACUUGUUGUAUCAUUGGGCGACCUCUGCCAGAGAUCAAAUGGUACCGCUAUGGAAAGGAGCUUAUUCAGAGUCGCAAGUACAAAAUGAGCUCAGAUGGCCGCAACCAUUCCCUGACCAUUCUGACAGAUGAGCAGGAGGAUGAGGGCGUCUACACAUGUAGAGCAACCAACGAGGCUGGUGAGAUAGAAACCAGCGGUAAACUUCGUCUCCAGGCAGCACCACAGUUCCAUCCCGGCUUCCCCCUGAAGGAGAAGUACUAUGCAGGUGCCGGCACCAGCUUGCGUCUCCAUGUUGUCUACAUUGGUCGUCCCAUUCCUCAGAUUAUGUGGUUCUAUGGAAAGAAACCACUGAAUGCAUCUGAGAAUGUGAUAAUUGAAAACACUGAAAGCUACACCCACUUGGUUGUGAGGAAUGCUCAGCGAAAGACCAAUGCCGGACGUUACAAGGUGCAACUUAGCAAUGCGUUCGGAACCAUUGACACAGUACUGCGUGUUGAAAUCCAAGAUAAACCUUGCAUUCCAGAGGGACCUCUGGUUGUUGAUGCCUUGCUGAAGAGCACAGCUGUGAUUAGCUGGAAGCCGCCAAAAGAUGAUGGUGGCUCUAUGAUCACAAACUAUCUGGUGGAGAAACGAGAAGCCAAAGAAGGCGAGCAAUGGCACCUUGUGUCUUCCUCUGUCUCUGGCACCACCUGUCGCAUCAUCAACCUUAUUGAAAGCGCUGGAUACUACUUCAGAGUUUCUGCACAAAACCAGUAUGGAGUCAGUGAACCACUGGAAAUUCCUUCAGUUGUCAUCAUCAAGAGUCCAUUUGAAAAACCUGGCAUUCCACAACAGCCCUUCAUCAUGAGCUCCACAAAAGACUCUUGUGUCGUCUGCUGGAAGCCUCCAAGCAGCGAUGGUGGAGCCAAAAUCACUAACUACUAUCUUGAAAAACGUGAGAAGAAGCAGAAUAAAUGGAUGUCAGUGACCUCCAAGAAGAUUGUGGAGACCAAUUACGAGGUCAUAGGCCUGAUCACAGGUUUUGAAUACGAAUUCCGUGUCAAGUGUGAAAACAUGGGAGGUGAAAGUGACUGGAGUGAAAUCUCUGCUCCAAUCAUUCCCAAGUCGGAUCAGACACCUCGUGCUCCUGUCUUCAGAGAAGAGAUCAGGGACAUGCUUGUCAAGUAUCAAGCCAAUGCCACAUUUGUCACCAAGGUGGUUGGAUAUCCCAAACCAAUGGUUAAAUGGUACCGUGGUGGAAAGGAGAUCUUGGCUGAUGGAACCAAGAUAAAAUCCCAGGAAUUCAAAGGAGGCUACUACCAACUGGUUAUUACGAAUACUGAUGAAAGAGAUGCAAUGGUUUACCAAGUCAGGGCUACUAAUGCAUCAGGAUCUAUCUCCAUGACUGCCAACCUCGAUGUGGAAGUUCCUGCUAAGAUCCACCUGCCACUGGAGCUUCAAGGAAUGGGAGCAGUCCAUGCUGCCCGUGGAGAACACAUUACUAUCAAGAUUCCCAUCUCAGGAAAGCCUGAACCUGCAGUUACUUGGCAGAAGGGUCAAGAAAUUCUUUCAAAUUCUCCAUACCAUCAAGUCAUCACUACCAGAUCUUUUACUUCCCUAGUCUUCCAAAAGGGUGUUAGAAGCAAGGAUACUGGCUACUACAUUAUUACUGCUAAGAACAGAUUUGGCACUGACAAGCAAACCAUUGAAGUCUGUGUAGCUGAUAUUCCUGAAGCACCAAAAGCACUUAUUGUCAGCGAUAUUAGUCGAGAUUCAAUUACCCUCACCUGGGAACCUCCUGCAAAUGAUGGGGGAAGCGAUAUUAUCAAUUAUAUCAUUGAGAAGUGUCCCGCUAAUGGUGAAAGAUGGAUCCGUGCUGGACAAACAUCUGACUGCACAAUCACUAUUAUUAAUAUCUUUGGAAAGACCAAAUACCAGUUCCGGGUAAUUGCUGAGAAUGAGUUUGGCUUAAGUCCACCAUGUGCCCCAACUGAACCCAUUACCACAAAGGAAGACAAAUGUGUUAUCAGGAACUAUGAUGAAGAGGUAGAUGAAGCACGAGAAAUUGUCAAAGAGGAGGCUCCAUUCUACAAGGUGAAGGAACUGUCCUCCAAAUACACCAUUGCUGAAGAACUUGCACGCUGUCAGUUCGGUGCUGUCUACAGAUGUGUGGAGAUUGCAACAAAGAAGACCUUCAUGGCUAAGUUCAUUAAGGUCAAAGGCACAGACCGUGAGUUAGUUCUCAGAGAAAUUGAGGCCCUUAAUAUAGCGAGACACAAAAAUGUAAUUUACCUGCAUGAAUACUUUGAGAGCAUGGAAGAGAUCAUUUUGAUCUAUGAGUUCAUUUCUGGUGUGGAUAUCUUUGAGCGCCUUGGCAUUGGCAACUUUGAGUUGUCAGAGCAAGAGAUUGUUCGUUACCUGAGACAGGUGUGCUCUGCCCUCAAAUUUAUGCAUGCCAACAACUUUGGCCACUUUGACAUACGUCCUGACAACAUUGUCUACACAACAAAAAGAAGCACCAACAUCAAGAUUAUUGAAAUGGGUCAGUCCAGACUGCUGGUCCCAGGAGAAAACAUCAGAAUGUUGUUCUCUGCACCUGAGUACUGUGCUCCUGAGGUCCACCGCCAUGACCUCAUCACCACUGCCACAGACAUGUGGUCUGUUGGUGUAAUGGCCUAUGUCCUACUCAGUGGCCUCAAUCCAUUUGCAGCUGAAUCAGUAACAAAAAUGAUUGAAAAUAUAACAAAUUGUGAGUAUGUGUUUGACAGUGAAGCAUUCAAGGACAUUAGUCUAGAGGCUAUAGACUUUGUAGACAGACUUUUAGUCAAGGACAUGAAACUCCGUAUGACUGCUCAUGAGGCUUUGGAACACCCCUGGCUGAAGAUGAAGCUGGAGAAUAUCAGCAACAAGGCAAUCAGGACUCUGAAACACAGACGUUACUACCAAUCUCUGUCUAAGAAGACUGAUUAUAUUGUAUCAGCAGCUCGUAUUGCCUAUGGUGGUGCCUUCAAAAACCAGAGAGGACUGGCUGUUGGUAAAGUCAAGAUUGGCACGGAGUACCACGGCCUGCGUGCUGGUCCAGUUAUGCAUGCAUCAGCAGAAGAAGGUGGUCAUGUAAGAUUUACUUGCAGUUUCACCAACUUUGACAAGAGCACUCAAGUUUCAUGGUUCUUCGGUAACCGCCAGCUGCACCCAAGUCCCAAAUAUGAGAUCACUUACAGCAAUGGCUUUGCCAGUAUAUAUGUUAAGGACAUUGAGGAGUGUGAUGAUGGUGUAUACAGAUGCAAGGUGGUUAGUGAUGACGGAGAGGAUAGUGCUUAUGGAGAGCUCUUUGUUGAGUCAGUGAGAAGCAUCAAAGAGUACUACCUCAGCCGCACUGUCAGGAAACUCAGGAAGAGAGUUGACAAGACAAAACUUCUGCAGAGACCACCUGAGUUCACACUACCACUCUACAACCGCACGGCCUUCAUUGGUGAAGAUGUUCGCUUUGGUGUUACAAUUACUGUACAUCCUGAACCUCAUGUAACAUGGCUGAAGAAUGGCGAGAGGAUCAAACCAGGUGAUGAUGACAGCAAGUACACUUUCAUCAGUGAUAAAGGUCUUUAUCAGUUGGUGAUCCAUAACUUGGAUAAGACUGACGAUGGUGAAUACACUGUUAUGGCACACAACAAGUUUGGUGAAGACAGUUGCAAAGCUUCUCUCACUGUGACACCUCAUCCCGUUGUGGAAGAGACCAUGAGACCCAUGUUCAAACGUCUGCUGGCUAACACUGAGUGUGUUGAGGGUGACAGUGUCCGCUUUGAGCUCAGAGUUACAGGAAUACCCACUCCCGCAUUAAAAUGGGAGAAGGAUGGUAAGCCACUACAGCAGAGCUCUAAGGUUGUUGUUAUUGAAGAGGAUGUGGACUACUAUGUCCUGCAUGUCAGAGAAACUCUUCUUGAAGACUCUGGUGUGUACAAGGUCACUGCAACCAAUUCUGCCGGAUCUGCCAGCUGCCAGGCUACCCUCAAGGUUGACCGUCUUACUUACACAAGACGUGAGUACAAGAGUGAACAGGAAAAGAUGAGGCAUAUUCAGAAACAGAUUGAAAAGACAAAUAAGAUGGCUCAGCAUAUUGCAGCUACAGAGGAACUUGUAGCUUUCAACCCAGCUGCCCAAGAAGCCCUUAAAUUUGCUGCAGAGAUGUACAAGCCUGCUGUAAGCACCAAGAAUGUUGAGGGAGAAUUUGACAUUACUGUAGUAAAGUCAGAGACCAAGAAAUUGGAGGAGGAGAGAAGAAUCUUUAUGCCAUAUGAAAUCCCUGAGCCUGUGGUUCACGAUCCAAAAGCUCUUGAUGAGGACAAAGGCAUCAAGCAAUUUAUGCCUUUGUCUGAGAUGAAAUGGUACAGGAAGAUCAGAGACCAAUAUGAAAUUCCAGAGAGAACAGAAAGGAUUGUGCAGAGAAGACAGCGCCGCAUCCGUUUGUCCAGAUGGGAGCAAUUCUAUGUAAUGCCUCUUCCAAGAAUAACUGACCAGUACAGACCAAGAUGGCGUAUUCCCAAACUGACACUUGAUGAUUUGGAGACAGUGAGACCUGCACGCCGUUCACCAUCUCCUGAAUCUGAGGUCUCCUUCCAGUCUAGAAGAAGAUCUCUGGGAGACCUAAGUGAUGAAGAGGCCAUGAUGCAGGUGGAGGAUUACAUUUCAAUGAAGAGGGCUGAGGAGGAAAAAAUGAUGCUUGAGGAUGAACUUGAGCUCGGAUUCUCUGCCUCUCCUGUUCAUAGUCCAGUUCGUUAUGAAAGACAUGAAGAGAGAAGACAAGAAGUGAGGCAUGAGGGUGUUGAGGUUACUGAGACAAAGAAAAAACGUACUACAGUUGAACAAUUCAUGAGAAGGAGAAGAUCAUUGUCACCAACAUAUAUUGAGCUGAUGCGUCCUGUGUCAGAGCUUGUCAAACCACGUACAAGACCUCCAGCUGAUAUUGAGGUAGCUCAGGUAGAAAGGCGUUCACCCACUCCUGAGAGAACCCGACCCCGUUCUCCAAGUCCAGUCAAAUCUGCAGAGAGAUCCUCCCGCUCCUCGUCUAGAUUUGAACGAUCAGCCCGCUUUGACAUCAUGUCUCGCUAUGAGGCAAGGAAAGCUGCUCUGAAAUCAGAGAGGAAAUUCCAGGUGGUUAGCCAGACUCCAUUCAGUCUUGAUCAUGUGCCUAGAGUAACUGUCAGAAUGCGCUCUCAUCGUGUUCCCAUUGGCCAAGACACUAAAUUUACUCUGAACAUCCAAUCUAAACCAGAAGCUGAGGUACAAUGGUUCCACAAUGGUGUUGCAAUCUCAGAAAGCAGUGAGAAAUAUAUCUUUUCUAACAUGAGUGGAGUUUUGUCUAUUAUUAUCCUCAACUGUCAAGAAGAGGACAGUGGUACAUACCGCUGUGUAUGCACAAACUCCAAGGGAGAAGCAUCUGACUAUGCAACCCUGGAUGUUUCUGGUGGUGGCUACACAACAUUCACCUCUCGUCGCAGAGAUGAAGACUCCAUCAAAGGGUAUGUACCAGAAGCUUCUAAAAUUGACCAUUAUCACAUAAGUCACUUCAAGUCUGGUUAUGCAGCAGAAAGCCACGUUGCUGUGGAAGAAACCAAAACCAAAUAUACUCAUGAAAGAUAUGCAGCCUCAUCUGAGAGAUACUCAUCUGCAGAGAGAUAUGAGUCAUCUGUUAAAUAUGCAUCAACAGAAUAUUUGUCAUCUGGGUCUUCAUAUUCAUCUGAGAAGGUUGCAUUGACUGCAAAGCAUGCAGAGAAAACAGCUGAAGUUAAAGCCAAGACUACUGUUGCAAUCGAGGAAAAAGUCAAGCCUUCCCUUCCUGCAAGGAUUCUUACCAAACCCCAGUCUUUGACCAUUUCUGAAGGAGAAACAGCCAAAUUCUACUGUGACAUUGAUGGGGAACCAGCGCCAACUGUGACGUGGAUACAUGAGACUAGAACACUAACUUCCUCUCAACGUGUCCGUAUCACUUCCACGCAGUACAAAUCUACUCUGGAAAUUACCUCUGUGACAUCUGCAGAGGAGGGCAGGUACACAGUUGUGGUUGAGAACUCAGCUGGCCGCCAGGAGGCUCACUUCACUUUGACAAUCCACAGACCACCUCCCAAGGUUGAGGUUAAGGCUGUCAAGUCACCAGAACCAUCUGUGAAAUCACCAACUCCUAGUGUCAAGUCACCUGAGCCUACAGUCACGUCUCCUGUUCCAUCUGUGAAAUCCCCUGAACCCAGUGUAAAGUCCCCAGAGCCAGCAGUCAAAUCUCCUGCUGCGAAGUCACCUGAACCAACUGUGACCUCUCCUGUUCCAAGUGUAAAGUCCCCUGAGCCAGCCACUGUCAAAUCACCUGAACCUGAGGGAAUCAAAUCCCCCAGGGGUGUCAAGUCCCCAGAACCGGGUAUCAAGUCCCCAGAACCGGGUAUCAAGUCUCCACCAGGAAUCAAGUCCCCAGAACCGGGUAUCAAGUCUCCACCAGGAAUCAAGUCCCCAGAACCGGGUAUCAAGUCUCCACCAGGAAUCAAGUCCCCAGAACCGGGUAUCAAGUCUCCACCAGGAAUCAAGUCCCCAGAAAGAGUCAAAUCACCUGAACCUGAGGGAAUCAAGUCUCCACGUGGAGUGAAGUCCCCUGAGCCUGUUGGAGUCAAGAAACCAUUUGGUGUCAAGUCACCGGAACCCAGUGGAAUAAAAUCACCAACUGGAAUCAAGUCUCCAAGGGCACUGAAGUCACCAGAGCCACCUGGCAUUAAAUCCCCUAGAGCCCUGAAAUCCCCAGAGCCAGAGGGAAUUAAGUCACCACCAAGAAUGAAGUCUCCUCCUCCUAUCAUGUCCCCCAAGAGGGUUAUGUCUCCUCCCACUGUAAAAGCACCACCUAAAGUCCUGAGCCAGGUAGCAGCAGUAGCCUGUGAAGGCUCAGUGAAAAUGUCCUGCACAUGUGAGAGCAGUGUCAAGGAGGUGGUUUGGUAUGUCAACGGAAGGAAGAUUUCCCAGAGCAGCCGCUUUGCAUUGCACUACUCUGAGGGUUCCUGUAGCCUUCUCAUCCACGACCUGUCGGAGAGUGACCAAGGAGAGUACAUUUGUGAAAUGAUAUCAGAUGGAGGAGUGUCCAAAUCUAGCUUCUCCUUUACUGGGCAAGUGUUCCAGUCUAUACUUAUGAAAGUCACAGCUUACAGAGAGCAGCAGCAAGUGGCACUAAAAGGGUCCAUGACAGUGAGUCAUAAAGAGGCAUCUUCAUCAGCAAUGAUGAUGAAAAAAGAAGUUCACAUGGUGGAAGAGUCAUCGUCCUUCUCUUCCACUCAGCAGUCCAUGAUGUCCUCUAUGAUGGAGUCCAGUGCCUUCAGCAGCAUGGCAGCAGAGAUGAAGUUUGAAACAAUGUCGAUGUCCAGCAUGUCCUCCAUGGCUUCAGAGUCAUAUGCCAUGAGCUCCAGUAGUCUUUCAGAAAUUGCAUCUCACAUGGAAGGGUCCAUGUUCAGAUCAAUUGGUGGUCCUCCUAGGAUUGAAGCUCUGCCAGAAGACAUCAGCAUUGAGCCCGGCAAAGUUUUGACAGUUGCCUGUGCUUUCACUGGAGAUGCCAAACACAUAGAGUGGUCACGUGGUGGAAAAACCAUUGAAGUUACCGCUGGAGGACGUUUCCACAUUGACACCUCAGAAGACUUGACCACACUUAUCAUCACUGGGGUGAAAGAGGAAGAUGCUGGAACCUACACCCUCAAACUGUCCAAUGAGCUUGGCUCAGACACAGCAACUGUUCACAUUAGUAUUCGAUCAGCGUAAAAAAAAAAAGUUUGUCCCUUGUCCCGCCUUUCAUGCCUUUUUAUUUAUUAAUUAAUCAAAUAAUAUUAGACCUGAAUUUCUCUUCUUGUAAAUAUAAAAUAUUUUUGUACCAAACUUGACUUUAAUUUAUGCCAAACUAGACUUAAGUCUAAAGUUGUUAUAAAUGUGCCAUAUUGGACUUAGGAGUUUUGAUCCUUUUUUCUGUGACAUGUACAUAAUGUAUAUAGCCGAAGUUAACGGUUAUGGGAAUGUAUGCAAUGUAAUUUAUGACAAUCAUAAUAUUAACUGAAACUGUAUGAAACUGAAUGUGGUUUAACAGGAGAAAGUUUCGCAUGGAACGAAUACCCUGUUAAACUGAGAAACUAAACACUGUGCCUCAACGAUAAGUUGAAGUCUAAGAUUGCCUCAACAGGUAGAGAGGCUCCCUGUUGAAGUUACCUCAAUCCAAGACAAAACCAAUUCUGCUAAUAAGAGCAGUGAGCUAAGACUGUGAGAUCCUGAGUGCUGUUUGCAUUUACCCUCAUGUAAGCAGGACAACUGGAUCUCACUCUCUGACUGAUUAUGUCAUACUGCCAUUUUUAUGACACGCUCACAGUGCAAGCGGCCUGCACUCCCUGAGCAAGUGUUUUGUUUUGUGCUCAGCUUCUGGCAAACGACCACAUGCAGAAGCUCCCAUGAUCCAUCAACCUGGCCAAUCAUUUAGUAGUGGAGCAGUCCUGUGCUUGUUUGCAGAGCCUGAGCUGUCUCUCGGAGGUCUGCUGUGUGUUUGUGUGUUAGUUUAUAGAAAAUCACCUGUCAGUGGAGCUGGGCACCGCUAAGCACCUGAAUCACAGCUGUCAGCAUCAGCUGUGCCACAAAGGACCAGCACAGGAAAUUCUUACGCGCUGCCCUGCUCUAUGGUGUAAUUGAUCUUAGUUAUAUAGCAUUGACUCUUUUCUGCUGCCUCCCUGAGUUUUUGUCAUUAUUGAUUUAAUAAAGCAUGAUUGUCAGCACUA